CCGCCGCGUAUUAUUUUAAUACACGCGUCGACCACUCGUGCGUCCGCCGCUCGCGACGACACGCGACGAUUUGCAGGUCGCCACCGUACUCGUAUAUCAGUACCGAAAUAUUUUAUUUAUCGUAAAAAAAAAAAAUGAUUUUUUUUUUAAAAAAAAUAGCAUUUGAAUAAAAUCUCAACGAUUUUCAAUCGUAUAUUAUAUUUUGCUCGGCGAUUCGUGUACACGCAUCGGGAAAGUUUUUUUCCGCAGCCGUCACGGGAUCGGCCGCCCCUGCUGCAGGCCCCGAGGAACCCUGUCCCGCGGCGACGGAUAUUCUGCAACACCUAUAAUUUAUUAUAUUAUUCGUCUCGUUAAGAACGUAAUGCCCAGGUAAGUGGUGUGAUUUUUCUUAGAAAAAAAAAAGUUACAGGUACUAUAUAAUCAUAAUUACUAUCGAAAAAAAAAAAAUGAUAGGAUUUUAAAUUUUGUUCAGGACCAAUAAAAAAACAAAAAAAUGUAUACAAGUAUAUAUAUAUAUAUAUUUUAGAUCUCCGAUCGUUACACCGGAAUUUGUUCACGUAUCUGAUUGUAUUUUAUAUAAUAAUAUUCUAUCGGAUAUUCGAUCCGAUUGUUGCGCCAAAAUUCCGAUUCCCGUACCUGUAUAAAUACUGAUACGGAUUCGUGUCUGAUUAUUGCGGCGCCCGUUCAAACAAAUUGUUUACUACGCCGCGGAAAGAAUCCGUUCUUACGAAAUGUGUUAUAACUUAUAGAUUUAUAAGUCAUCGGUGCUUAUUAAGUUUACCAAUUUUAAAAAAAAAUUAAAAAUUGUAUUUUAAAUAUUUUAGAUUCUGAUUGCAGCGACCGAUGUAUUGGUUUUAUUUGUAUAUGCGUGUGUGUGUGUGUGUGUGUGUGUGUAUGUGUGUAUUUUCUUCUGUCUGUUGAAAACUUUUCCAUCAAAAAUUUUGUUCGGAUUACACGCUGCAAGUGCAGCACGUUUUCUGAAAACAAAAUAUUUGGUCUACAGUCGGUGCGUCGAGGAGGUCAGUUUUUCUUUUGUUUACGAUGACGGACGUUUAAACAAAUCCGAAACGAAAUUCACAGAUAUAUAUAUAUAUAUCAAUAAACCCCCGUCGAGCUCAACUUUAAUAUAGAUACGAGACGAUACUCUCGCGUCAAACGGAUCGGCAUAAUAUAAUAUAAUACCCGGCUCGGCUAUACCGACUUUACAUUAUAUAAACGUCCCGAAGGGUUGUCGGGGUUUUAAUGAAAAAAAAUUAAAUAUAUAUAUAUAUAUUUAAGGUGUAUACACUGUGGGAUAAUAUCCGGAUAGACCGCCGGUCGGGUUUCUCGCGAUAUCGCGUGCUUAAAAAAAAAAAAAAAAACAAGCGAUAGUCUUUGAAUUUUGUGUUUUCCUUCCCCCUCCCCAUCGGGCCACGUACCGCCUUGUCGAUGACGAGGUAUUAACUAUAUUAGGGCGAUGGGGGGGGAGGGGGGAGGGUUGGUGAGAAUUGAUAAUCAGUCGUUACUGCAAUAAUAACAAUACCAAUAUCGAAACGCUACAAUACCAGAACAAGAAAACAAACACAAAGCCAUGACGCCCGUACCGAAUCGGCGUCGCUCGAUUCCAUUCGAAUAUCGGUACCUACUAAGAACCGACGGUUCGAAAUGUUAAUUUUUCAAAAACGCAAUAUAUAAAUUUGAUUUGUAGGUGGUAGUCAAUCGUUUUUUUCGUAAGCCGUAAUAAAAUUCGACUUUUUUCGCACGUAUACCUACUAUUUUCUUAUAAACGUCCAUUCGAGUAAAAUCAAGUGGGUUCAUUCAAGUCGAUUGAGUCUAGUGUUUUUUUCGAAAUUAUCGCUUAAGCGCGUUCAAAUUUAAUCGAUUCUCUGAUAUUAUUAUCAUGAUUUAUGUGUGUUCACGAUAUUUCGUAUUGUUGCUAUUAUAACACUAUAAUUAGUGAACAUUUGUAUUGAACAAUAUCAUAAUUUUUUUACUAAAAAAAAAAUUAUAUAUAUAUAUAUACAUCAACAUACCUAUCAUGUUAAUACGAGGAUUUGUUUCGUUUAUUUACUUAAACUCCGAGUUAAAUGUUUUUAUCAACUAGCCAGCAGAUCUACGAAAAAAUGAAUGUAAUUAUUAUCGUAAAAUCAGAAAUGUUAUAACUUUCAAGUAAAUUAAUACCUACUCGAAUUUCAUGUUAUUUCUUACCUAUUAUUUAAACGAUACAUAAAGAUUUAUAAAGAUUUGUCUAUGUAAAUUUAUUUAUUUGAUUAUUUACAUUCUAAACAUUUCACACAAUUUAUUUCUAAUUCAUAUCGUGCCACGAAAUAAAUAUGAAUUUAUACCGAUCGUGAUAAAACACAACGCUGAUAAUUUAUACACCUAAUAUUAUCUAUGCAAUACGAAUUUUUCGCAAAUAUCGAUCCAUCGUUUACAAUAAUCAAAUCGUGUUUUGCGUUAAAACACACGUUUGCCUCAACAUAUUGUACAUUUCCGGAUCCUAUUUAUAAUUUUAUUAUAAAUACAUAACGCGUUCAUGAUGGUUAUUAAACGCUCGUAUAUUACUUAUCAAGCUGUUACAGAUUAGUAUUUUCAGUUUCCGCAGAAACUUAGCGGAAAUUAUGAAUAUUGUUGUAUAGUUGCUAAUAUAAUAUAAUUGCGGUUUCAAACGCGUACACUUGUGCAUCUAAAAAUAUAUUGUUUACUAUAAGUACACGGUUUUUUUUUUUGUACAUCAAUUUUAAUCGUCGGAAAUGCUCGUACACUUACACUAAACUUACAAGAAAUUGUGUUUUUUCGGGAGGGGGGCAUCAGUGGCCAUUAUCCUCUUAAAACAACAAACAAUACCGGUUUCCUCCAAAAUAAAAAAAAAAUCUAGAUUUUCAUUUUCCUCCACUGUUCAUUAAUUUCCUCCAUUGCAAAAACAGGAAUUUUAUUAUCUUCCUUAUAAUUCGAAUUUGUACGUAUUACACGUUCUAUACUUCUGAAAAUAUUUCAGUAGAAAAUAUUUUUCCGAAAAUCUCUAUAAUAAUAUUUAAAUCGAUACUGUAGCCGAUACUGAUAUUAAUUUGCUAACAUGUAUAAUUUUUAAAUUUAAUAAGUACAUUUUGUUAUUAAAAAAUAACCUAUAAUGACUUGAUAGUUGUUAUUAUUCAUAUUUGUAGGAAAAUACGUAUGUGAUAAUUUUAGUCUGAAGUAACUUUUUUUUUUUUUUAUUAUGGGAAUUGAACAGUGUAGAAGAGUAUAUCGGUAGGUCUUUCUUUUUACGAGGAAAAUCGUGUUCCCGACCUAAUUUUUCGGCCGCACCACAGAAGUCGGUCGCACGGAGUUAUUUAAAUUUGUAUUUAUGUUUCCCCCCCCCCCUUUAUAAUUAAAUCCCUUACUAAUUCGGAGAUUACAUAAUACGAGGUCGUUCAUCCGAGUCGGUAUUAUAGGUGACUCUCAAUGGGAUUUUAGAUUAUGUUUUUUAACUUACCACCUUCAACGUGAAAUGGUAAUUAUUCGGAGGCGAUAAGUAUAUAAGUAUUAUGCUCGUUGAACUUUUAUGUCUAACUCUAAAUAUACUGCACGGCGAACGUAGACGUACGGGAACGCAAGUCACGCGAAUCUAAAAAUAAUAUACAAACGUAAAUUAGUCAGUUCGGUAGGUACCGUUUAAAAUGUGUACAUUAUAAUAAUAUAUGUGUAAUAUAUAUUUUUAUUUUAUAUUAUACGUAUACUGAUGCUUAAUUAUAAAAACAACUGUAUUAUUAUUAAUACAAGCAAAAUAGAGUUAUUUUGGGAUUUUGUUUUGUAAAUUAUGAAAAUACAAUGGUCCCGUAAAAAUACUCAAAAAUUUGAUAAAAAAUGAAAGUUUCGUUAUUAAAUAGGCCUGAUAUAUUGCACUCAAAAAUAAAAAAAAUUCAAUACAUUUUUCAGUUUGAAUUUAUCAAAAUAAGAAUGUGUAACCGAACUCCGAUCAGAAUACUCAGAAUAUGAUACACCAUUGGCAACAAAAAACGAUUCGGAGCGACGUUUCUUCUACACAUUUACGUACAUUUUCCCGUUUCUCUUACGUUUUUUCUCGGUCUUUUUCAAUUAUUCUGAAAACCGUUCAGAAAAUUAAAAGACCUACUGCAAUGCAGUGAAAUUUUUUUCAACAAAAAAGGUCUUUUGUCAUUCUUUGAUUGAAGCAUGAUUUCUAUUCGAAAAAUGAUUUUAAAACACUAUAAACACACAUAUUAUAGUAAAACGAAUACAUUUCUCGCUGCACUCAGAAUCUAAAAAACUAUUUCCACCGGCGUAUAAACAAAAUAUUUAGUGUCAAUUUGUGUCGUAUUUGUCAUAUUAUAGUUUAUUUAACAUCAAUUGCGUAUCUAGUUUAAACACGUCUUCGUCAAAAUUGGAGAUUUUCCAACGGUUACGAGUAUAUAAGUGUAUAUUAAUCAUGUGAAAAAAUAAAACAACUAUGAUGAUUAUGGUAUCUUGCCAUCGACCGAAAAAAAAAAUAUAUAUAACUUACACCGAUUUUAUAAAAUAGGUAUUUUAGGAAAGAAAAAAACAAAUACAAACUUAUAUACUUCGUGGUUUUAGUUGAAAUAAAUAGGUUUUUAUUUUUUUAAUUUAUAUUAAUUCGGCGCGUGUCAAUGAAAAAAUGAUAUUAUAAUUCCAUAUGCUAGAGUUGCUUAAAGAAUUGUAUUCAUUUUAAGUCUCAUAACCCGAAUUUUUGUGAUGUUAAAUAAUAUAUUAUGUUCCCGGUUCUGAAUUUGUUGUUAAAAAAACUAUGUCGAUAAGAUCAAACAAGUUUGUGGCUGAUAAGUAGUAGAAUUAUCGUGACAAAUAACUAAUGGUUCGGUUAAUGUCACAAAAAAAAAAAAAUGAUGUAUUGUAUUUCUUUGUUUUCAACACUCAUUCAAAAUAAUCUUAGCUUAAAAUAUUCUUUUAACAAAAUUAAACUCAAAACGAAUUAGUUUCUGUUCGUAUUAUUAUAGUUGCAAUAUAAUAGGUAUAUGUUCCAGUAUAAAUACUUAAAGUUAAAACUAUAUACUUAAUAUUUACAAAUUAACACUUAUAGCUAUGUGUAGUAACGAUCAUUAGGCAUUACUAUUAGGCUAUUAUACCUAUAUUUCGUAACGAAGUUUUUUUUUUCAUCAUUAAGUACGAAACUCUCAAUCGCUUAAUAUCACCACACGGUUUGGAAUUAUAUUAUAGUGUUACCUAUAUAUUAAUUAUUUUAAGAUUAGGUAACAGGUAAAAUGGCAAAAUAUUGAUUAUAUAACUGUAUACAAUAUGUAUUUUUUAUUAAGUAUAAUAGAUACACUAAGCAAGUUUAUCGAGAAAAAAUUAAUUACUUCAUAAACUUAGUUCUAUUCGAUAGAUGCAUUCGAAAUGGAAUUUUAUAAAUUAAAUGAUCUUUCCAAAGUCUGAAAAAAUCCACCCAUAGUAAUGCAACAAUAACAGAACAGCGAAUGAUUGGCACACCAAUACUAAAUAUUUCAGAACGUUUGCAUAAAACACGCUAUCUUUUAUCCGGAUCAUAAUAUCGAUAAAUUAAAAAACAAAAAAAAAAAAACAUUUCGAGAUAAAAUCGAUUUGAUAAUAUGAAACGCGCUCCCGAGGCACUGAUGUUAUGUCAACAAUAUUAUUACAAAAACAAAAUGGUAAUAUUUAUAAAUCGUUCGAAUGUUUCACAUGUGCACAACAUAUUUUAUAAAACAAAACGUUAACCACUGCAAAAGUAAAAAAAACAAUAACAUCCUAAAACUAAACGAGUUAAUAUUACUGACGGGUGGGCCACUGUUGUAGAUUGGAAGUUGGAAAGGUAGAAUUUACGAAGUUAUUAAUUUGUUUAUAUGUAAUGAUAAAUCAUUGCUGGCGAAAAAUAUUUAAAAGAAAAAUUCGGUAAUAAAUGUUUUGAAAUGCCGUUAUAUUUACGGUUUUCGUCAAGAUUUGAUCUUAAAUGCUUAUAAUAGAAAAAAUCGUCAAAGUGUUUUUAAAAUUGUACACGAUUAAAAAAGGGCUAAUAUAAUUACUCUAUGAAAAUAUCAGCUCCCUACAAUAAUUGCUAACCGAUUAACAAUAAAAAAACAAAAUCGAAAACAACGAAAUCGGUAGUGCUGUAAAAUGUCGUACAUUUUCUCGUAGUUUCUAAGUUUUUUUCCAAUUGUUAUAAAAAUUGCUCGGAAAUUCAUAAAAUGACUUAAUUACAUACCGACUAAAACCGAAAUUCAACAAAAAAGUUACAUGGUAUUUUUUUAGUUAAAACAAGAUUUCUGGUAGAAAAUAUAAUUCGUAAAAAUUUUAAACAAUGAAAUCGGUAGCGCCACGGCUUGCCGUAAAUAUUUAUUCGUCCUUUCUAUGCGUUUUUUCCCAUUUUUUCCCAAUAAUCAUGAAAAUCUUUGGACAAAUCAAAAAAUUAUUUCUUUAAUGAAUCAUCCAGUUCCAAAAUGUAAUUAAAAUGGUCUUUUGUUAAUUUUUGAUAGAAAAAUUCACACACAUCAUAAUGAAACUAAUACAUUUUUAGACGUGACUCGUAACUUCAUAAUAUAUCAGACCAAUAUGAAAAAUAAAAAUAAAUGCCUACGACGCAUUCGAACUGUACUAUUAAGUUAAUGGGAAUAGGACGGCGUAGAAGGAUUUUAAACAUUCUCGCGAAUUUCUGCGAUAUUUUCCCGCGGAACAUUGAAAUUUAAAAUAAUAAGAUUCCGCAUGGAUAAAUCGUAUAAUAUGUUUGUAUUAUUAUUGUUAUUAUUAUAUACAAACUAUAAAACGUUGUGCAAAAGUUUUAACGCAACAGACUGCCUCUUAAUAAUAUGAAACUCAAGAGGCGGAGGUAGGGUAAGUGCACCAAUUUAAAACCUUUCCGUUUGUAUAUAAGUAUAUAAUAUUAUAAUUACUGGCACGCGUAUAUGCAUUUAAUAAGUCUAACGCAGAGCAUUGUGUUAUAAUAAUAAUAAUUUUGUGAAUCUAAGUGUAAUAAUAUUAUUUUAGGACAUUUUUGCGACACGGCGCCAUUUUGGAAAACUUUAACGUACCUACUUCCUUAACAAUCAUUUUAAAUUAGGUAGAUAUAUUUUUUCUUUUUGGUUUCUGAACGAAGCGAAGAAUGCGUAUUGGUUUUACUAUAAUGUGUUUUUGUUUUGUCCUGAUUUUUCUGUCAGAAAUAGUGUUUCAAUCAAAAAGAUUUUAAGGACUGGAAUAGUAUACUUUUUGAAUUGAAUUUUGUUCAAUUAGUGCAUUUUAAUGUUGAUUUUUCUUAUAACUGUCUUAGAAAAUACGAAAAACUAGUUAUUUUUUGUUCAAUUUUUGUUAAUUUGUAUGUCACCCAGAUAAUAUGGGAAACAACUAAUAUUUAUAAAAAUAAUAAUAAUAAUAAUUUAAAUAUUCUGCUCAGAAUGGUUUUUCUUUAACAUUGGUUUAUUUUCACGUAUAGGUAUAAAUUAAAUAACUCUUUUCCAAAUUCCUUCCUAAAUUAAUAGCACAUCCAUCAUCUGUAUCAGUCUUUUGAAUUGGAAUCGAAUUGUAAUUGGUUUUAACAUGAUGGUUUUUUUUUUUAAAUUUUUUUUUUUGUUGUAUCUUUCAGUAAGUGUUUUGUUCGAAAAUUUGCGCCAAUGUAUCAAUUAUAGCACCUUUUCUGUAAAGAAAUUUUAUCUCGUUGGUGCGUUGAGGAGCCUAAGAGGUAAUUUUUCAAGGGGUUUUCAAAAUAAUUAGGAAAACCUGGAAACAAAAUUAUAGGGAAAACGACAAAUAUUUACGCGCAAAUAAAUGUAUGUAUUCUACCUGCCCAGCUUCCCACUAAUGUAGCAGUAAUACAUCCAUCAGCAGGAUCAGCUUUUUUUUAAAAAUAGGAUUAUAAUUUUUAAAAUCAACAAACAAAAUUAAUAUCUCCUGUAAUAAAUUAUUGUUGUAACAUUUUGUAAACCGACUCAGCUAAUUUAGGAUAGUCGAAAAAAGUUAACGAUCUAAUAUGCGUUAAAUGUUAAUUUAAGCAUUUACUUAAGUAAUUACCUAAUUGGUAUUAACUUAAGUGAAGUUAAUUUGUGUAAAAUUUCUUUUUUUAAUUAGUAAAAAUAAUUAAACCUAAUAUUAUCGGUAUUUAAAUUUAAAUACAGAACUUCACAAACAUUUUUUAAUAAAAAAAUAAAAUACAUUUUUAUUAGAACUUUAUUUAUUUAAAAUUAACCGAAUUAAAUGUGUAUUUAUUGUAGAAAAUAAAUAAAAAUAAUUGAAAUUCACAAUUUUAACGUGAUAUAAAUAUGUAGAAAAAUAAAAAUAAAAUAAAAAAAUGUAUCCUAACAAAUAAUUAAAGGUUAAAAGUUAAAACUAAUUUACCUUUUAACAUUUUAACUCGUCAAUGCCCUGCAGCCUUUUUUAAUAAAUUAGAUAAAUGUUUUAUGCAUGAUAUCUAUAUCAUAAUAAUCGUCUUGUUAUUUUGAUAUUUUAAUUCUAAUGUGUAAGUUUAAUAUUUUACUCAUAUUAUUAGUAUUAUUAUUAUCAUUUCUUUUUUUCGCCACGAUAUUUUUCAUUUUAAUUAAUAAUUAAAAUUAAAAUUAUAAUCGGUACUUAUUGUUUAUUUCUAGAAUGCACUAAUUAGAGAUCUCGAUGGCAAGCAUAUAAAUUUUCUGGUCAUUUUUGUUUUUAUAAAACUCGAGUUAGCGUGUUUCAAAAAGAGAAUGAGAACCGUAAAAUUGUAAAACCAUUUUAGAAAAUUAGUUAUUAAAUACUAAAUACUAAAUAUUUUAACCAUUCAACUUUCAACUUCAAUUUUACUUAAGAAAUUAAUAUACUGGUUAAUGACCGACAUAGUUAAUGUCUGUCAGUGGGACCGACAUAGCGUUCAUUAGUUCAAAAUGACAAUUGUACAGCAAACGUGAUGGAAAACGAUAUUAAGUACAGAGUUAAUUUUGUUGACUGGAUUUUAAAAAAAAUUUGUUUUUUUUUUAUCUAAAAAAAAUAUUGAAAUUCAAAGAAUGUUUUAUUUUCAAAUACAGCUAUAAUUUUUAGUACAUAACUAAUUUCGAUAAAUUCACAGAUAUUUUCAUUAGAAAUUCGUCAAAGGAUUGAAUUGAAAAUAUCACAUUCUACAAGACGUUGGUACAGGUAUAGAGGUACCUAUUUAAAGCUGAAAAAUAUUCUUAUCUUCGUUGCGGUGUUCCUUUAAUCAAAUAUUCGCGUGCCGCCGUAUACAAAGUAGUUUCUUAAAGUUAAACAUUAGUGGCUUCAAUAAUAAGUACCCAAGUACAUUGCAUGCAUAAUAGAAUAAGUAUAAACUUGUAAUAAAUAUUGUACGUGUAGCUUUCAAAUUUAAAUAUCGAUAUACCGUAACAAGUAUGUUUAUUUUUGUUAGUUCACGAAACUAAACUUGAAUCGUUGUAAAUGUCAUAAAUAUCAAAAUAUAUUUACACUUUGGUAUACGAAUUGAAUAUUAACUAACGAAAAAUAAACAAAAUUAAUAAAACAUAUAAUAUUUGAAUUUACUAACGUUCUCGUUGGUCCUUACUCUUUCGUUACUCACCUAAGAUAAUUUUUUACCUUAAUAUACAAGCAGGUAAAAUUAAUAUUAAUAAAAAAAUAAACUUGAAUAAGAACCAAAUACGUUUGCAUUUUCAUAUUUUCUUUUCUUAGUAUGCUAAAUUUAAAUAUUAUCAAAGACUGAUGAUCAGCUUACCAAUAUUUUUUAAAUGUUACAAAACAAUUCUAUUGAACCCAUUUAGUCGAUACAUUUUAAAGAAAAAUAAAUUAUAAUACCAAAUAUUUGCCUGUACCUGUAUUUUUAAUGUAUAUACAUAUUUUAUACCAAUGAUGGUAGAUUUCUUAUUUCAAAAUAAUUUUAAAAAGUCCUAUAUUGUACACCGAAAAAGAACCGGACAUAUACUUCGAACCGUCGCGCUUCAAUAGAUCACUGCUGUAAGUGAGAAUUGUGUAAUAAGGUUAAGGGAAUUAAGUUUGUUUACGAAAAACAACGAAAAAUAAUUGCAAUCGAAAAACAAUUCAAAACAGAGCCACUAUGAUUUUAUAGUAUUAGUCAUCAUUCAUCAUAUUUAUUUUCCUUUUAGUUAAGGUAACUCAAAAAUAAAUAAAUAUUGAACUGAUAUUUCGUUAUUUCUUGUUAGUUUUUAGAAAAUCUGUUGGGAAUCUAUAAAAAGUUAGCCAAUAAAGUACCACUGAACAAAAUAUUUCACCUAGGCGAAAAAAACACAUCUUUGAACCAUAACCUUCUUUGAUAGACUUAUAAUCUAAAAUAUAAAAAAAAACCUAUCCAAAAAUAAUGAAUCAAGUUUUUGAAUUAUUUAGACAUUUAGUUUUAUAUCACUUCAAGAGUAGACACCUAUUAAUUAUCUUACUACUGGUUUUUUUAUAUAAAUAAAAUGUAGACACUUUUAUUUUAGUAAAAAUUAACAACCCAAAUAGUGUUAUACAAUAAAUUAUUAUAAAUUGUUUUUGUACAACAAAGAAUAGAAUUUUUUUUAAAAAGUACAACUCAGAAACUCGAAAAGACAAAACAUCUGGAAAAGAGGAUCUACUAAGUUAAAGAACUCUCUACUUCAGUCGGACGGUUCACUUUUGGUUAUUCUUUAAUAUUUAAAAAUCGUAACAACAAAAUAUAUUUGUUAGCCGAGGUAUGAAUAUAAUUACAUAAUUUUUGGCCAGAAAAGUACUUGUUUUCUUGUUCAUAAUUUUUAGAUUCUAAGUGAAGUGAGAAAUCUAUUAGUUUUACUACGAUGUGUGUCUUUAUUUAUUAUAUAUUUUGUUUGCCUUUAAACAUAUUUUUGAAAAGAAAUUUCGCUUCAGUAUUUUAUUUUAUGGGAAUAUUUAUGGUAGAACAUAAUUUCGUCUGAAGGCACAUUGGAGACAUUAUGAAUUCGGUUUAAUAAGCUAAACUUGUUAACAACACAAUUGAAAGAAUCAGAGGAUCAGUAAAAAAAAUUGAAGUUACCCUAGAUAAUUAUUGUUAUUAUAAUUUUUUUUUUAUUAUUGGAGGUUAAAAUAUCAACUGCAGAAUUUUAUUCCUAAAAAAUGUAAUUACGUCUGAAUUCGACAAUGUCAUUAGAAAUAUUAUUAUUAAACUGACAAAUAAAUCGAUUUAUUGAAAUAACGACGAGUUUUUAAAUCAAAUACCCAAUACUUCAACAACAGUUUGACAAGAAAACGUGAAAAAAAACGCCAUAUACAUCAAAUCGAUUUAUUUCAUAAAUAUUUAGUAAUAGUAGUAAAAAAAUAAAUGAAAUUGAAAUUGAAUUCGUUUUGAAUAUAUUGCAUUUAAUUAUUUAUUAUUAAUGGGAAGACAUAGGUAUAGAAUACAACACUAGAAAAUUACGUAAUUUAAUUGUUUUUUCGGUUAAUUAAAUGACCUAAGAGAGAGGAAACAAUGGUUUCAGAACAAUUGAGACGAUGUGAUUUAAGCAUAGAAGUAGGUAGGGAGGUUUUUUAGGGCUUAGGAUCCUCAAUAUAAAUAAUUUCCUACCAGUCUUAGAAUUUUAGGUUAUCUCAAUUUGAAAAUAAUUAGAAAUACUAAUAUUGUAUUUCACUAUAUUGAAAAUGUUAAUUUGAAUGCAGUGAAAGAUUGAUAUGGUUGUCUAAAACUGUCUUUAAAAUGAAAAUGGUAGAUUACCAAGACUAAAAGAUCGAAUUAGUUUAUUCUCAAAAUAUUGAAUAAUGUACAACAUUAAAAUAAAUAAACUGUUUUUAAAUAGUUUUUUUAUGGGGGGGAGACUAAAGACACACACCAAUUUUAAUAGGUAACUUGUCUAAAAAUUAUAAUUGUACCUAAAAUAACAAAUUACAAUUAUACAAUUAUUUAUUUUUUACUUUUUUAAACAUAAUAUUGUCAAAAAGUUUUCCAUAUAAAUAAUAAUGGUGUUUCGGGAUCAGAAGAUCGAAAAUUAAAAUCUUAACUUAUCCUAAUCCAUUAAAACUUCUCAUCUUGAUUCUGAUUAUAUGUUAGGGUGAUUUUCUGAACUUCUUGCGAGAAAUAAUUUUCGACAAUGAAACGCAUUAAUACAUAAUAUAUAGCACAAUAAACUCUGAAUCAUUUGAGUAAAUAUAAUAUAUGAGUAAUGAGCACUACGUGGGAUGUGGAAUCUUCGGUAAAUAAUAUCGAGACGAUUUCAUUUUGACAUUUUGGAGUAGAUAGGUAUAGAAUUAAGUGUUUAAUUUUAGAGAACCCGGCCGGUGAUUUUGUAAACAUUCAGUGGCAAAUUAAUUAAUCGAGACUUGGUACAUAAGUGUUAUUGUAUUAUUAAACACAAACAUUAAAACUUAAAUGAAUCAUUCGACUCAGUUAAACAUAUAAAUAUGCAUUUAAAUACAUUAACUAUAUAAUAAAAUAGGUAAACUAUAGUUCAGUGUUCAAAUUGGAAAAAUAGAAGAAAAGGGACUUUUAGCUGUCCUUGCAUUUAUUAAAUUCAACAAGCAGGCGCCUAAGGUGUAAGGCUCCUCGCCCUCCUUAUACCGCUUUUAAAAUAUAAUUGAAUAAAAAAAAUAAAAAUAAAAUACAUCGAUGUUUCUUAAAUUUUUAAAUAUUUUUAGAUACUGAGAAUCUAAAGAAAACACUAUUCGUAUUACUAAGAAGAUUUUUUUUCAUUUCGGAAAACACUUUUAUGGUUAGUGAAAAGUUCUGAAUUUUUAUGUUACAUCUAUAAGAUACAGAGUUUUCAUCUAAUGCUAUAUUUGAAACAUUUUUCGAAAUUCACAAUUGCAUUUUAUGUAUUUUUUGAAAACACCCUUAAGAAAAUACUCAGUUUCUACCUCAAAAGCUAUUAAUAUUUAGAAAUAUUAUCGAUGGUUUCAAAUAGUCCACCCCGGAUUUUUAAUUUUUUUUGAUUUCUUGGUUACCUACCUAACCUAUUCGUUUUAUCUUGACAACAAGAGAGAAAAACAAGAAAUAACAAUACUUCUUCGUUCAGAAACGUUUUUUGUUGAUUACAGUAUACAGACAAUCUUGGUCGUAUAUAUUAAACUUACCAAAAACAUUGACCUACUCGUGGCAGUACCAACUUGUUUAUAUACUUAUAUAGGAAUGUAUUUAUUAAUAUUUAUCUAUUUUAAAAUGUUUUCUUAUUUUCACUAAGGAGAUAUUUUAACAUUAAAAUAUUAGUUAAAUUUCAUACUUUAUUAAUACGUUGGGCAAAAGUGUAAUACAGAAUGAAUAAUAAUAAUAAUGAUUUAUGACUAAACGUGAAAGAUUAUAUUAAAAAUACCAUUUUAAUUGUAUCUAAAUUGACAAUACAUGGUUUUUGAAAAUGUUAUUAUGCGUAAAAAUAAACGCACCGUCCCAAUAGAAAUAAUUAGUAACACACUAAACAAAAAUAGAAGUAUUAGAGGAGCUCCGUCUCCCUUCGCUUCCUUCCAAUUCGAGCACUACUUACAUUCGGUUCGUUAUGUCUUACGUCUUGGUAUUUUAAUAUUAUAUUAUAACAGGUACAUCAAUGCAAACGUUGAAUAAAACCCCAUACAAAUAUAUUGCUGGGUAGGUACAAGCUAUAAACAUAUUAUGAAGUUCUGCAACAAGAAACCAUUUAAUAGAAAUAAUACUCUUUUAGAAUAUAAUUAAGAAGCAAUAUAUCUAUACAGUUAUAAAUUAUAACUAUCUAACUUGGCAAUGCUUUGCUAAACAAUAAAUAAAUAAAUAAAUAAUAAACUGAAAUAAAUAAAUACAUUUACAAGAACAAUUAGAUAUUUGUAUCGAAAUUGCCUAAAAAUCCCUACUAUAAUUCACGGGAUUAAGAAUGGAACGUUGAAGACUGUCCUAUCGCAUACAAAUCGGUUGAAUAGUUUCAUAGUGUAUCGCAUCUAAACUCGUCGUACGCGUGAUUUUUAUGCAUGAAAUAUGUUCUAAAUAAAAAUAAUAUAUUAUAGGUACUUGCACCAUACAUAUACGACACCUAUAUAUUGUUCGAGUUGAAUGUUGAUAUUAUGUUUUAUCAUCCAUAGCGAAUGAUGUUUUUUAUUUUUUGAAUGUUUGUGGGUGGUUUUAAAUUUAAAAAUUGGAUAUUAUUGACCAAAAAAUUGAUGCUUCACAAAAUAAAUUUAGAGGUAGGGAUUAUCUAUCCUCCUCUUUGGUAUGAUACUGAUUGCAAUUAAUUAUACAUUAGGUAGUAUACAAAAUAUCUACGGCUAUUAUAUUUAUAUUAUUUCCAAGUGAAAAAUGUAAAAUUGACUUUAGUGGGCGAAAAAUUUAACAUCAGAAAAAACAGGUUGAAACCUUAGAGCUACAAAUUUGUAUUUAAAUAUACAAAUGUAUUUUUUAGAUUCGGAGCGUAGCGAAUCACAGGUAAAACGGACAACAUUUACGACGUGCCUCGGUGUUACCGAUUUCAUUGUUUCUAAUUUUUUCAACUUAUAUUUUAUACCACAACUAUUGCUCCAGUAGAAAAACGACAAAAUACACUUUUAGUUAUAUUUUUAAAUAUUGCUUCAAUAUAAAAACAACAAGAGACCCUUUUUAUUAUAAUUUUCAAUCUCAUUAAUGCCCAAGAAAGUAGUUUUUUAAAUUAUUUCUAUUUUUUAUAAUAAUUGAACAAAACCAAAAAUACUAAAAAAAAACGUAAAAAUGUACGAAAAUAAUUUUUUAUUAUUUUUUAUUUUGUUUAUUUGCUGUAAUUUAGUUAAAAAUAUUUUCAGUAACCUGAAAUUUUGAUAAAAAAUUCAUAUUAGCUUUCUCUAGAUGUGGUAUAAUUUUCAAAACAAUUUGAGCCAUUUUUGAGCUAUUUGUGGACAUUUCAAUUUCGCAUUUUAAUUUGGUAGGUACUUUGUGGGUAAAAUUGUUAGAAUAAACAGAAAUGCUAAAAAUUUGACAGACGUUUUAUUAUAAAUUGUAUUUAGUGGUCAAAAAAUAAAAUAAAAUGAGUUGUGAUUAUAAAAAUGUGGUUAUUUUUUUUUUUUUAAAUCAAAGUUUGACGAAAAUCGUAAAUAUUACAGCUUUUCAAAACAUGUAUAACCGAACUUCACUCCAAAUCGUUUUUCAUUGGCAAUGGUUUAUCAUUGGUUAUAGGUAUAAAUUAAAUAUCUUAUUUUAUCCCAUCAUUCCAACUAGCCACCUUUAACAAUGGCUGCAACAAUUCCCAGUAUCAGAUCUUUUUUAAAAAUUGUUACUGAUAUAAAUAAUAUUGAAUAAUCUAUAACCAUAUUUAAAUUAAAUUAAAUUUAAAACAUAAUAUGGUUUUAUUUUUUUAGGGUUGGUGGGGUAAACAAUAAUUCUAGAAGUAGAAAAAGUUAAAUAUCCCACCAAUUUUAUUCGAUACACUGUCUAAAAAUUAUAAAAGCGCCUACGUUGACAAAUUAAAGAUAGAAUAUUAUUUUUUUAAAGAUAGUAUUAUAAUAAUGUUUAUUAAACGUUUCUCGUAUAAUAUGAUAUUUGCAUAAAAAUACCGUUAGCAAUUUCUCAGGUAUAAAAUAUACGUACAUUGGUAAACCGCAUUACAAACUUUUUGAGACGGGUCGGUCAAAAUUUGAAUUUCAACGCUGAAUUAAGAUGUUUUAGUGUGAAAAUCGUUUUUAUCAACAUCAUAUUUUAUGAAGGAGACCAGUUUAAUAAAUUAGGUCCUACAGGUAAAAUGUUCUUGAGAGAUCGGGCCUUAUUUUGCAUUUAAAUUUAUGCAGUUAGACACUGUUCACUUAUUACCGAAAGUUAGACGCGUAAAUUAAUGUUUACGUAGUUGAAAUUUAUUAUUUUUUUUUUUUUUUAGAUACCUAUUUGUAAUCAAUUGUUAUUAUUUUUUAGUAAAAGUAUAUUAAAUAUUAUUAAAAAAUAGUAAUAUUAUUGUUUUUUAAUGGAGAUAAAAAUGCUAUUAUAAUAUUUGCAUAAUAUUAUAAAGUUUACAAAAACAAAGUACUUAGGUAAUACAUAAGACGAUGCAUUUCCUUCUCGUCUUAACUAAUUUUUUUUUAAUACUGAAGUAAAUAAACAAUUUAUUUCGGUUUCUUUAAAUUUAUACGUUUGUGACAUGUUUGAUUACACGGACAUCACUAUAAUCUUGAAAUAAUUGCGAGAAAUACACAUAUCAUUAAAAUACAAAGUAUUUGGGUUCUAAAAUUAAAUGACAUUUAUAUUUAUUUAAAUAUUUCAUAAAAGGUUCAUAGAAAAUUUAAUUUGAUGAAAAAUAAAUAAAACUCUUAUAGUAAUUAUGGUAGACAUUUACAAGGUACUAAACGGUCCUGAACUGCCCGCAGCUUUUAUAAAAUUUGUUAACAACAAAUUGAAAACACCUUUAAUGAAGAUGAACAACUAGUCUUAAUAAACAAUUCAUUCAGUUUAAUGUUUGAUAUUAUACAUUACUACGGCCUAAGGACAAUUUGAACAAAAAAUAAUAUUUAAAGUUUAAAAAUAAUCCAAUACUACAAUAUUAUUCGAUUAUGAUUUUUAAAACAUAAUAAAAAACCAAACCAAGAAACAGUUAACAUUUAGGGAGGGGGAGUUGUUUUCAAUAUUCUAUAUUCAUAAAGUUAUAAUCUUAAAUAAUACUAUUUUAAAGUUAUGUUACAGCGAGAAAGUGUUCAACUGGAGAUUAUAUUUUAAAUGACACUAAUACGUUGUGAUAAUAAUCAUUCAUUAAGAAUAUACUUUAAAAUCACUGUAAAAUUACCAAAUCGAUAUAUUCUAAUAUUAGUUAAUAUUAAUUUCCAAACUGUUGCUCAGUGAAAAUUUCGUUUUUUCAUUUGCACGGAGACUAUAUUCCUAAAUAAAACAAAAUAUCCUAACUACGUGUUUACGUGAACAUUUAAAAUUAUUAAAAAGCUUGACAGGUUAGGUAUUAGUCCUAUGAUUAUCCAUCACCGAUAUCACUCCCGACAAGAGAGGGAGGGUCGGGGAAGAAUCACUCCGGGCCCUGGAUUUUUAUCAGGACCCGGUAUGUGAAUCGAAAAAUAAAAAAAAAAAACAAUAAGUGUUUACGGAAUUUUGAAAAAUCCGGGCCCCCAUGAGCACCCCGUAAAACCCUAGUGUAAAAAAAUUGUAUUAUUUUGAUUUUUGAACAAAAAAGACUGCGAGUUGUUAUCUUACACUACAUAGAUACAUAAUACAAAUAAAUAAUAAAAUAAAGUAGAUACCUAUAGGCUAUAUUAUUUAUAACACAUGCGAAAGUGUCCGUAGCACGUAAUCAGUUUAAAAAUUAAAUAAUUCCAAGAAUUGUCUUUACGUCGUAGAUUGAGUAGAUAGAUAACAAACGUCGGAGGACGGUGCUGUAAAUUUGAUUUGAUUUAUUUUGUUUUUUUUUUUUUUUGACUUUUAUUCGUCGUGACUCGUAAAUAAAUAACAAUAUGUUAGCAUAAUGUUAUGUUUUAAUUUUCAAUUGUAAAUAUGGAACAUGUACGUAAACUGUGGGAUAAAAAGUGGGGCCUGUAUGCGACCUACCCCCGGGUGCCAAUUUUCUCUCCACGGCCCUGAGUCCUAUAUUGCAAAAAUUACAUUUCUGUUACGUCGCUAUUUAUUGAAUGAACCGAAUGAGUAUAAUUAAUUUAAUACAUUUUAAAUACAUCUAGGAUGUAAGUAAAUGCAAAUGGAAAUACUCAAAGAGAAAUCCGACAUAGAAUUGAUAGUACACAGCUAACCGAUGUUUUUUACACCCGAAAACCUGUUUUCAAAUCAAAGCUUACUUUAUUUAAAACAAAAACUAUACCUAUUGUUUAAGAGAAUAAUGGAACGUCCGAUGGCUUGGUGUAUGCGUGAUGUGAGAUAUGAUCUGUGUACAAUAAAAACGCGCAAAAAAUAACUAAAUAUUAUACGAAAGGAAAGUAAUAAGUUUUUAUUAUUAUUUUUUUUUUUUUUUUAAUGUACUCAUGUAAAAAAUAGUUGGAUCCGCCACUAACUUAAUACUUCAUUAUUGUUAUAAUUAUUUUUUACAGUGCAAUAUACAGAUACGCGUUAUAUAAAAAUCGGUACGCAUUGCACACGUUUUAUUGUUCAUAUUGCACGUUCUGUGUCUGGUUACAGUAGCGAUGCGUAUAUUACGCAGCGUAUAAUGUCCGGGCAGCGAUCUGCAAAACGCUAGGGGCGCAAUAUUAUAAACGACGAAGAAUCGUCUACAUAGUCACAGGCGAAGCACUACGGAGAAACGCGAAUACUUAUAUGUAGGGUACAUAUAUUGUAUUUAAUUGGACUCAUCGUUUUACACGGAACAGACGUUAUAAUAGAUCAAACAAACGUACAACAUUUGGACAAAUUAUUAUCGGAACACAAUCACAUUUAUCAGAAAUAUUAUGUUAAACGGAACAGACGAUUUUUGGAAUUCCGGUACAUUGAACAGACACACAUGUUAUUGAAUUGUAUUUAUAAUUUUUCCCAGGGGGGCAAACGUUUCUCGGGAUUACAGCGUCUACAGUAAAUACGCACUGAAAUUCUAAUACUUUGAACGAACAUUUAUUGGGAUUCUCGUAUUUUUAAUUAUUAAGAAAACUACAGGGAAAACCAAAAGAAAAAAUACCCCUGUAAUGCACCAACUAGAAAAAAGUUUUUACAAAAAUGCAUUCUUAUUGUUUUAUGAUUUAAAUUUUCGAUAAAAAAAAUUAUUCACAAUACUGUUAUUCCUUUUAUAUUAAUUAUUUUGUUCGGUUACGUAUCUUUCGUGAAAUUUUAGUUCUAAGCAAUGUCUAAUUCAGCACUGUGUAAAUCCAUUAAUUUAUGAUUAAUGUUCAAUACCGUAUCUUUCCAAUGUAAUGUCUGAUCCAAGAUUCCAAACACAUUUUCCAAUGAUAUGUAAUUCUACGUUGCAAUUUUCGUAUAUAUAAUUUAAAAAAAAUUUUAAAUCCCACGCGUUCUCAUUCCGUAAAAUUUGUGUUUAAGCUAAAUAAUAUUCUAGUACAAUAGAAGCGAUCAGUAUCAUAUUAUGACGUGAUAUAACAACCCUUAUCAAGUAUCGUUGGAUCCAAACAAACAUGAAUGUUACGCAAAGUAAAAUUUAAAUUCUUACAUUCCAUAUUUUAAAUGAGUACUAUGCGGUAUUUAUUUCAUUGUUAAGCGUGGUGAAUGGAUUAAUGAAACAGUAAGUGUUUCCAAGUGUGGCAAAGCAUCUCUUUAAAUAGAAAUCAUUGAAUUCCAAGCAGAUUGUAUCUUACGGCUCCGCAUAUGUUUUUGAGUCUGCUCUUUCAAAAAUGAAUUGCAUAAAAAACAAAUUCAGAUCCCAACUCACCAACCAACACUUGGCCAUCAUGGACUAUAGCGUGCACUAAUUAUAUAUACUCUAAAUUUCAAACAGCUGGUUGAGAGAAAGACCUGUCAUUUUUCUCAUUGACGUGACCGUAAACUUUCGUAUAUAAUUUGUUUAUUUCCUAUGUUUUAUAAUAUUUAUUAAAUGUUUCACACAUUGAGCGCAUUUUUUUUUUCGGUUUGUUAAAUUAAUUUUUUAUUUUAUUUCGCCUCGACUUUAUUUAUGAACCGGGUUUCAAUGGCCCGCCAAAAUUGUAUAAAUUCCUAAUAAUGUGGCCCUCCGUGAUUAAUCGGAUAAUCGGUGACCCCCGGCCUAUACUACGCUAUAUCAUUGCGAAUUGUGAUUAUUAAACCGUGGAAGAAAAGACCGCAUUGUACGCGAGAUAGCCAUAAAUAACGGCCGCGUUUAAAACCGAGUAAAAAUGUUAAAACGCACCGGACGCGCGUGCAGGUACGCGUAAUGGUCGUAUGAUAGUAUAAUAAUAUUCUCGGUGCGCGUUAUAUUGUUAAGGCGGGGUAAACGACCGAAACGACACCGCGAAAAACGGCCGGUAUACACAAUAAAAGUGUAUUAUGUCCUUCUUAAUAAUGAAAACGCUAAUAAUAAUAAUAAUAAUAAAACAAUAGUAUGCGUAUUGUGAAACGUGUCGCCGCCGACGCCGGUCCGCGCGUAUUGCGGAAUUUAAGCGGAAAAAUUUCCGGUAUUCGCGUCGUUCGUCCGUUUCUAGUGUACAUAUACAUAUACCAACACCUAGCCGUAUCAUUAUACGCGCAUAUUAUUGAAUUUCGGAAGGUCCGUGCAGACGCGCCGGCGACGACACUGUCUUUUUUUUACGGCACCGACCCUUUGGAAAACCGCAAGCGCGCGCAUACGUAGUGUACAAUUAACUGUGACGUAUCGUCGGGAAACAUAUUUUUAUCGAACGCGGCCUACCUCCCCCCCCCCCUUACCCUCCCGUUCGCGCUCCCGUCCGAAACGGACGGCAAAGUUUAGAAACGCGUGUUGCGUUCGGAACAGUAGUCUCCCACAUUCUCGAUCGGUAAUAAAAAAAAUACAAAAAUAAAACAAUACCGUGCAUCACGGUAUGGAGUGGAUACGCGCGAAAAUAUCGUACCCCCGGGGUCCGUAAAAUAAUACCUAUAAAUACGCACUCGUUAUAUUAUACACGUAUUUAUUAUUUAUUAUGUACGUGCACAUAAGUUUAUUCCGGGACGAAUAAAUACAUUUUAAAACCGAAUUGUUCGCGUGAAAACGAAAAUAAUUUUUUAUGAAAACAUUAUCGCUCUGUGAAACAUUUAAAAUUUAAAACAAAAAAAAAUCACUAAAAAUCCCCCAAAAAAAAUAUGAUAAAAACCACUGUGCAAUAUUGUGCAUAUUUUUACAUACAUUUGUUACUUAAAACAUUUAAGCCCUAUUUCCUCGUUCCCUCCCCCCACAAAAAAAAAAGGUGAAAACUGACUAAUAUUUUUUCCAUCCUCCGUGGCCAACUGCACGCGCAUCAUCCACGUCACGAACGACAACGUCCUCUGCACUCGGCAUCACAUGCACCGCAAAUAUACCUACUCGUAUAAUAUUACCUAUUAUAAUAUACGAAACACGUUGUUAAAUUUCCUUUUGCUCGCGCUGAUGAACUGUCAGACCUGAAAUCCAGAAUAUUAUACAGUUCCAAAACCAGAAUAAUAAUUUCUGCUUCCACCCCAACCCCUCGAGAAAUUCGUUUACAAAGUUUAUCAUAAUAUACUCGUAUAAUAUUAUACUAUGUGCGCAGCCAAUCGAGCGUCGUCGUCGGCCAAACGUGUUUGUACGUCACACAAUUUUCUUCGUAAUGAAUACACUUACGGAAAUAAUAUUAUAAUGAUUAAUGCCUUUGCAUUGUGCGGUAUUCUCAUCCCCCUCCCCCACCAAAUGUUACAUAAUCUUAUUAUACACAGGUACCCACUGCGUUUUUGUUUGCAUUGCGAUGAUGAUAAAUCCGACUUUCUAUAAUAUAGUUAAUAUUGUUUAUUGUGUUUACAUGCUAACGGAAAUCCGAUACGAAAUAUUCAAAAUCCGGUCAUAUUUCGAGCCGUGGGUAGGACAGUGUUAUAGGUGGAAUUAUGGGAAUGUAUUGGAUAUAGGGUAUAAUUUAUUUAUUUUAUAAUAUGCAGAAGGCCACGAUAAAUCAUUACAAUCAAAAAAAGCAGAGAUGGUUGUUAACUGUUACGAUUGGGGUUCGGAAAAAAAAACAAAUGAAAAAAAAGCAUAUGGAAAAAAAGCUAUAUAUUUUUUUUAAAUAUUAUAUUAUAAAAAGUAAUAUUAAAUUGUACCACAUAGUAAGUACCUACACAAUAUUUCUAUACCAUUGAUUUAAUUAUAUAUUCAAUGAUAAUAUUUUAAAUGUUUUCACAAAAAUAACUAUCGGAGCAAAUUAUCGAAAUCUGCAGCCCAUAAACGAAAGUAAAAAAAACUACUAUUGUAGUGUAAGUACAAAAUAUAUGAAAAUCAACUUAAAAUAAAAAUAUGCCUAUACCAUAUUAUAGUGGAAAAAAUAAAUUUGGAUUUAUACGAGUAUGACUUAUAAUUCAUAAUUAUUUAAUUUUAAAAAUCAAUAGGUACAUUAUAUUAUUAUCGGUAUAUUAUAAAAUAAGUUAUAUGAAACAAUAGUACUUUACAUCAUGCAUAGAUACAAUAAUAAUAUAUUUGUAUUAAGUUCAAAAAAAAAAAAAAUUCUAAAUUUAAAAAGAAAAUAAAUAAUAUAUACGCAUAGAUAUUAUACACGCAGUGUAAAAAAAUAUGUAAGUACCUAUAUAAAAUGUAUUUAUUCAAAACGUAUAUGACAGCGUUUAAGAAAUUAACAUUCGAUUUUGAUAACUUGCUCCGAUAAUUAUUUUUGUAAAAACGUUUAAAAUAUUAUCAUUGAAUAUAUAAUACAGUCAAUAGUAUUGAAAUAUGGUGUAGGUACCUAUUAUGUGGUACUAUAUAAUAUUGUGUAGUACUAAUCAAUAAUAUUAUUUUUUAUAUUAUAAUGUGUAAAAUAAAUGUAUUGCUUUUUUUACCGAUUGCUCUUUUUCCUAAAUUCGUUACGGGUAUGCAUUAUGUCGUCGCCUAUUUUCAUCAGUUUGUUAAUAAUACGCCUUACGCACACCUUGCUAAAACAUUUGUUCUGUUCAUUUAUUAUCGCAGUUCUCUAAUAUUCUUAUUGGGAUUAUCAUUGCCGAUAAUAGUAGAUAACUACGAUCUAGAUACAGAAUAUGCAUAUAGAUACUGAGCGAAAACGUGGUACACUGUGAUAGUGUAAUCGUAUACCUAGCUGUUUUGCCGUAUUUUAGGUAUCUUUUGCUUGUAAGUACAUCCCUAUUAUAGUCAUGAUUUCCCCCCUUGUAGCUAAGGUAUACAUAACCCAGAAAUUAUUAACAAAAAUAAAAACAAUGUGUUAUCGUCACCGCCCUAUAGAUUUCAACAUUCAUUACUUUAUAUUUUACAACACGUAUACAUUUAUAUCGUUGUAAUGCGACUACAUUAUAUUAAUUAUAGGUAUAAUAUUAUAAUGAAAUUACUAUUCUUGUCAUUUCAACAAUAACCUGCUUAAACAUUUUCCGGAUGACGACAAUAUGAUUAAAUAAAGGGUAUAUAACUUCACAAAGCGGUUAAGUUACAAUUGGAAACUAUUUUAAAGUUAAACAUAGGUACCUACUGUGCAGAAGACAUUUACUUUCAAAAAGAGACUACGCAUAAAUUGAUCAAAAACUAUAUAGCAUUCUCGAGAUUACAACAACAAGCGACCAAACAAAUAUUAUCUGAAUCGGAUAAAUUAUGCUCAAACAAUUAUUACGUAUAAGCCAAAUAGAUUGCAGUACAUUCAGCACUUUAUCUACAUAUUAUAACCGUAUAGAAUACAAUAAAAGUACAAUAAACCUGUACAGGAUAAUGCGUAAUAAUUAUUACCACAAAAAAAAAAAAAAAUGAAAUAAAAUACAAGGGAGGAGGGGACAGAAAGAGAUAGAGGUUUUGGAUUUAUCGAUUGCGAAGUGAAGUUUCCAAUUGGUUACAGUCAGUCGACCGAAUAGUGAAGUGAUGGGUAAGUAAAAAAAAAAGAAUUCAAAUCAAAUAUUACAUAGAAAAGGGUAGAACAAGGAAGAUACAGUCUGCAUACUUUUUUUGGGGGGGUUUUUUUUCAUAUAGUAAGAUAAUAAAAUAUCAAAUGUUUACAUUCUACAUGACGUAUAAUGGAAAACCAAAAAAAAAAAUGAAAAUAAAGUUCAAUCAAAUUUGAUUUCUUGUGUUGUAGUGUAUUAUAUAUUAUUUUGAGUAAGAUUUGUAGGACGUAAUAUUUAACCAAAAAAAAUAUAAUAUUUCUACCAGAGCAAAAGUAAUAAAACCAAUUUUUAAAAGUCAUAACCAGUGAGAGGGAGAGAGAGAGAGAGAGGCAAAGAAAAGAAACGUAGACAGUCGGAUCAGUUAUUCUUUAUCAUUUUAUAGUCAUCCGAAGAACUGUACUUACAUAUAAUCUCAAAAAACCGAUUUAAGUACCGAAUAUAAAAGAAUAAAACGUAUAUUACAAAUAUGUUACUAUUUAUUGUUCGUUUUAAAAUAAAAAUAUAACACAAUCACCUCGGCUGCUGCAACGAAAGAGGUCGUUUUUCAUUUUUAUCCAAACUUCUAAUCUAAUCUCUUCGGACGAAUAGAGAUACGAUCUUUUUCGUUACGACAUACGACUUAUAGCGCUACAAAUUUAACCAAUUCAACUAAAAUGUAGAUAUGUCUACACGAAAUAAAUAUAUUUUCACUUUUGAAUAUGAAAAAAAUAUCGUUAUUUUUUAUUAGUAAAUAAUACAAUAUAAGUAUACUACAAGUAUAAGUAACCGAUACUAUAAUGCGUUUAUAAACGUUAUGAAUUUAUCACAAAAUCAAAAAUGUGUUAAGAUUUAGUAUUUCAAAUACCCAAUAAAAGGCGGCCGAUUAAAAAUGUGCGGUGUUAUAAAAAUCAAUAACUAUUUUAAAUAAAGUUUUUUUCAAGCUAUGUACGAAAAAAAAACGUAUUAAUUCUAUAUGUACGUAUAGUAUGAAACAAAUUUACAGCUAAAGUGUAAUAUAGCCUUUAUAAAAGACAGAUAGAAAAACAGGAAACGCCAAUUAUAUAUUAUGAAGGUAUAAACUAUAAAGAUACGAGUUUUUAGUUUUUUUCGGCAUGUGCAUAUUACUUAGAAAACAAAAAUAUCACACCAUCAAAAAUCUAAAAAUAUAAAAAGAAUAUUGAACAACCACUAUAGGUAAUAAUAAAAAUAAAUGUUUAUACGAACCUAUCUUAAAAAAAUUACUUUUUUAUACAAUCAGAUGUUACAUAUUCGUAUAGUGUAUAUACUCAACGCCGAUAAAGUUUUAAAUUAAAUUUGUAUUGGGGAUUUUUUUUUACAUACUACUAUAUUAUAUUAUAUUAUCUAAAAAAAAGAUUAUUUUUCUUUUUUUUUUUCUAUUCAAAUCGGUGAAAAAUCCAAAAAUAAUAUUUUUACUGUAAACAUUUAAUUAUAUGCAUGGAUACACUUUUAUUCUUUGUCAUGUGUAUUCGUUUUGAACAACAAUCACCGUAAUAUUUUUAAACGCGCAUUUAUUUUAUUAAACAUCCAGAACAUUGUAACAAUGGGCUAAGGGAGCAAUAUUUUAAUACACCACGUUCAAUCCAAACAUAUUUAAACUUAAAAGACAUCGUGGCUCGUCAGAAAAAAAAACCUCGAGAAACGUCAAACAAUAACGUCAGAAUCUCAGAAAAGUCCAUUUAUCACGGCAUGAAAACUUAUAUAUCUGUACACGGAACAAUAAGUAGGUAGCGAAAGGUGUGCUGAAUCACGUGCGUAAUCACGAAUGUACACUAACCAAAAAAAUAAUGAUAAUACUAAUUUUUUAAUGAAUAAAAUGAAGAAAGUUGUAUGAAUCUAUAAUGUUAUAAAAGGCUCAAAAAUUUAAAAAAAAAAAUAUAUAAAUAUACUUAUAUAGAUACUUAUAAAUAUUACAAUAUUAUAUUAUUAUCAUCUUGUGAUCGUUUACACGAUUAUUCUCGUGAUUUGUUCAGGCAAAUUUUAAAAACGUGUAUAAUUGCACGAGUCACCCGAGACAAAGCUUUAUGAAACUCUUUAGAUAAUAAUAAUUUAACAAACUCAAUCGAAAUUAAUUAAAUCGACCGGGGUACAGUUACUGUUUGUUUAUCACGAUUAUUCGUCUUAUUUGACUUUCUUUUUUGUUUUUAAUAGUAAGUACUCGUAUUAUUUAUUUUCAAUUGAAACGUGAUAUUCAGAUAUUACCAUAGUUACGAGUAUUUUAUUUGAAGAUUUUAAACGGCGCAAAUUAUUUUAAUUUAAACGUUAAUACUUACCUUUAAAAUCAUAUAAUACUACCCAUUUACCCAUUUUGCAGUUUACUCCGUGCAGUCAGAUUUUCCAUUAUUUUUAAGAAUACUAGAACACUCAGAAACCAUCCUCAAUAAACUGACAUUUUGUGUUUGUUAUUUACGAGUAUUAUAACGGUAAUAACUGUCUAAGAAAUCUGUCAAAUAGCCAUACUCAAAUUACUUUGAAAACUUAAUAACCUAUCAGAAACGUCCAACGUUAUAAAUAUACAAUGUUAAUAAAAUAAUUCGUGAGUGAUAUUGGAAUAUAAUUGAAUUAUUGGGAACGGACACCACCAGUGACGUGUAGAAAAUGUUUUUUUUUUUAAGUGGUUGAAUAAGACUUAUGAGUAAAACAGGACUUUAAUGUAAUAAGAACCCACCCACCUAUUUUGACAGAGAAACGGGCCUCGAGAAACAGUCAUCGUCGCAACUCGUAAUACCUAAUAUACAUUAUACAUAUGAAUCGCAUAAAAUAUGAACGUUUUGUACAAUUAUCGAUAUACGUUCUAUUUGUUUUUGGUUUUUCAAUACCUACUUUUGUUUUGGAAUUAUUAUUUCGACGUUUUUCACCUGUUAAAGGUAUUUAAUUGUGCGACCCUAACAAAUAAUGUUGAAUUAUAUAGGUAAUAAUAUAUUUACGAAUAUAUCAGCGUUAAAUUCAGACACGGUUUUGUGGUUACGGUUAAAAUAAACAAUACAUAAUAGUGAUGUAAACGGCUAUUUUAAGUGAAAAAGAUAAAAUUUCAAUUCAUACCAAAUAAAUCUUUUAGUUAAUAGUAACAAACCCUUAUGUAGAACGCUUGUGUUUUUGACACUCCCAAAAUUUCCACUUAUAAUCAGUGAUGUUAUCUUCAUAUUUUUUAUCGAGUAUACACUUAAAAAAACUUAAAUUAUUCCUUACGUUACGCUCAACUUUAUUUUUGACCAAUUACAUUUUAAUAUGAUCCACGUCGUUAAAAAAAAUCUGUUUAGAUAAAUCAAUUCUAUCCACAUAAAACCAAAUAAAAUCUAAAGAUACAUGAAAAAGUCAAGUUACUAUAAAUAUCUCAAAAAUAUUUUAAAAAUGUACUGUAAACUUCAAAUUCCAAAAUUAUUUUAAAUGGUUGUAAGUCUACAACCUUGAACAUGGACAUUUUAUUCCUCAAAAUGAAUAAUUGAACUAUAAUGGAAUGUAAUAGGGCUGUAAACAAUCCUUUAAUUAUAACAUCACAAUUUAAAAUUGUAUAUCAAAAAAAAUAUAAAUAAGUAAAUAUACUUACCUUGUAUUAGUCUUUAAAAUUCAAAUCGUAAAUCAUUUAAUUAUAAUUUAUUAUUAUUUUAAGUUUUAACAAAAAAAAUUUGAAAUUUUUAUUGGAAAUAUUUAUUAGGUAAUUCGAAACAACAAAAUUAAUAAAAACACAUUAUAAAUGGGUAAGCGAUUAACACCGUCAACAUUACCUACGAUUUCUUACCGACCUAUAUUAUUUAAUAAAAAAAUGAAUCUUGAUAAACUAAAAACAAUUAGAAAAUAUCCUUCAUCAAUACAUUUGGAUUUUAGAUUCGGAGCGUAGCCUAACCUAACCUAACUGAACCGAAUUUCGCUCCGAAACGUUUUUCGUUAGUAAUGGUUUAUCGUUGGUUACAGGUUUAAAUUAAACAAUUUUAUGUAUCCAACUAUCUCAAUUUUCCACCUAAAAUAGUGGCAAAUCCAUCCUCAGAUCAGCUCUUUUUUUUAAUAUUAGAUAUACAAAUAUAAUAGAGCUUUCAAAUUAAAACUGCGCUAAUUGUAUUAACUAUCUUGAAAGUAUAAACCUCAAAAUUCAAAAUAAUUAAGUUAAACUUGAUUAAAAAUUAAUAACCAAAUGUUCAGAUGAAUAUUGUAUUUGUUUCCUCCUACCUUUCGUAAUAAAAUAAGCCUUCUUUUGAUACGGUGAGCAGUAAGUAUAAGCCAAAAAAAAAUUCUUAUAUCUGUUUAAUUAGUUCCAAAAAUAAUGUCCUUCAAUUAACUUAAUAUCUUGUGGAAAAUGUCGCAGGAGAGACAGCUGCUUCUCUCACCUCUCUCGUGCGCACGCUUAUGCAAGGGGUUUUCAUUAUAAUUGGGAAAAACACAAAAAAAAAAAAAUUAUAAAACAUAGGACAAAUAUUUACGGCUCACCGCGACGUUUACCGAUAUCAUGUUUCUACCAUAAAUAUUGCUUUAAUGAAAAAAAAACAAGACACAAUUUUAUUGCAUCUUUUUGGUGAGUAAGGGAUUCACUUUUUUUGAUUUUCCAACUAGUUUUCAUAAAAUAAUUCUGGACAAAUUUAUGACGUUAACAAUUUCAUUAUUACAAAUUGUUUCUAAUUUUCUUUUCUACAAAAAAAAAAAUGUUUUGAAUUUCAACAAUAUCACUUUUGCUAAAAGAAAAUUUUAUUGAGUUAGUUAAUAAGAUGGUUGUUUUUUUUUCCGUAUAUUUUUUUAAUAAAUGGGUAAAACCGGAAAAUUACAGCAAAGUUUACUGAAAUAACGGUUUCAUUAUUUUCAGUUUUGUGUUUUUGUUGUAAUUUUGUUUAAAACCAUCGAAAAGACCAGAAAUUAUCUAUACCUAUUUAUGUAUGACAUUUUCAAGACAUGGUCAAAUUUUCAAAUUAAUUUUGUGAUUAAGUUAUUUCUAGGCAUUUUACUGUUUUGAUUCCUUUUUUUAGUUUUUAUUUGAUAAGUAUGUGUAUGCCAAAAAAAAAUUUAACACAUGGUUCAUUAUAUUAUGGUGUACACUUAGUGACCAUAAAAAUGAUAAUUGAGGAAAAUGCAGUAGUUUUUUUUUUUUUUUUAUAAGAAUUUUAAGAUUAAAAUUUGACUAGAAGAAAAAUGGCCGUAUUUAAAUACAUAGUAUUAUACGUCAUAUCCUGCUGUAUAUCCCGCCGACAUCGUUUCUCUUCAAAAGAACACUACCUACUUAAAAUACUAAAAAUACUUAAAAUAAUUGUAUGUAAGAGUAGUAUAACCGCAUAUUGUUGGAUGGGUGUAUAAUGUAUACAAUGCAAUUUUUCAUAAGUAUAAUAUAGAAAUAUUACGUCUAAUAUCAAAAAUAUCGAAUAAUUUAAAUGUCCUUUAUAAACGAGAUAGUUAGCAUGCAGAUUAUAUUAUAAAAUAAAAUAAAUAAACUAUAAAAUAAAUUAGACGCUAAUCUAAUAUUUUAGAUAGUGCAAUUGAUUAGUUUAUGGUAUAAUCAAUAAUAAAAUUGAAAUAUUUACCAAUGAUCUGGAAAUCCAACAUAAUAUAAAAAGUAAUAACAUUGUUCUUGAUUAGUAAAAAUAAUUAUAGUCUGACUACAUUCAUGGUCGUAAACAUGUAUACAACAGUUAACAGUUGUAAUCGAUGUCUUACAUUCCCCCCCCCGACCAUUUUUGUGUUUGGCCAUGUUUUCCAAUAAUUUUAAUUAUAUAUUCGAAAUUUUCCUCUGGUAAUUUCUUCCAACGACCAUUUUUUCCGAGGACCGUACACUGUGUUAUAUAGUUAUACAGAGCCUGCCGAAGGGCUGUGCGGCGCCUGUGGGCUGUGGUGACAACAAGUAUGAGCGUAAACUUGCUAUUCGACGCGAAAGAAAUAGGUGGUCCAUAAAAUACGUACUUUCGUAGCGGAAAAAAGUUUUAUUUUUAUGUCAUCUAUUUGAUUGAGCAGUAGUCAGUAAUACAGUGUGUGUGUAUAGGCGAAAAUACUAAAUUUAUCGGUUUUAUACGGCUCAUUGAAUUUACCAAUUUAUUAUAUACGCGUUAUAAUUAUAUAAUUUAUUAUACCUAUAAUAUAAUAUAAUACAGGUAUUAUAUAGGCCCUAUAUUAUAGCGUAGGUAGGUUUUACAAAAAAUGACAUAAUUAUCGAAUAAAAGACAUUAAAAAUUGAAGUCGCAUUUAAAAAAAAUAUAUAUAUUUAGAAAUAUUCACAAUUAAAUUUUAAAACGAAAUAAAAACUAUUCGUAAAUAAAUAAAUAAAUAACGAUUUAUGCGCGUUUCAUAAAAUAAAUUGGAAAAUUACACUGCAAAAUUUGAACUUUAAAUGUAAUUUAAUGAAAAUCGCACAUAAAGAAACUACUUAUGUUUAUAUGACCUACAUCCAAUAGGUUUUUUUUUUAUCUUAUUAUUUUUUUUCAAAACAACCCGCUUGUGAAAAUGCUUUAAAAAGGUUCGUCUUGUUUUAUACAUCAUCGUAUACCCUUUCCGCGAUAGAAAAUAUAAAUUGGACACAUGUGGUACAGUACGUAAUAUUAAAAAGGGGCCAUAUUUUAAAUUUUCCUGUAGUUUUUGAAGAACUUAUUAUGAGAAAAAUACACUUUUGCGAAAACAUGUUGAUACGUAUAGGACAUAGGAAGGUACAUUCAACGCGCUCGUAUAUUUUUAUGAAAUUGAUUUUGUUACAUACAUUUUAGAAAAUAAUAAUCCGAGGUAGAUACUGGAAGCUUAGACCAUACACCGCAACUUGCGAGUAUAUACUGUAAUGUAGAAAAAAUGUACACCGAAAAAAUCAACGAAAACUUCAAAUCUUUAUUUUUUCUCCGAAAUUUCACAAUCAUUUACGCGCAUCAUCAUUAUAUAGUUGGUAAUUUCUAAAGAAUAACUAAUACACGGGAUUAUUUUAUAUUUUCGUUAAAGGAAUACUGUUUGAGUUCUUGGAGUGAUAACAAUACAAUGGGUUAUUAAAACGUACAUAUAUACGUUGCAAGCGUACUUGUAUAGAUAUUCCGCCAAAAUUACAGACAAGACAAAUUUUGAAAUAAAUGUAUAAGGUAUUUUAAUAUUAUUAUUAAAAUUUCAACCCGUAAACGCAAGUUAUUACGGGGUCCAUUAUAUUAAGAUUUCGUACGCACCUUUUUCGCGGUUUUGUACGGUUUACCCAAAUGCAUUGCAAAGUUGCCGUUGUCAUACAUUUACUAGUAGAUUACGAUACCGUACCCUGCAUUUUGUCUAUGGGUACCGCUAUUAUUAUAAGUCCAGUUUAUUACAGCACUACGGUUAUAUUAUUAUCAUGAUGGUCUAUCUACAACCGUGCAAGGGGCUCCAAGCCGUUAUCUGCGAUUUGUAUAAUACACUAUUAUGAAAACUAUGGUAAAUAACAAAUAUGUACUUAAUGUAUAAUACUACUAAAAAGCAGUUAUUAAAAACAGAAAACCCCGAAAAAUUUGGAAAAUCAAAAUUUUGGAAAGGCAAACUAUAUUAUACAUAUAAAUGUGUAUAAAAAAAAAAAAAACUAGGUGGUUUCAUACGAGUUUUCAGCGUUCCGUAACACUCCAGAAAAUCUCAUAUUGAUUUAAAAUUUAAAAGCAUUAACAAUUUUAAAGAUCCGAGUUUUUCUUGCGAAGUAUAACAAGAUAGUACAUAUAAUAUACAUAUUAUAUAUUAUAUGGCUAUAGUAUAUAUUUUCUUGUGUUUAGUGUGUGAAUGUUAUGCAACUCGGCUUUGCGUGCGUUGGCAAUGUUGUACUCAUUUGCAUACGGAUUCGUAUUCAUUUUAGGGUCAGGUUGUAAAACCAAAUCAAAAUUUGGUAUACUCAGUGUCGGUCUGGUCAUCGAAGGGCCCAGGCAGGAUUUUUUUUCAGGAAUCCAACCUGCCUGACCGCUCGCGCAUUAUUGUUUUCGAUAUUCAUAUUUAUGUUAAGUAAAUAAAUUAAGUCAUCAUACAUAGUUCAUUCAAUUUUUAUCUUUUAAGAGUUAAUACAAAAUUGUAAUUUAUCACAAAUUAAAAUAAAUUUCACCUUUAUAUGUAUUAUCUAGGAUAAUCGAAACUGUUGUAGCCAUUGUUGUAGGUGAUUAAAUGUAUACCUGUAAGCAACGAUAAACCAUUGCUAAUGCAAAAACGAUUUUGAACGGAGUUCGGAUAGUGAUGCUUUGUCGGCAAUAUAUAUAUUCAUAUUAUAGUAAAAUUAUUAAAUAGACUUUAAAUGUUUUCUUUAAUAAUAUGUGUUUAAUGUUGUACUAAUUUUCCGGGUUUCCUACGGUUUUCCCGGUAUUUCGAAUUUUCUGGGAAAACUCUUGAGAAAAUUGAAAAAUUACUUUCCUAAAGUACCAUUCCAGUCUAAUUUCCUCUUAGAAAAAUUACACUAUAUAAAUGUUAAUAUUACAACAAUUAUCGUAAAUGAAAAAAAUUAAUAGUACAUGAACUCUACGUGACUAUAUUAUAAGAACAGGCAGUUUAUAUCCGAAAUUUUCUGAUUAUUGUUGAAAUAAAUUAUAUUUACACGCCGCCGGACGGUUCAUUGGUAUUUGAUGAGAGAAAUUUGUACUAUAUAGGUACCUAUAUUUCUCCAAACGACGAGAUUUUAUAUUAUCAUAUCGACUAUUGGUCGUUUAUUUGGGAAAAAUCCGAUUGUUAGUGUGCCGAUUAUGUAUAAAUUAUAAUAUACCUAUAUACACGGUGUAUCUAUGGUAGAAAAAAAAAUGUCGAGGCCCUGGAAGCGAUUGCUGCCUAGCUGCCUUGACCAGACCGACAAUGGGUAGACUACGUAUGGAAUCGUACUACCAAAAGGGACAAACGUACGAAAUAGUAUUUUUACGGUCUAAACUAAUUUCGUAGCUAAGAAAUUUUUUUUGAAUGAGAGGCUGAUCAGUUAAAUAACACAUAUUUUAGUUUAUUGCAGUAUAUUAUACUGUGUUUCAAUAAAUUAUUUAAAAUUUCCUGAAAUGUCGGUAAGGUUAUAGCCCCUCAGCCCCUCCCUUGAAUACACCACUGGUUUUAAUAAAUAAGUAUUUUUCGCUGAUUAUUAUUCCAUAAUUAAUGGUUUAUAGUUAACGUCAUUGUUUUUCUUAAUCGUGACUCUCGUUAUGAAGCACAAACAACGAAAUGUUUUUAGGUUAUAAUAAAUUAAUCAAGAAAUAAAUUGUUUUAACACAAUUUUAAUAUAAUAAUAAUAUGUACGUAAAUAUAGUAGAACUAUAUAUACGUCGAAUGAUUAAAGUUUCCAAACUAAUAAUUUAUAUUAUCCAUCGAACUCGGCUGAUGAUUUUUUAUUCACAUAAUAAUUUAUUAAAAUGUUAAUUAUAAGUAAUCAGAGAAUAAAUAUGGUCGAGGGAAAACAGUCCGAAUAAAAAUUCCCUCGAUUCGGGUAGUGGUAGUUCAAUAUGGUUUAUUAUUUUCACUCACGCAAUAAAAAUGAUAUACCUACCUAGAGAGCCAAAAUUUAAUAUUUAAUUGAGUAAUCAUUGAUCAACUCAGCAUAUCGCUGUGAAAUGGAUCUCCAUUUUUUAUUCACGAAAAACAUUACCAUACGCUAAGUAUUAAACAUUAUAAUAAUAUAAUGUACUAUCCGAAUGAUAUUAAUGAAAUAUAUUUUAUUAUUUUUAUUAUGAAAAAUAAGUCACCUAUUUUACUCCGAAAAUCUUUGAAAUAUUAAAUUAUAAUAAACAGGGAUGGGAUUUGCUAUAAUAUUCCCCCUUCCAAAAAAAAAAAAUAAAUAAAUAAAAAGUAGUAAAAAAAAAAAAUGUAAAAUUAUAUUUGCUUAUUUUGUAUUAAUUCUACAUUUAAUUUAUCGGGCUAAUUUGGUAUUCUCAUCUAUAUCCCAUAAUAAUUAUCAAAUACAGCAAAAUCCUCUUCCUACUAAUACAUUAUCAUUAAUAGGUAUCAGAGCUAUUAUACGUGAUAGUUUAAUGUAGGAUCAUUGAUAUACAAUAUCGUUUAUUUUGACUUCACAAAGCCCAUUAAGCCUAUUACUACAACACAUAUCUGCUACUGCCUAUCCCGGGAUAGACCUAUCCUGUCUCUCAAUUCUAUACUCCGAUUUCCUCUAGGUUCUUUACGACUUUGUCUGUCCACAUUUGUUUCGGUUUGCCUAGUGGCCUUUUCUAAUUUGAUUUUCUAUUUAAAACCGCUUUCAUUAGAUCACUUGAUCUACAUACGUGACCAGCCCAUGAAAUUAUUUUAUAUCGUAUUGCAGCGAUAUACUACUGAGGUACUGCUACUGUUUAUAAAAAAUCGAAUGUAUAUUAUAAACAGGCUUUGAACAACACAGUCGGUAAAUAAAAAAGAAAAUAACGCGAUCGCUAUAUCUAUUUAUUAAAAUACUAAACAUCUCGUUGUUUAUUCUCAUUAUAAAAAUAUUAUAUUGCUAUCUCAUUAUGUUGCAAUUAUGUAUUAUUUAUUUUACGGGCGUGUUCCAAAUAUUUUACUCUUGCAACUUGUAUAAAUAUAUACACCCACAGUAAAUUCUGCUGACGAUUUUAUAUACAAGAGGAUAUAUUUUAUACCUACAAUACGUUUUGGAAUUAUCGUACGCCCGUCAUGUCCGUUAUUUUUUUUUUUUUUUUUUGCUCCGGUUACCAAUUUCCACCGUCAGUUUUUCUACACAAUAAUAAUGUUAUAAUAUACCUAUAUAAACUUUCAGACGAUAUUUUUUUUCGGCCUACACUCAAGAGAGCCAUCAUUAAAUUUAAUUAUCUUUAAUAAUAUUAUGUAUAAUAUAGAUAGGUAAAUACUGCACCUAUUGUUUUAUUGACAAUGCCCAUCCCCGCUUUCGCGCAGCUUAAAAUAAUGAUGGAUUUAUUGAAAUUCGGUUCUUUUUUGAAAAAGGUGUCAGUAUACCGUCUAUUUUCCAACACUUGGGGUUUUUUUUGUAUAAUAAAUUUAUUUUUUUUUUUUAAUUUAGGUGCCUGCAGUAUUUGAAAAUAAUAAUCAAACAUUUUAUCAAUUUAGAGUUUUAACAUUGACAAAAAUAUUUAUAAUUGGUAAUAAGAUAAAAAAUAAUAACAUAAAUAUUUUUGUUUUUAUAAUAAAACCACCAAUUAGACAAUACUAAUUUAAAUUUAUGUGAGUAUGAAUUUUUUUUCGUUGCCUAUAAUCAAAAUAAUACAACAUUAACUAUUAAACUCGAGUAAUUAAUUAUAUAAGUGUAUUUUAACUAUUAUAUUCCUUUUUUCCUGUAGUGAUUUUAUUCCUCUAAGGCGUUUGUAUAAUUUAAAACUAGCAUAGGUUACACGUUCUUUUGAUAAAAUCCAUUGCCAGAUAAAUUUAAAUUCAAAUUAGAAUACCUAUAGUAAUUUAUAUUUCCUCUAUAAAAUAUUUUUCGUGAAGAGUCUGUUUCAUAUAUUACGAGUAAAUAUUAUACCAGAGUAAUUUACAAAAAACUCUUCAGUAUUAUCAUAAUAAAAAAAAAUCUAAAAUUUUCUUCUUCAUUACUAUGGAGUUAUUAGAGGUACCUACCUACAUCCUAAAAUGAAAUUUCUGCGUAUUUGACAGAGCGUUUAACACCGAGCGAGAAUGAUGAAUGAACAAAACCAACCGUCUCGGCGUGACAAAUAAAUAAAAUAGGUACCUAUACGUACGAGGUGUCUGUUAUGUUGGUUACAUAGAAGCUGCACCACGGGUUUGAUAUCCUGCACCAUCUCUGAAAUGUUGUAGGUAAACAAAAUACGUACAUUAUUGUCGAUGAUAUUAUUCACUUCGAUAUUCACAACACAAUAUCACAAUAAACUAUUAUAUGCUAUUAUAAACAGUAAACACUUUUAAAUCUGUACAAAUAAUCUUCAAAAAUAAAUGCGUAAAUACAGACGUAUAGGUUUUGAUGCAGGUAUUAGAAAAGAAUAACAGUUACAAUAAUAUUUGACAAUAACGCGACGCAGCCAUAACCGAUAACAUCUCUAGAGCAAUGGAAUAUUCUAACUUACCUAUAUUACGGAAAAACAUCACAAGAGACAUUUUUUUUUUUUUGAAUAAAUGAAUAGCAAAUCAAUCCCGUCACAACAUCUAUACAAAAUGAAAAUUCCAAUAUUGUAAUAUCAAAUAACAUUCCUACAACACAUACAUCCAUUCAUUUUAGAAACGAUAAAUCAAAUUAUGUUCAUAGAAGUACUUAACAUACCUAUAGUUGGUUAUUAAAGUUUCAUGAAAGAACUUGAUAAAUAGCUACAGUAGCGCACGUGGAUGGGAAUACGAACUAUGGAGAUUAGCCAUCCUAGAUAGUCUGAAGCCUCCCAAUGCUGAGAUAGAGCUCAGUGGAUCAUAUGUGUUUUUUAUGAUGGUAAAGCUUAAGCCCUCCCCCCGUCUAAGGUAUAAUUGUGCCACUGGUGGUGGUAACCUAAAAAAAAAUGAUAUUAAGAGACCAAUUAUAUAAAUAAAUAAUUAUAAAUAUAUUUUCUUAAUGAAACUAAGCAAAGCUAAUGCUAAUUUGAUCCGAUUUUGAGUGAUAUGGUUUGUUAUAAUAAAGCUAUUCAACUUGCUACACCAAUAUGAUUGUGAGUGUUUGCCACUAAAUGACUGUCAAUAAUAUUGAAUGUAUCUACCCGGACAGGUGAUGAAAUAUCUCUCUACUCGAAACAAAAAGCAAAACGGGUAAUAAUAAUUGCUAAAAUUAUGUAGGUAUAUAAGUAUUAUACGCUUAACUUAUUCUCCGUGUAUAAUGUGUAUAAUUUCAUAUCAUUAUAAAAUUAUGCAAUAUGCAUUAGUAAAAUACAAACAAAAGAGGUGAUACUAGUGAUGGGUGUGUAAUUUUUCAGGAAGUUAGGAAAGUUAGGAAGCUUGGAUACAUAAAGUAAUUUAAUUUAUAUUUGUACGGAAAAACAAAUCAUUGUUAACUAAAAACGAUUCUGAACGAAGUUUGGUUAAACGUGUUUUGAUAAAUGAAAUUGAAAAUUGAAGUAUUGAUUUGUAACAAUAGUAUAAAUUUCAACUGUGCGUGAUUUUUGCUUUAAAUUGUUGAGUAUUUUCAUAAAGCUAAAACAAUUGUAUCCGCAUUAUAUCGAAAACAGUACGUGAAAUGCCCGUGAUUAUUACGAUUUACAACAUAAUUUUAACUCAUCAUAUAAAAUACUUAGCACGAUUAAUUUUUUAUUAUUAAAAAUUAUUGAACUAUUAUAAAUAGCUCAACAAUUUUAUAAUUGCGAGUUUUAUAUGUACUUUUUAUUUGGUGGGUAUUGGUGGGAUAUUAUUGUUUGAACAAAAUACUUGAAAAUUGAACAGGAGAUUCAUUGUAUAAGUUAUACUUAAAAAAAAAAAAACAAGAACACAAUGUGUAAUCUUUUUUUUAACAUUUAAAAAUCAUAAAUAAAAAAAAAAAUUGUAAAUAUUACGGCCAUGCAAAUCAUGUGCAGUACAAAUGAACUUCGGUCAGACUCGUUUUUCGUUAGCAAUAGUUUAUGGCUACAAAUUAAAUUAAAUUAUGUAUCCUUCUUUCCAACUUCUGUUCUAUAACAGACAACAGUAGUGCACCAUCAGCAGUAUCAGAUUUGUUUUCAAAUAUUAUAUAGCUGUGUAAAAAAGUAGUUUUAUAAAAAGUGUCAAAGAAAAUUUUGCAAUAUUUUCAACUACUAUUGAUAUAUUGCACUACACACAGAUGUUUAUUUUUAUUUUAGAAAUGCCUGUUGUGUUUACUUUACUAUAUCUAUAUAUUAAAGUAUAUACGUAUACCUAUCAAUAAAGGGUAAAAUGAUUUAUUGAUUCGUUUUAUAUAACUUGUCAGUGAUGGUUUUGAUUAUUUACACUGGCUACGUACACACUUUUGUUUAUCUGUUUUUCGAAGCAAAUACUUUGUGACGGUAACCGAAAACCCAAAGUCUUAUUUGAACGUUCAAAAUCUCAAAUCUGCUUACUUAUUAAAACAAACACUGCACAUUUUAUGGUUACUAUUAAGGUUCAUGUGCAAAAUUGGACUAGUCUUAUUAAAGGCCUGAGAAAGCAGCGACCGAAAUGGUCCUUCUCCUUUUAUUAUAAUUCCAUAAGGAAAAAUUAUUUGGAUAGGCAGUCAAACCGAUGUAACACAUUCGUUCAAAAUAUCUACCAGAAUUAUAGGUACUUCAUUGUCAUAUUGCAAUGUUUACAAUAUAUAAAUACAUGAAUUUAUACAAUAUUGGAUUGAUCACUCUGAUAAAUCCUCGGUAAGACACGAAUUAUCUCGAAUGUAUUGACUAUUUUUGGAUUUUUUUUUUUUGAGAAAUUUAAGAAACGUGAAACUAUAAAAUGCUAAAUUUUUGUUUUUUUUUUUGUCACUCUUAUUUUGAUUGAUUUUAAGAUUGAUCUUAUUAAUAGAUUGUAAAGCUACAACCUAUUCACUUUUGGUUUUAAAAUAGCAAUCUUUAAAAGAAAUUCCAUAAAAAGAUGAAGUUUUAGUUUAGAUACAUCAUGUUGGUGUUGAAGUACUUGAUUUCCAUUAAUCCGUUGACGAGAUAUUCCACUUUUCGGUUUGAGUAGUGGAAAAUUAGUGAAACAUUAUUCAAACUCCACGCACGCUGUGCUGCCAUACAAAUGAUGCUCCAAUAAUUUCCCUCUACCAAUACUUAAAAGUGAGAUAUCUUAUAUCAGUAAAACUAAUAUAUUCUUCUUUCCACUCAAUAUUUUAAAUUGUCUACUAUAUAUUAACAAAAUAUUAUAUAAACCUACUUAAUGAAAUUUAAACACUGAUAAGGCAUAGAUCUACUAGAAUACCCUUAUUAUUUUGUUUCGGUAAUAAUAUUUUAGAUCUGAGCGAAGCGAUAUUAAAUUUACUAUGAUGUGAACCAUUUGAAAUUAUCAAGGGUUUUUUUUUUUUUUUUGAUUUAUAUAUGGAUUAAAAUUCUUUAGUUUAUUUUACAGUUUUAAGUUCAAAUAUAUGAUAAAAUUAUCGUUUAGUACGCGAACAAUUGUAAUGUUUAUUUUGUAGUUAAUUAAUGUAAAAUUCGAUUUAAGUCUGUCAAAAAAUAUUUAAUCGAACUCCGCUCAAAAUCAUUUCUCGUUUGCAAUUAUUUAUCGUUGAUUACAGUGUAAGUUAUCUUAUAUAAGACGUACAUUCUCAAUUUUUCACCUACAAUCCAUGAUGUGCAGUACAGCCUUUUUUUGUACAGAUUAUAAUCGAGAAAUGUAUUUAAAUAUUUUCUACAUCUGAAAUCAUUAAAAUCUAUUGUCAUUUAUUAUAAUUUAUAAGUAACAAUUUUUUUGUUAUAUAAUAAUUAUAAUAUAAAGUUAGAAUCUAUAAAAUAAUAAAGCUCUCUUGAAGGUUAUUAUUAAAUAGGUAAUGAUUUUGGAUACUCAGCGUUUGUUCAUAAACUUUAUUACUCUUGAUUAAACUGAAGGAAAUGUUAUUGAAAUUUGCCUUUCUCUAAAGUAGUAUUUUAUUUUAUAUAGGUACCUACUCCAUUGAUUUGUUUAAAACUUGUUCGACUGUAUUAUUAGAGUGACGUGCUGGAUUUUAAUAAAAUAAAUAAAAGUACCACCAACAAGUUACGAGGUAGGUAGCUACGCGUCGUUUAUAUACUUAGACGUUUCAUAUUCAUAGUUUCGGAAGUUUAUAAUUAAAAUGUAUACAGGGUGUUUCAGGUUUAACGGCCAAACUUUUAUAAAUAAACUGAUGAUGUCUAUGAAAACAAAAGUAAUAUUGAAGAUUCUGAACAUAGCGAGGGAUUUGAUGGUUCUGCUAUGAUAUGUGCGUUUUUAUUUUAAUUACAUUUUUUUUUUAUAUACCCGUGAAUCACUUUUUUACCAAACAUAUUGCUCUAAUAAUCAACAAACAAACAAACAAAAUCUUUUUUUUAGAAUUUUGGAUCUAGUUAGUGUAUAGAGAAGAUCAUUUUUUGAUUUUUCUUGUAGUUUUCUUAAAAAUUUGAAAAACAACGAAAUAUGGUUAAAUUUAUGACAUAAAAGUUUAAUUUUUUCGAUUUUGUUUUUCCAUCAGACAAUGUUGUCUCGAUGGUGCAUGUUAUUUUUAAAUUUUCUUAAUUAUUCAAAAAAUUGUGAAAAAACGUAGAAAAAACGGGAAUAAUUAUUUACGGCAAUAACGGUUUUAUUAUUUUCAAUUUGUUUUUUGAGAGCCAUUCGGUUGAAAAUAAUCAAAUCAAAGACUUGAAAUUUCCAUAAAAUACUUAUAUAAUCUAUCCAUUUUUAAACGUAGACGAAUUUUUAAAAUCUUCUUUGAGAUAUGUAUAGGUAUUUGAUAUCUUUUAGUUUUGUUUAGUUUUUCUUUGGUUUUAUGCUGAUAAAAUUAUUUGGCUUAACAAAAAUACUUGACGAUUUAACACAAAGUUAAAUAUAAAGGUACUAAGUAAUAUAAAUAAAGUAUACUGUGCUGUUAUAAUUUUUUUUUCAUGAACAUAGGCAAUAUGGCAAUUCAAAACAUAUUGUUUAAUCAAAAUUUGCUCAAAAUCGUAUUUCGUCAAUAUUUUUUAUCUUCCCAACUUCCCACUUGAAACAGUGACAUACCAACUACAGUACUACAGUGCCAGCUCGGUUUUUUGUUUUGUCAACUUUGAUAUUUCUUGAGAAAUCUCCGGUAUUUAUUUCACACAACUAUUUUUAGUAGACAACAUCAUAAUUAAUGUGAUACCGUUACACGAUUUUCAGCCAUCGUUUUACCCUUUUCUUAGUUACGUAAUUCUAUUUUUUUAAUUUUAUCAAUAACUAUAUCUAUGGAAAUAUACGUAUAUAUAAUAGUUAGAGUCAAAUAAAUAAAAAAUAUAAUUUGAUUUAUCACAAAAUAAGGUUUAAAUUUAUUUGGUGCGAUGAAUUUCACGUUAUGACAUUAAUAUAUUAUAAUAACAACGCAUUAGCAUAAAAGUCAAGCAAUACUUGUAAUAGUGGCCUAUAAAUUCGAGAAAACACUUAAUUCAAACAACAAUGUCUUCGACAAUACUCUUCUAAUGUUUUACGUUUAAAAACUACGUUUCAAAAAUGUUUACAAUCAAUAAUGUAUCCGUUUAAUGUUAGUUGGAAAUAUUCAAAUAUAUGACAAUUGUACCGGUAAAUGAUAACAUGAAGACGUAGUAGACAAUAUCAGAGAUUACAGAUAACGUUUGAAAAAACUAAGAUAUCUAAACUGCUCGUGCGAUGAGCUAGGUAUACAUGUAGAAGUAAAAACAUACGAUUAUUAACAUUAUGACGGGCGGUGCAGGGACAAAACGCAAUAGGCAAAAGAUCUUUAUGAAGGCCGAGGGUGAGGUGGGAAGACGUUGUAAAUUAAGAUAUUCAGAAAUCUUUAAGAGGCGGAAAGUUUAGUGAUAAAUUGUUUGGCUGCAAAGUGAUAAGUUGUGAGACAUCCCGAAUGGUCCAAUUGAAGCCGAAUAAACCCGAAUAAUAAUAUUGUUAUUAUUAUUAUUUAAUAAACUUUACAUAGACAAUGACUAUUUUAAUAAAAGAUUAUUGUUUUAUCAACGACGAAAAGUCGGUACCUACAUAACAAUACAUGUAUGAGUAAUAUAAUUCAUAAAAGAAGUUAAGACUAGAAAUACCGAAGUUUAUAAUCAUAAUUCUGAUCUUACUCGUUGAAUGAAUACAAUAGGUACGAUAAAUUUACAUAUCGCUAUUGACAAAUCGGGCGAUAUUAUUUACAGAUUGUGUGACAUUAUUUUUUAACUAUUCGUAUAAUAUUAUAAUAAUCAUAAUAAUAUUAAUAGUUUACUGAAAAAAAAAAAAAAACAAGUAACAAGUGCAUAAUGAAAUAUAUUAUUACACUGCAAGGUUUAAAAGGUCUUUUUCAGACGAUUUUAUACGAUUAAUGCGUUUGAUAAUAAAAUAUAUAUACAUUUUUUAAGGAACUCGUGUAAAGUGAAGAAUAAUGUGAUGUUGAAAUUUAAUAAUUAUCAUCAUCUGUUAUGUUAUAAUAUUAAAUACCAUCGUAUAUUAUUAAUCACGAACAAAAAAAACUUAUCUACAGUAGCGGCGAGUAUAUUAAUAUAUUUUAUUAGUGUCAGUAGAAUAUUACUCGCCCGUUUAUGAUGAGUUACGGCGAACAAAGACAAAUUUAACUGCUCGUUUAUACGUAUAUAUGUGUACAUAUAUAUAUGUAUAUAUGUAUACGGACCUUAUUUAGAGGAUAGAUAUCCCGAAUCCGAGAGGCAAUUACCCUCGGUAUAUGCUCAUAAUGGUACUGUUGAGGGAACGGAAAAUAAUUUUACAAUUCCACAGUAUAUAUGAAUGGGGGGAGAGGGGAAUACAAAUACGAAAAUAAAUAACAAUGUAGUAUGUAUAAUAGUGGUCGGUGUUUAUGAAACUGAAAAAAAAAAGUGUUUAUACUGCUGGUGGGUGUACCGCUGUUGUUGGUGGUAAAUUCGCAAGGUAGGAUAACGAUAUAAUAUGUUAUAGAGUUAAUAUUAAUUUAUAUCUAUAAUUCUACACGCAACGAUAAAUCAUGGUUAACGAAAUACGGUUCGGAACGAAAUUCAAUUAAACAUGUCUGUAUUGAAAUGCAGUGGAUAUUUACGAUGUCCGUUCAAAUCUGAACUUAAAAUGUUUAUUAGGCGCACUAAAUAAAAACGAUCCCGUCUGAUACGUUUCCACUACUAUCGCACUACGCUAAUAGAUGCAUCACCAUUCGUUAAACGCAAUUCCUUUCAGUAGGCACCAGCGCCGUCCCGAUUUACUCAUUUUACACCAACGUCACAACCACCGCUACCUCAUUGAGUGAGUGCGCGAUACCUCCCCGGUUCACAUACAAUUCCGCGGUACAAAAAUUUUAAAUCCCUAUUAAUAGCUCAAGAGUCGCCAGAAUGGCUUUUUAGUACUUCACUCUUAAUUUUCUUUUGAAAUUUCUACGAUUAUUUUUAACUAAAUUAUGACAAAUCGAAAACGAUAAAAACCGUAAAUUUUCAUGUUUUCCAAUUUUUUAGGAAAACUACAAGGAUAAUCAAAAAACACCCACCUCAAAGCACCAACAUAACAUACAAAAUUCUACAAAAAAAAAAAGUUCUUUUGUUAUUUUUUGAUUGGCGAAAGAAUUCUUUAGAAAAAAGUUGCAUUUUACUAAAUAAUUAGGAAAAACGGACCAGUUUCGUUAUUUUCGAUUUAGUUUUUUUUUUAAUUCUGUAAAUAAUUGUAGAGGCCUAAAACAUUCACAAAAUACUUUUAUUGGUUUUUUUUUAGACAUAGGCUUUUUGUCGAACUAUUUUACAUAUAUGUAUUUGACCAUUUUUUAAUUUUUUUUUUUUACCUUUUUAUUUGGUAUUAAGUGAAUAUAAUUUUUUUGGUCACACAGAAAUGUUUGACAAUUGUACAUGAAGUUAUGAAGUUUAUCAUAAGUUGUGCUUAGUUAGGGGAAAAAAAUUCAACGUAAUGUAGUAGUUUUUUUAUAAUUGUUUUAAGAUCAAAUGUUAACGACAAUCAUAAAUAUUACGGUAUUUUUUAACAUAAGUAUAAUUGAAAUUCGCUCAGAAUCGUAUUUCGGUAAUAAUAAUUAGUCGUUACGCACUGAUAUAAAUUAAAUAAUUGCAUGUAUUCCACCUUACGUAUUACAGUGGCACGCCCGUUUUUUCGGAUUGUAUAAAAAUAAAUUAAAUUAAUUGAUCGGCAUGGGUCAACCAUAUUUGAGAAGACCAAUCACGCACAGUAACUAUAUUCGUUGUGUUAUACCGCAUCGAAAUUUUUCCGGUGUAAUGAAGUGAAUAAUUUUACACUAGAUAAUUAUUAUUGUUAUGUACAUCAUGUUCAUCGUAUUCAACCUACACUAAUUUCGAUUAUUGUUUUAAAUUGUUAUCUACCAUGACAUGUUUUGAAAAUAAGUAUUAGAACCAGAUAACCAUAGGCAUGUAAAUUUAAUAAUUUAUGUAAAUAAUUAGUACUCAAAACAAAUUAUAAAAUAAAUAAGAGUUUCCUAAGUAUAUUGUUGUGAAGAGUUAGUGCCUAUUUAUCUGCAGACAAAAUACAAGUUUUUUUGUUUUUUUUAGCACUUAAUUUCUUCGAAAAUAAUAUAUUAUAGAUAAGUCAAACGUUUUAAUUUUAACAAUAAUUGAGUUAAUUGAACAUGAGUUAUAUUUUUUUUACCAAACAUUUCUAGAAUGACGUUUAUUUUAUAACGAAUUUUUUAAAAACGCCUUUAACCGUAUAACCGUAAUUUCUCGUAACGGAUCAUGAAUAUACCUAAUUACUUUCACAUAUAAUAGCACGCCAGAGCCUAUUUUAAAGAAUUUUAAAUGGGUGGCACUAUAACUAAGGAAUAAGCCUGGUGCCUGUCUUAUUAGUUUUAAAUGACCCCCUCCUUAUAAAAAAUAGUUUGAUCCACCGCUGCCCGGUAUUGGUAAAUUUCCAUAGCCCAGAAAAACCCGUAGGCAAAUAUUGAAUUGGAAUAGUUUAUACUAGUUAAUCAAUUAAAAUUGUCGAAUAUCCAUUGGUUUGUUAGUAUUAUUUUCCAGUUAUAAUGUAAUGCGUAAUAUAACUAUUACGUAAAAACUAAAAAUGUAUAUUAAUUUUUAAUAUUAAACUCGUGUAUAAUUUCGAUAAUGGCAAUAUAUUAAUUAGUAUAUUUUUGUAUUAAUUAUACGUAGGUAUAGUCUCUGUAUAGGAAUUUAGAAUCGUUUUUUUUUCCAUGUGUGUUUGGCUAAACAGUUUCAAGCAAUAUAUUAGGACUUACACAUACCAUAUAUAGGCUUUAAAGCACUUAAUAAUAUACUGCAGUAUUCAUUGAUUAACUAUGUUGCUAUGCAGGUUCAAACCGCUAGGAUAAGCCUCGUUCAGUAACCGAACAUAAUUCCUUCACUCAAGGGAUAUCUUACCAUGAGGUUAGGUAUAACCAAAAUUACCUGUUUAUUUAUUUAGACAGUAACUAAAGUUGAGUGGGUCGGUUUCUAAGAGAUCUAUGUACUUGUAUAUAAUAAACCGAUUGUCAACGGUUUUAUUGGUUACUAAUGUAGACAUAAAUAUAUAAUCUAAAAUAUAAAUAUAAAAACAACGGGCAUUCUUCACACGAUAGGUGGCCACUGUUGUAAUAUAUAAAUGAGAAGUUGGGAUGAAAGGAUAGAGAUGGGAAUUUAAUGUGUAUCUGUAUGCAACAAUUCAUUUUUGCUUGCGAAAAACUAUUUUGAGUGGAGUUCGGUUAUACAUUAUGUUUAAAAGGCCGUCAUAUUUACGACUUUCAUCAAAAUUUGAUAUUAAAAUUCUUAUAAAAGAAAAAAUGUAUAUAUUUAACUUAACUCAACCUUUUCUUAUUAACAACUGAGUAAAACUUAAAAUGAACCUCUGGUACGAUUUUCAAGCAUUUACGUUUGGUCUACAAAUUUUAUUUAUAGAGUACCUAACGAAUAAAUAUAUAAUUACAAAAAAAACUCGCAAAAAUAAAAUGUCUAUAAAAGCUUAAAAAUGGAUCAAAUAUUUUGAAAAUUUUACCACGAGUAUAAAAGGUAAUUUUAAGAUUGCCGUCCGAAUUUUAAAUUUGUACGAACAUUUUAAAUUGAAUUACAACAAAAUAAAAAAACGAAAUUUAAAAUUAUAAAAGUAUUAUUUCCUUACAUUUUCCCAUUUUCCAUUUAUUUUUGAAAUCCUCUGGGAUAAUGAUUCGCUCCCAGAAAAUUUUCCUUUUCAAAAAAGGUGCUACAUUUCAUACUUCAGAGUAAGAUUUCUGGUAGAAUUUUCUUAUAAUACCUAUGUAUAAAAAAAAAAAAAAAACACAUAUUGUAAAUACAAAAGGUACUUUUUCAUAAUUUAUUUUAUUGGUACAACACUACCAACACAUCUCCUGUAUAAGCUCAUGUAUUAAGGGGGACCAAUAAGCCUCGUUCCCUGUGGUAUAUAUUUUUAAUUUUGUCACAAAUUGUAUAUUUAACAUGUUUGUUAAUAAUGUAUAAAACAAUGGUCGUGCAACGUAUGAAAAACAAUAAAAUUACUCCUUUUAAUGAACUUUGUACACAAAAUAUCAUGCAUUGAAUGUAAUAUAUGCCCUUUUAAAAAUCAGUGUUGAUUCAAUUAUAUUUUAAAAGGGUGCCAAUUAUAUUUUAAAAAGCCGACUUUACCAACUGAAUUGUCUGUAUUUAAAUAAGCCCUUUUAACGAAACACCAUUAGUAUGUACAUAAUUUCAAACUCUUAUCUUAAAUUGAUAAUCUUAUUAUUUUAACUAGACAGUUCGUUCAACCUUUUAUUACACGACAAUGUUAUAGAGCACGAAUAAUAAUGAUUUUAUAGCUCUGUAAAGUUUAAAUGCUAAUUUAUAACUAGGGUUCAAAAAUGUCAUGCAACUAAUAUUUUUGAAAUACAUCAUCAAAAAUUUCAAAAUUUUUAGACAAUUUAUUUUUAAAUAUAAAACUAUUUCUAAUCAUGUAUACUAGGCACUGAACGGUCCUGUUCUCAGCAUUUUAAAAACUGUUCAUAAAAUAUUGUUUUACGUUUAACUAGUCUUAUAACAAAUAGUAAAAUCAGUUUUGAUUUUUGAUAUUAUAGAUAUUUAUUUACUAUGGUACCUACAAGAUCAAUUUGAAUAACCAAUAUAACAUUUAAGGUAUAGACUAUAGAGUGAAUCUAAUACUACAAUAUCAUUCAGUUUUAUGAUUUUAUAAAACAUAAUUCAAAAGGGGACCAAUUAUCAAAUAUUUUGAUACAAACAUUUAUUUUCAAUAUUUCAUACACAUAACUAUACAUAAAAAUGAUAUUUGUGGUAACAAUUUUAUCAAAUUUUUUCUUCGUUAGACUAUAAAACAGUAACUGUACACUAAAAUCAAUAUAUCUAAUACUAUUACAUCUACGCAGCUACAACCGUUUUAUUUAUAACACUCAUCUCGAAAUUUUCACAAACUUAAUAUACUUAAAAAGUUAAAUAUAUAUAUAGAUAGAUAAAUAGGUUAAUAUCUAUUAGGUUUAAAAUUGUUGAAUAAAACAAUAAUUUUAUUUGUAUAGUACUAUAGAACAAGAAAAUAUAAUGAUCGCGAUGGUAAACUGCUGCAGUUAGACGCGGUCAAUUCGAUUUUAGCUUGAUGAUAACGUACAUUAGGAAAGUACCUAUACUGUAACGACGGACGUUACAUAAAUUACUAUUAUUGCAGGCGGCUAAACGAUAUUAAAUAAUACACGCGGGCAUACAGCGGAUUAAUAGCAAGUCCCUAGUCGUUUUUCAUGUACCUGCCUGGACAGUAAACCUAAUAUUAUCUUAUUAGACUGAAAUCGAAACAUGUUUAAACAUUUUCCCGUCCAAACUUUUAUAUCUACGGGUACCUACUUGUAUUACAUAUUUCAGCAUAAUAUUAUAUGAUUAUGAAAUUAUAGGAUUAUUUGAAAUAAAACCCAUAAAAAACUGGUUCAUAAAAGUCAUUAGAACAUUUAUAAUUCUGUUACACUUAUUAUAUACCUGCCAUUAUACUACAUCUGAGUAGGUGUAAACCGUGUUCAAGUAUAAAAUAAAACAAAAUGUGCCUAUAUUAUUCAACAUUCUACAGCUCUGUAAUAUAAUAUUAUGAUGGUGGUUAAAUAGUUUUUGGGUUUAUUUAUUACGUUACGUAAAACGAUAAGUAUCUAUUUCGAUUAGGUAACAAAAUAUAUAGUUUUUUAAAAUUAUAAAUGACCACUUAUAAUGCAGGAAGUGUUAAUCGAAAAGAGCAAUAAAAUCGGUUUUAAAAAAAAAUCACAUAGGUUAAAAUUAUGUAAAAAUUAAAAAACAUACAAAACGGGUAUGCGAUCUGUAUAUAAAAAAAAACUAUACGACUAUAUUAUGUAUAGGUUUUAUGUUAUAAGCUUCACUUUUUUCAAUUCAAAAAUAUUGCAAUAUUUUUAAAUUAAUAUUAUAGUUGUUACGGGGAAAAAUAUUUAAGAUAUAUUUAAAUGUUUAUGUCUAACGACUUCCGACAACUUUAGCCAGGAAUACGAAUAAAUAUAUUAAAAUUUAACAUUUAAAUAUUAUUGUAUUUAUUAUAUACCUUGUCAUUUUUGCAAUGUACAAUAUUAUCAAAGUGAUUAAGUUUUGUUUAAAUGAAAAUACAAAAUCCGGCGUCAUAAAAAAAAUCAAUAAAUCAUUCGUAUUCAAUAAAUUCAAUAAUAUAUAAUAAUAAUUUGAACGGAAUAAUAAUGGCAAAAAAAAUUGAACCGUUGUAUUUAGAUAUAUAAUAAUAUAUUUAUUAUUUUUAGAUUGCCGGUUAGCCUUUUUUCACGUCCUUAAGUUUGAUAUAAUAAUAUUUUUAAGUUAGUUUAUUAUUAAAGUUUUUUUAAACAAGUACCUCCACAAUGUUUUCAUUUACAAAGUUUUAAUACAUAACUCAGAUUUAUAUUAUAAUAUAUAAUUAAAUAUAUAUUUAAAAAAAAAUAUAUGAAAUAGCUUCAUUAAAUUAUAUACCUUUAAAAAAGAGAAAAUAUCUACUUUUAAACUUUUUGAUAAAAAGAAAAAAUGACAGGUUUAUUAUAUUUUAAAAAAGUUAUUAAAUUCCCAUAAAUCAUACCCUAAUUCUAUACAUGGUACAUCCUUCAAUUUGUCGCGCACUGUUAAAAGGUGUUAAAGGUAUGUAUAAUUAAAAAAAAAAAAAAACAAAGAACUGCGGACGAGUGCAGCAACUGUUGUAGGUGGAUAGUGGGAAAACUAGAAUAUAUACAAUUAUUUAGUUUGUGUCUGUAAGCAACGAUAUACUAUUGAUAACGAAAAACGAUUCGGAACGAAGUUCGUUUAUACGUUUUUAAAGGCCGUAUUAUUUCCGAAAAUCGUCAGAAUUUGAUAUUAAAGGUCUUAUAAAAAAAAAUAGUUUUUUACACUCAAUUGUUUUUCUUUUUGACUACCAAGUACGACUUAUAAAGAACCUCUUAUUAAAUAUUUGAAUAUUUAAGAAAUUCUGUGUAACCUAAUAAUCUUUUCCAUAUAAUAUCGACCAAUGAAAAAUGUAUGUAAAAAAAAAGACGUCCUAGAAUAACGGAGACAGAUGCAACUACUGUUGUAAGUAAUUUAAUGUAUAUCUUUAAGCAACGAUAAACCAUUGCUAACAAAAAACAAUUCUGAGUGCAGUUCAGUUGAUAAUGAUGCUUUGUCAACAAUAUAUGUGUCAAAGUAUGGUAAAAUAAUUAAAUAGGCAUUAAAUAUUUUUCUUAAUAAUAUUUGAUUAAUAUUGUACAGAUUUUCCUGCUUUUUUCCGAUUUUUCCCCUUUAUUGGGAAAACUCCUGGGAAAAUCGAAAAAUUACCUCCCUAAAGUACCUUCCCAGUCAGAUUUCCUUUCAGCAAAAGUGCUAUCAUUUUAAAGCGGAGCGAAGUUGCUGGUAGAAAAGUUGUACACAGAAAAAAAGACCAAAAUAUUAUUUUACUAAUAACUAAAUUAAAAUAAAAUUGCUUUACUCUGGGAGCUUGUGCAGGAGAGGAAGUUAGGUAUUACAUUCCCCCUUUAUUCACUUAAAAGUACCACGACUACAAGUAUUUAUUAUUUAGUCAUUUAAUCUUGAAAUUUAUUUAUUCAGUCAAAUGAAAAGAAAAAGUUUGAUUUUUUAAUUACAAAUUGUCUUUUUGGAUACGGCUUUUAAAUAAAAUUAAUCAAAUUGGACAGAGAAGAAGAUUCUAACGGUUUGUUCAUGAUUAGUCUUUGCUGUACUCUCCCCCAUAGAAAAUUCUCGGGCAAAUCACUGUUUUGUUCGGAAUCAGAAAUCAAAUAUUUACACUAAUAUAAUUAUUGAAAUUAAACACAGAAUACAACGGAUAUACCUACUAUGGUUAUUGAUUUAUUACAUUGUUUUAUUAUUUCAAUAGGUAAAAUUACGAACUGGAAACUUAUUAAAUUGUAUAAUAUUAUUGUAUUGGAAACAAAUAAAAACAAUUUAUUAAUAUAUUUUAUACCUUUCUUGUGUUUUACGGUAACCUCCACGAACCACGGUUGAUCCUUUGAAAAAUUUGAAAAAAAAAUAAAAUACAUCACGUCCUCCCGAGUGGCCCUGCAAACGUUAAUUCAUACACCAACAAGCGUUACAAUACGGUAUAGCCGGUCACGCGAUCAGUUUUUAGUUUUUUUUAAUUGUACUUACUACCCCUCGCUCACCGCCAUAUUUCUGGGUGGUUUACGCGGUAAACACUGUUUCCGAAAAAUAACAAUAUCUGUCGAACAGAGUCGAAAUUAUUUAUAAGCACUGUGUAUGCUACACACGCACAUAAACAUCAUAAUAUGACCUAAUCAAUCUGCAUUAUAUAAUAUGUUUGCUAAUCGAUACACUACGCGUUUAUGUGUGGAUAAUAUUAAACCUAAAUAAAUAAAAGCCGUAAUUCAUCAUUGUCCAUUAAUAUAUUAUAAUAUAGACAAGUAAAUAAAGGUACCUAUGAAAGUUCGAAAAAUACAUGUCGACAAAACACGAAAUAAGUUGAAAAUAGUUAGGUGUAGUUAGUUAGAGAAUAUUAAUAUAUUAUGUAACUUGUGACUACGUGACUGCGUUGUUUGAAUAUAUUACAUUAUAUAUACGAACCUUAAAUUUCCCCAUCUCGAAACACAAUGCCAAGUAGUUUUUUAAAUAAUAACCACGACGGUGCUUUCUGCACAUCGCGGUGUUUUCCAAUAUAAUUUUCGAGCAUAGUAUCCCUGAAAGCCAAAUGAAAUAUUUGUUUUUUUAAUAGCUAACGUUAACAUAAUAUAACAUGCAUUUAAAUAGAACAAAUAAUUUAGCAUUUUAAAUCGCACUAUCCUAAAAAAACAAAAAUAAAUAACUGUUGAAAAAUCGUUGAAUUUAGACUAAACGUCUUUUAAUAAUUUUAAAAAAUAAAAUUAUCUAGAUAAGAAUGUUCAUAUAAAUCGAUGAAAUGUGAAAUGUAUUAACAUCGAUGUUAUUUUUCACCUACUGUCUACCAUCUUUCACUUUAUUUUAAUCGCUUUUUUCGGUGACAUUUUUUUCACGUAUAGAUGAAGUUUUUGUUUAAACAUUUUUAAUUUACGUUAAUCCGUUGACGAGAUGUUACACAUUUAUUUUUUGGUACCGGAAAGUGAUCGGUAGUAGAACGCUCUUCAAUCACGGCGCCGUCACACAAAUUAUGGUUACUACUCUCCUCCUACCCGAACUUCAUAUAUUUAUGGAAUUUGUAUUAUUAGUAUUGCUAUUUGAAAAUCAAAAGUGGAUAAUGUUUUCAUUCUCAAAAAUAAAGGUAAAACAUAUAAGGACAAUAUAAUAUUUUUGAAUGUAUAUAAAACAUCAUUGUUAAACCAGUAUAUUCCUCACAUUGCUCAGAAUCUAAAAUGAGUCAUGUUUAAGGACCAUGCAUUGUCAUAUUCUGCGUACCUCGGCGCACGAUGACUAUGGUGACGGUGGUCGCAUACACGUGAAAACAUGCAAAGCUUUCAAUAUUAUAAUAUCGGGACAAUACACAAUAUAACCUCGGGCUUUAUAUCACUGAACGCAUUAAUCUUUAGUUAAUAACUGUUAAUCUUUAAUCGUUUCGGUACUACGCGGUGUUAUCGUAUGAUUAUUAUUAUUAUUAUUAUUACUAUUAUGAUCCUCUGUAACAAAUUUCGAGGGUUUCUCGACUUUCUGAACAUCACGGUGUACGAUUAUAAUAUUAUUACAAUAUACACAACAUGUAUGUUACCGCACGAGCGUAGAUAAUUCAAUUUAAAUAUGAACUUAUAAAAUAAAAACAUAUAAACAACAAUGCUUAGAGACAAUAUAAUACAUAAUAGUAUUAUAUGUUCGUUACGCUGGGGUUGAGUAGUUACGGUUAACCGUACCGUAUCGGCAGAUUCAGUGUCACAAACUGUAGGAUUCACUUUCGGGAGAGCCAUGAAUUUAAAAAAAAAUUCUGAAAAACCGUUUGACGUGAUGAUCAAUUAAUAAUAACCUAUUAUACUAUAAAUACAAGGCGAUUAUUUUAUAGCGAUCUCCAACGUUUUUCUCAGAGGAUUUAAAGUCAAUUUGAUUUAUGUUUAUUUUUUUUUUUUUUGUUUUUGUUUCAAUAAUUACGAAAUAUCAUUUACGUUUUAUUUCAAAGUUAUUUUCAAAUUUUUACCCCUAAUCUCCUUAUACGUCCAAAUUAAAAACUAAUACUAUUAACUUCUGGUUUUCUAAUGGCAACUCUCCUUGCCCCUUUAUAACACAGAUUCGAAAAACAAUUAUUUUUCUCGAAAAUGCUUGUGUGACGUAUGCAUAUCUUUAAUAUUGUAUUUAUUGUUUAUGAGUUAUAAGAAUUUAAAAAUUAGAUCGGAGGAGUAAAGAAGGUUUGAUCAAAAUAAUGUGGUAAUGAGUAACCCUGGAUAGCGUUUUGGUGUACGUCGUAUACAACAUAAAACGAGAAAUUGUCUGAAAUAUCGAGCAACUACGUAUUGAGUAGAAUUCGAAACAAAAAAAAACUCACAGUCUUUUCUGUUGAGGGGGGGGGGGUGAAUACAACUUAAAAAUAGACACCGAAGAGACUCGUUUUUGCGGCCAAACGUCACAUCGGACGUUUAAAUCUAAUAAUAUCGAUAAUAUUUAGACAGGAUAUCUUUCUGAAAAAUAGCAGACAAUUAUAUACGUGAAUUGUGAACGUUAUGGGUACGUGAGUUGAUUCCAACCAGCUAUAUAUUAUUUUCAUACGUUUUAUUCGAAUCGUUGAAAAGUCUAGUAUUAUGUGUAAAUAAUAUGACGGGUUUGAAAAAAAAAAAAAAAGGUAAGUAUAGGUCUAUUUGGCUCUCGGCGCUUACCAAAAUAAAAUUACUAUUCACUUUUACUACACAUAUCAGAUUAACGGAAAACCGAUAAAUUGUUACGAUGAAAACGGAAACGAAUCUGUCUUUUUAAUAUAACCUAUAUUGUACACAUACCUAUAAGUACAAACCGUUUAAAUAAAAUAAUCGGAUUAGACCCAGACGUUGUGAGAAUAAUUAUUUUACCGUACGAUUAUAUAUGAUUAUACUUAUAAUAUAUUAAUUGAACUCGCAUUCCUCCGGUAAAACAGCCGGGAACGAAAACGCGAAAGGAAUUCACGCGCGGCCGUCGAAUUUUGGGCUCGAUUUCUCCGGAAUACCGAACCGAAAAAUAAAUACCACAUUAUCCUCUCCGACAAUUGCGGUAAAGACCGCAGGUGUUAUAUUCAAAAAACAACAAAAUCGGUUAAAAAAACUCGUAGGGUUGAAUGUAAAAUACUGUUUUACGUAUCCCGCCGCCUAGCAAGCGUUUUAUCCUUGGGGUGGAUUAUAUCGACAAAGCGUUGGUCGCGUAUUGGAUCGGUGCCAUUAACUUUAUUUUAUUUUUUUUAAUGGUUAUAAGUAACUAGCUAUAUAGAUACUUCAACAGAAAUAUUGAUUUUUAUAUAAAUACAAAUAUCUCUUGUGUUGUAAGAACUUGCCAUGAAAUAAAACCUUUCUGGAACAAAAACAUCCCCGAAAAUUCGUAAGUAGGUGUCUGUAUUAUUUCUAAUGUUUAUAAAUAAUAAGACUAAUUAGAGCGUCUAAGCGAUUGCCGUAUUGGUUUUACUAUAAUAUUAUGCUGUUUACUUAUUUUACUCUCUGUAAACAACUUUUCUACCAGAAAUCUUAUUUCAAUCAAAAUAACUACAGUACAGUUUUUUUUUUUUUUUUUUUUUGUAUAAAUCAAGAUCUAAUUGGUGCAAUUACUUUUUCCUUGUAGUUUCAUAAUAAUUAUUAAAACCGGGAAAACUUAAGAAAACGGGAAGUGUGCGGAAAUAACGCUUUUAUUAUUUUCCAUUUUGUUUUUUGUUUUGCUGUAAUUCAAUUAAAAAUAAUAGUGCAAACUUGACAUUUUCAUUGAUUACUUAAUUUUCUAGACAUUUUCAAAACUCAUUCUGGCAAUUUUUGAAUUAUUUGUAGGGAUUUAACAUUUUCGAGUUUUUAAGUUUCAUUUCGUUUUAUGCGAAUGAAAUAGUGUCGGCGAUCAAAAAUGAUUGAACAUUUAACACGAGAUUCAUCACAAGUUUUAUUUGAUAUUAAAAGAAAAAAAGUUGAGCGCAAUAUAGCAAUUAUUUUUAUACAAAUUUUGACGAAAAUUGUAAACAUCACAGCAUUCCAAAACAUGAUCACCGAACUUCGGUUAGAAUCGUAUUUCGUCAUCAAUGAUUUAUCGCUGCGUACAGAUAUAAAUUAAAUAACUCUAUGUAUCCUUACAUCGUUAAAUCCAGAACAUCCGAUCUCGUUAAAAAUAAAAAUAUACAUUAAUAAUAAUAAUAUAAUAACUACACAUGUAUAAUAUAGUAUUGUGAGUAAAUCAUUUUUAACAAACAAAUCGAUAAGACCACGGAGGUUGGGUUAGAUGAUUAAAAUAUUAUUGUAUACUACGCUUGGAUUUACAGCAAAGAAAAAAAAACAUUUUUUUUUUUUUUUUUUUAAUUUGAAUUUAUAAAUAUACGAGUUGUAUAAUAUAUAUUUAUUAUCAUUAUUACUUUUUUAAGCAUAAACUUUGAUCUACACUGCUGUUUAUUAUUCUAUACAAAUAAGUGCUGUAGGUCAUACAUUUUAUAUUAUAUAAAAAUACGAAGUUCGUUAUUCCACUAGAAAAUAGCCAAUGGGAUUACAAUUUCUCAACGUAAAUACGUUUGUAAAGAAACUUAUUAUUUAUAUUGUUACAUCGGUUUCUUAUUAUACGUUAUAUAUUAUAAUAUAACACUAUUAUCGGUGUAUCUGCUACUUAUAAUGUACUCUUAAUAUAAACCUUUUAAUAAAUGCGUAUACCCUCUGUAAAUCCGAAAAAUAAACCAAAAAUACGCAUAUAUAUCAAACAUUUAGAAACUUAAAACUGAAUUUUUAAGGUUAAUCAAAUAUUCUAAAAGAUUAUCUGUACGAUUAUCCAUAAAAACCAUCAUUUUAUGAUGGUAUACAUAAUACAGGUUUUCUUCUACGUUUUGUAAAACCCGCUAAUAGGGAAAAUUUGUUUGUUUGGUUCACACGCUCGUAUACUAUAAAUAAUAAAGAAUUACGCGUAUACCUAGCAUACAAUUUCAAAAGUGUGUACCAACUUGAAUCGAAUCUCGUGAAAUAAAUCUUCUAUAAAUACUAUAAAAUGGUAUCUCUUAAUACGUUUAUAUGAUGGCGUUAAAACGGUCUGAAAGGUCGAAAUAAAAACGUAGAAUAAAUAAAUAAAUAAAAUAUUGCAACCGUAAAAUUACGUUGCAUUUUCUUACUAAAUAUUCCAAAAAAUACAUCGUUUAGUAAAAUUUUGAAAGACAAAGUUAUUCGAUUUACAUUCAAAAAAUUUAAAACAGCUUAAAAAUAUCAAACCUUUUGCAAAACUAUAAUGCUUAUGUCACAUAGUUUAAGAAAUUAAAACCGAUUCAAACCUAGGUUCAUUAAAUGAGCAUAUUAUAUAAACGCGUUUCUGAAACCUAUAACCGAACUCAAAUCACUUUAUCAGAGAAUCGAGCGUGUUGUAAGUGCGGCCAACGAUUAUUAUACGUUGUUUAUCCAAGUCACGUCUCGAUUUCUUAUUUUAUAUUCCAUUAUAUACUUACUUUACAAUUAAAUACCGUAUACGAUUUAUAUAAUUUGAUUCAAUUUUAACAAGAUAAUACAAUUAUAUGCUUAAUGAAUCGGUUCACAUAUUGUUCACCAAAUCGAUCAAAUGUAAUAUGGACCUAUAAAAAAGGGGAUAGCAAUACAUCGAGAUUGGGCUAACCAAUUGUAACAAAUUAAAAAACAAUUUAAUUUCAAACUGUUUUAAGGCCAUCAUAAUAUAUCAUAAACGUACGUUUAUAUUAUCUAAUUAUUGCAGAUUAGGUUGGGACGAUGACGUGAAACGUUGAGUCCCUCAUUCCUAAAAAAAAAAUGUGUGGUAUUUUCACCUAUAUAUUAUGAUCAUAUAAUUAUAUAUAGACAAUAUGUUAUACCAAUGUUCCACGCGAAGACGAACCCAUUGCGAUGUUUCAGAAAUAUAACCUAAUUUUUUUAGGAAUUUUUAUAUUUUUUUUUCCAACAAUUUAAGAAAUAAUCAGCUCUAAAAUAUAACAUAACGACUGUUUUUAUUGUUCUUAUUUUCGAGGGUUAAACCUUUGGUUUUCAAAUCAUAAUCUAUAAGGAGAAUUCCAUAAUUAGAGGGAAUAUAUAAUUUAAAUACAUUUUGGUAUUGACAUUUUAGUGAUUUCUGUCAACCAGUAAAUAUUCCGUUUUUAAGUUUGAUGAUCAAAAAAUAAAGAUAAUAAAAGAUUUUAGAGCAAAACUGACUGUUUCUUAAAUUUUCAAAAAAAAAUAAAACAUUCCGUAAUACCGCAAUGGGUAUAUCUUCGAGGGACACCUAUACAUUCAAAUUUGUAAUUCAAAAUCCCUCACUCUGAAUAAUAUAUUAUUAAACCAUAUCGGAUGAUGUUUUAGGUAUAUAUUAUACCCUUAUAACUCGAUUUAUGAAAUAAAUUUAUUUUAUAUCCCCUUGUCGCGGGUUUAUUCGACCUACCUAUAUAAUAUUGUACACCAGAAAUGACAUCAAAAUAUUUUGCUUUGAACCGGGGUAAUGUAAAAUGCGGUCUCCACGAAUUUAUAAUUUCGAGUGUUCAACGGUAUGAAAUAAUUCGUUAUUAUAUUAUCUGCGUCAAAGAACAAAUUAAUUUGUUUUGAUUUAACUACGCACCGUCAAACAUUUUUUGAGAGUCAUUCCUAUUAUAUGUGAAAAGAGUGUGAAACUUAUUUUCUUCUUUUAUACAAAGAUGCGCGUGUGUAUGUUGUUUUUUUUUACGUUUUUCACUACUUUUUAGUUUAAUUAGAAGUACCGAUUAAUGCAUUAAUUAUGACGUGCGUUAAAAUAGUCAAUUAAUGAGCCUAAUCUAUAUAGAUAUGAUUAUGUAUAUUAUAUUAUUAUAUUCGAUACAUUUGUUCGUAAACCAAACGGUUUCAAUUAAAUUCGAAUGAAUUUACUUAAUGCUUAAUUCGAAUAAAAUAUACUUUAUGGAAUGUAGUAAAAAUUGCAUAUAAUGUAAACUAAACCAACAACAAUAUGGGUAAAAUAAAAUUUAAAAAAAAAAACGCAUAACUAUAAAAAUUACACUAAAUGCUCGAUGGUUUAUAAAUAUACGUAAAACGUAUAAUAAUGAAAGGAAGCUUUUAGUAUUACAACGGUUUGUAUUUUCGUAUAUAUAAUUGUUCUUUGUUUAAAAACAUUUUUUUUUUUUUUUUUUAACGUUUUAAGGUAAUUUUAUAUACGUGUACUUACGUAAAACAAAGUAUAGGUGGUCGCAAUGGCGUACGCCGUUUUAAACGGUCGUGGGAUGUAGGGGGAGGGUUCUAAGCAUAGUAAAUGAAAAUUACUACGUAUAAUAUAAUAUAUAUCUGUGUCUAUUGUAUAAAGUCUUUUUAUAUUGAGGUUACUUUGUAAAGUUCAUAAUCGUGUACCUAUAUUACAUAGUAUACAAUAAUAUUAUUUGUACAUAGUUGAGUAAAGCUGUGCAAAUGUGCAAUGAUUAUUAUAUUUUAUUAUUGUAAUAAGUUUUCAAUGCCGAAUAGUUUGUAUUUUAACACGGCCGAUUGAAGGGGGGGGGAAGCUAAAGCACCCUUAUCGCCCCCUCCGUCGGGCCCACUGCUGGAUUGUGAUGCAGACGAUUCAUUUUUUUUUAUGACGAUUUUUUUUAUCAAAUCAUGUUUGUAUACAUUUGCAUACCUGCAACAUAAUGACAUUAUAUUAUAUACACACGCAGAACUAUAUAAUAUUAUUACUCUCUUGUUGUGUUUUUUUUUCUACAUUUAAAAUAUUUUUGUUUGUUUAAUAAAAUAAAUACAUUUCGCGAGUUGGAAAUAAAAAUGCCUGACGCGCUACAAAAUAAAUACGAUUACGAAUAUUAUAAUUUUCGUUACUAAAAUGCUACCGAGGUAUACAAUGCCUAGAAUUUUUCCAUAACAAACGUUUAUUUAAUAUAUUAUUAUUAAAAUUUAUAUUUAAUCAAAUAUUUAAAAAUCCCGCGUUAAAAAUUCAGUAGCGAAAUGUUAUUAUUAUUAAAAGCGGUUUAUAAUUAUUGUCUCUGUUUAUUAUUUCUCCAUUUUUUUUUUCUCUCCGUGAUAAGUAUUUAAUUUUUACCUUUACGUACACUGCGAGGAUAUUAUAUUUAAUUUUAAUUCGUUCGGUAUUUGUUUUCAUUUAUUUGUUACGCGUUUUUAUAUCGCCGCUUAUCAAAAUGCGAUUCUAUUAUAAUAUUAGUAUGUAUACUAAUACGCAUGUUCGCGUUCGUGAAAACCACGUGUAUGGAGUUUAAACGUUUAACAUUAAAACUUAAUUUCGGCCAACUUAUUAGAUUGUUCCGACCAUUAUUACGGGUUUUCGACUAACUUGCGGCGGGGCAUCUGCCAAACUGAGAAAGCCGUAAAGAAACCCCUGUUAAAGUAUACGCAUAAUCAGUCUGCAUCUUUAGAGCUGUAAGAAACUUUUCGACCGUGUUUAUGUAGGGCCAACAAGUGCAGUUAACCGAAUCAAACGGUGAACACAAUAUCAUCUUUGGCAAACAAAAUACGCCUAGCUAAUUAUAGUUAGUUAGCCACUGCUGUAAUUUAAAAUCGGUGUAGCCAUUUGCAGUGUAAAUUGUCAACAAAAACAUUUUGGAAUCAAAUAGUGACAUAAAAUUGACCAGACAUUUGUUUGUAAUUCAUUUUAGAUUUUGUACAGAGUGAGUAAUGUAUAUUGGCUUUACAGUGAUAUUAAUUUUUUUUUUUUUGUGGGCUACUUUUCUACCAGCAAUUUUGCUCCGAUUUUCAAGACUGGGGUGGUACUUUAAGAAGGUUAGUUGUUUCUUGAUUUUCCCAGGGGUUUUCAUAAUAAAUGGGAAAAAGGGGAAAAUGUACGAAUUGUAUUAUUUUCAAAUCGUAAAUAUUAUGGCCUUUUAAAACAUGUAUAACCGAACUCCGCUCGGAAUCGGUUUUCGUUAGCGAAAAUGAAUUGUUGCGUACAGAUAUACAUUAAAUUUCCCUCUUUAUCCUACCUCCCCAACUCCUCACCUACAACAGUGGCCCACCCAUCGUACAAAGUAUGUCAAUAUCUCUUUAUGUAAUUAACUACAGCUGCAGGCUUUUCGGUAAACAGGGAAAAAAAUUUCAAAAUAUUAUAAAACGUCCUAUAUAAUAUAUGUUUGAGUAUCUACUCAGACAAUUGAUGAUACGUGAUCGGAUUUUACCUUUUCCGACCGCUUUUUAAAAAAUCGCAAUACAUAUUUUAGAUACAUGGAACGUUAAUAGUAUAUUCAUCACACGAAUACAUUUUUGAAGGGAUAAAAGAAAACCUAUUUAAAUUCUAACGCAUGGACUAUGCUUUUGAUUGCUUUACAAACAGAAAAUCUCUGUAGCGUUUUAACAUUGCUUCCCCAAAAUUUCAAAAUGGGAUGUUGUCGAAAAGUGAUAAAAUCAGAAAACCCGAUCACGUAUUGAUUGUUUGGAUAGAUACUCGAACAAAUGGUAUACUAGACGGAUUUCAAAUUUUGUCUUUCAUAUCUAAAAGCCUGCGGAGUUCAAUCCAUUCUUACGUAUUGAAUAAUAAAUUUAUUUCAUGGAACGUGAAGCAGAACAAAUAUUCAGAUUGAUUUUCUCUUAAAAGACACCCCAGACAUCGUCUAUAGAUAGAUAGAUAGAUAUAGAUAAUGUUUUAUAGAACGAUUUUCAAACAAAAGUUUGAUAGAUUUAAAAGUAUGUUUAACAAAAUUUCAAUCAGAAUCGUACUUCGUCAGCGACGAUUUACCAUGCCAUUAUUAUUAUAAAUUAAAUAAUUGUAUGUAUCCUACCUUUCCAAUUUCUCACCUACAACAGUAGUUCAUCUCUCACCAAUAUCGAUUUUUUUUUUGUUUUUUUUUUUUUUUUAUCAUUGGUGUGUUUAAAAUGCGUAAUAACAAUACUUGUUAAUUGUACCGCUUGUUUCUUGACGAUUGUCCAAAUAUUCAUUUUUAGAUAGCCAUUCGUAAAUUUGUUUACUGGAGCAUAUUAGUAAUAAUAUUAAUAUUGAAAAGCACGUACAUAUUAUUGUGAAACCAUAAUAUUUCUCGUUCCGGUCACAAUAUAAAAUGAAUACCUAUGAUUCUUACGUUCUACUUUUAAUGUACAUUAAAUAACAAUAUUAUAAUAUUCAAAAAUCAACUAGGCAUACCAACCGGUAAAACAACUUUGGUUCGUUACAAUAAACAAAAUUGACAACUAGGUACCAUUAUUUUUUUUUCACGGUCAUAGGUAUCGUGACUGUAAAUCUGUAAAAUGACAUUCCAAUAUCCGAAACACGAAUUGUUGUGUACCCGCCUAUCUUCUAUCGGAAAAACAAUAUGAUUAUUAUCAUGCAAAUUCGUCCAAUCAAUUGUUUCACAAUUGUGCCACGUAACAUUUACCUACACAUGUUACAUGCAAAUAAACUGCUGUCUUUUGGUAUUUGUUUUCUCAUUAUCAUGGAUUUUUUUCUGUUUUUCAAAUGACACGAAAAAUAUCAGAUAUAGUUAUUUUCGCUCUUAUUCCGAAAAAUGCAUUUUAAACCCAAAUAACUCGAAAUUAAUAAAUCCAACCAUAUAAAAUAUAACAACAGUAUACAUUUUACAAAUUGUACAGUUUCCUAUUAUCCAUGUAUGGCAAAAACCAUCGUUUGAUAAUUACAACGGUCAACACGUAACUUUUCGAGUAUAUAGAAGUAUAGUUUAGAGGUAUAUAGCAAUAUAACGCAAUGAAAAAAUCUACAUUGAUUGUUUGGUAUUUAAAUUGGUUGUUAAGUUUCGACUGUUAUAACAUAAAUUAUACGUCUUGAUAAUAUAUUAAAAGUAUAACUAUACAGGGUGAUUUUUUUUUAUUAUGAACCAGCAAUUAUUUUAAGUGAAUUUGAUUUCCGUUUUUUCUAAUCAUCAUGGAAUUAUUUAAGCUUUAUCUUAAAGCCAUUUUUAAUUUUUCACCCCUACUUCAUUUACCUUAAAUAAUUAAAAGUUAAUAGCAGGCAAUUUAUUACCCUUUUCUCUAUUCCUCCGGUCUAAGCUUUAAACUGUUAUAACUCAUAAACGGUAAAUCUUAUAUUAGUGUUAUGCAUAUCAAAAUUUCUAGAAAAAUAUUCUCUAUUUAAAUCUGUGUUCAAAAGGAGGGGGGGUAUAUUUGUAAAUCAAAAUUAUGUACUUAUUUAAAGUACAUGGAGUAGAGGUAAAAAAUUAAAAAUGGCUUUAAAAAAAAGCUUAAAUAAUUACAUAAUGAUUAGAAAAAACGGAAAUCAAAUUCACUUAAAAUUCUCUGAGAUAAUUGCUGGCUCAUGAUAAAAAAAAAAUCAACCUAUAAAAUAUGAAAUGUAUCAUGAAAAAUAAAUAUUUCGGUUAUUCAAAUAAAUUCACUGUAUUUCACAACUUUAUCCCUUUACAUUGGAAAAUAUUUAUUAAGUAAUAGGCACAUAUAAUUAGUAUAAAUGAUAUUAUAAUAACAUAGAUCGUAGUUAAUUUUUUAAUUUUUCACGUAUACUCGCGUACAAAUUAUUUGAUUACUCGUAAUUAAAAAAAAAAUAUUAUCUUAUUCGUAUAAGACUGCCUACUUAUUGUAUGCCAAUUACUAUUGAAUUCCUAUAAUAGAAACCUUAUGUAUAAUGACUACCUGCUUGUUUUUAUUAUUAUCAUUAUAAACUCAAAAUACUUUCGGUAGAUAGAUAAUAAUUUAUUAUGUUAUUACGUUUAGUUUUUGUGUUAUAAGUAUAUUAUGACUUUAAAAGUUUAUUACCUAUUAUGUAAUAGCACAAUAUUAUAUUUUUAAUCAUAUUGUAAAUGUCCCGGGGUAUAGUGUCUCUUCAUUAAUUGAAUAUGAUUGUGUCUUUCACGAUUUAGUCACAUAUAUAAUAUUUGUGUAUUAUGUAUUCCAUCAAUAAUGGUUUAAUUAAACAUGAAUAUGUAUAACGAGAGAAGAGGCGACCCCGUUAUACUCGAGAUGAUCAGUAUGUUUUAUUGCAAUCAAAAACAUGCAGCGUAGUAUGCAUACUAUGUAAUUAUUAUCGUGUUACAGCGGUACCUAUACGCCUAAGGUCUCGCGGUUAUACUGAGGAAAGAAAAAAACGAAAAGUAACGAAGGGUUUACUGAAAAAUACGCUGUUACAAUAUCUCCCUACCGAACACAACGCAACUAAGCCGACGACAAAACAACGAAAUAUUACAGUUUAUAUAUUAUUACAUUCGCACAAAUAACAAGAUUGGAUUUCGAACAAUUUCAAAUAAAAUAACAUUAUUGUAAAGUAAUAACGUUUAAAAACCAAAUUUAAAAUAUGAUUAUUAUGUAUAGCUAAUAUUUAUACGUGUUCAAAAAAAAAAAAAAAAAAAUGAGAAAUCUAUUGUUUAAUAAAAUACGUUAGGGUAAAUUUUUACCUUAAAAGAAUUACAUAAAGUAGGUUCAUUUAUUAUUAUUCGGACCGCUUUUAUAACAAUAUUGUAUAACAUAAAUUUCCUGUAUGCGCAAACAGUCCAAAAAAAUGUAAUGAAACAUUAUUUUUUCAUUUUUCCUAAAAAAAUAACUAAAUCAAUCAACUUUUCGGUAUAGACAUGGGAGCCCAUUUACGGAGGUGACAAUAUGGAACAUUUCCCCCCCCCCCACUGAAAAAUCAAUAUGAACUAAUAAUUAAAAUAAAUAUAAAUUCAACGAAAAAAAAAUAUUUUCUAAAGAAAAAAAAUUAUCAAGACUACAAGAGUCUUGCAAUAUUGGUCUUAAUUUGAUCUUGGUUUGGUUAUUGCCAGUAUCUUGUAUCUUAUGUCAGUAUCGUCUUGAUAUUGGUCCUGAAUUUAGUCUUACUGCAAGACCAAAAUAAUUUUACUAAUCGCUAACUAAAAUAAUACAAAUUGAUUUGAAUACCGGAGUAUUUAUGUUGCUAAUGAAAAUAUAAUAAAAAGUGACGCUGAAUAUUUAUACACUCGGGCAUCGCAGACAAAAAUGUUGAUCGUAAUAUAUUAUACGGAACUCUCACGGUGUUUUUAUCGCUAGUCUUCUAACCCAUCGAACGAGUAUUUUUAACGAUAAUAAUAAUGAUAUAUUAAACCAAAUUUUCGGUGGUAAGUGGGUAUGUUAAACAUCUAUUGUCGUGGUAUCCGAAUUUCUAUUAACGGCGUAUCGUAUAGGCAAUUCAAGUACCCGGGGGUUCGCCGAGCACUUGCUUUAAAAUUUACGACUAGAACAUUUGAAACGAAGAGAAAACAAAAAGGGUCCGAACGGGGUCAUAUUACUAUACGCAUAUACUCGUAUAUAUAAUUAGAACCUUUACGUAUUGAUGUCGAAGGUGUAACGUUUUAAGGCUAAAUGGUAUUUACGAAUAAUGUUCAUAUUUAUAUUUUAAUAAAAUAUUUGUUAUUAUUAUUAUUACGAAUAAUUAUUUACAUUUAAACUAUAGUUGUAUUCAAGGGCACCCACAAGGAGAGGACAACUCUUCCCUCUAGCUUUCCAGCAAGUUAAAAUAAUUAUAUUCAAAUUCAAUAUCUGAAAAUCCCAAAAAGCAAUAUUGGUACCAAGCUGAAUUGAUGACACCUUAAUUGGUAUCUAGUCGGCAGGUAUACUUUCUUGACAAUAGAAUUUCGCUAAUUUAUUAUUAUUUUAUUUAUUUAAUGAAUUAACGUCAAGUGGCAAUUAUCACAAUACACAAUGAUUUAUGCCCUAUGAUUUAAAGUUGGUACUAAUCACUAUAGUCGAUCAUUUGCGGAUAUUUUUUGUGGAAGCUGACCUGCCGUUAUCUAAUGUGUAAGAAAUCGUUUAUCCGGAUUAUGUAUAUUAAUUUUGAUGAGGAAAAAAAUCAAAGAACUAAAUUCAGCGAAAAAAAGUUGUUGAUGAAUUAGGGAAAAAUAAAAUAAAAUUGCAAUUUGUAUUCAAUUAGUUACUAUAAGUGUAAAAUGUAAUAUUAUAGUAUAAUACUUUUAACAAUUUUAGAAAAUGCACAUAAUAUACAUAAGAUACACUGUUAACAAUGUUAAACUACAGUUGGUUCAAUAAUCGAUGGUUAAUGUUUAUGCAUGAAUAUUUCUAGAAAAUAAUAAUCGUUCGAAAAUAACUAUAUUGGUUGCCAAAAAAAAAAAAAUAGUAAUAUCAAAUAAACUUUUCUUUUCUCCUCUAAACAAUAUGUUAUUGUACACGGAAUUCGAUGCAAAAAAUAUCAAAUAGUUGACCAAAAUAAAAGCAACUGAAUAGAUCACUUUGAUAAAAAUCAAAAAAAAAUAAUAACAACAGUAACAAUAAUAUUACCCUACUUAUUGUAUACAAUGCGUCGGUUUUUUUAAUUUUUAGAAAUCAAUGACCAUGGACAACUGCGCGGAGUUGAUCGUCCAGGACCAGAAGUACUGUUACUUCCGGAAAGCCGUUCACUUCUGGGCGCAACAAGCACUUCUGCCGGCUGUCGUAGCCGUAGGCGUGGUAGGAAACAUGCUGUCCGUCGUGGUGCUCACCAGAGAGCCGAUGAAGAGCUCCACUAGCACGUACCUGACCGCCCUGGCCGUGUCCGACCUGUUCUACUUGCUGUUCGUCUUCACUAUAUCGUUCGAAAACUACUCGUGGAUCGUGGAGGCCGACUAUUACAUCUACUGGAAGUGGUACCCUUACGGACUGUGGCUCACGGACGCCGCCAGUGAGUAUAUCAUUAUGAAAUAUUUAAAUAUUUUAAUAAUUAAUUGGUUUAAGUGCCAUGAAAACGAAUACCCUAAAAUAAAAAUAUUGAAAAAACGCUCUAAAAAUGAAAAAAAGGGUGAAAUAUACAAAAUAAAAGUUUUACUUUUCAUACGAAACAAUAUUAUAAUAUAAAUAUGUAUCAUAUAAAUUUCGAAUCGUAUUCUUGGAAUGCACUGUCCUAUAAUAAAAGAGGAGCAAAAAACCAUACGUCAUGUUUAGUAAAAACCAAUAAAAUCCUCGCUGCGUUCAGAAUCUAAAAAAAAUACUUUGCUCUGAAAAAAUCCGGUCUUUAUGAUAAACAGACAAUAUUUUAAAACAAGAAAAAUAAAACGGACAAUUUGAUGUACACAACCGUUGUAGUCUACCGGGGGUAGAAAUUCUGUUCACGAUAUUUAAAAUAUUUCGUGUACACGCCACUUUCAUAAUAUCGCUCUUAACACAACUCGAGACUUAUGGAACUCUAACGCAAAAUAUAUUAAUAUUCGUUUUAAUAUAAUGUUAGAGAAAAAAUAAACUGAAGAUAUGUAAUAAUAAAAUUAAAAAGUACCUACCGAGACAACAAGGAAGUAUAUAAAAAAAAACAUCUUAUACGAAAAAAAAUAAAAGGAAAACACGUAAUUUUUUCUAGUAUUUUAAUACUACUAUUUGAUUUUAAUAAUGCACGAUAUUCGCAGGUUUCGGGAAACAUAUUAUAAUAAGUCAAUAAAUAUUGUUUUUUAUAAACGUUGACCGUAUUUGUGUAAAUUACACCGGUGGCGUCUAUAUAAUAUUUUAUUAUAUGGAAAUGCAUUGUCGUUUACCGAUAAAUACGCAUUCAGAACGAAGCAGAAAUUUACUAAAGUAACCUUUUUUUUCGUUCUAUUCCUCUUAGUGAAUUCAUGUACAUACAGUUUACACCCAGUUUUAAUAUUUCAAACUCUAGAAACAACAGUAUGUAUAAAUGCCUCAAAUCUCGCGAGCCCUGCAGAUUAUUAUUAUCCGGUCUGUCUAAAUAAUAUAUCGUGUAUACCUACAUAAACGUGAUAUAAUAAUACCAUAGUAUACACAUGACUGUACGUGACUGCAGAUUUCUUUAAAGCUUUAGUGAAUUUUUUUUCUUUAUUUUUUUUUUUUGUAAUUUAAUAUUUUAACAAAAUAUAUAUUCUUUGACCUAUGGCUAAACCGCGAUACAGUAUUUGUAUAUAAUAUUAUGAUUUUUACAGUGCAGUCCAAUGACAGAUUUAAAGUGGAAGAAGUGGUAAUAUGGCUAUCGCCUUUUGUUUUUUUUUUAAACUGUUAAUUAAAUUAUAUUAUAGAUACAUCUGAGGGAAGAUGCAUCAAAUGGUGUACGAAAGCUCGGAUUAACGUAUAGGUGAGGUAGUGCCUAAGGCACGUGCCUAAGGCUAGGUAAUAGCAGGGGCUGUUUUAUUUCUAAUAAUAUACAAUAACAUCCUGGAAUUAAGCGUAUUAAAAUGGAUUAAAUAGGUAAUGUGAUAAUUUUUAAUUUUAAAAUUUAAAUCACUUAUAAAUUAUAAGCAAAUUUUACAGCUAAUGUGUUGAUUAUGAUAUAGGUGUAUCAUUUAGAUGACUACAAUGAUUAUAAUGUGCCUAGGGUAUGGCUACGAUAGGACUAUGAUUGGGCUACGAUUGGACUUAUUGCGGCCCUGGAUGUACGUUUGAACGUAAAAAUAUAAUUGUAUGCUGCACGGGCCGUCAAAAAUAAAUCAGAUCUGACCCGACAGAAAUUCAAAGUUGAUCCGACCUAAUCUAAUCCGACACGAAAACCUGAAAAUCCAGCCCAAUCCGACUCGACCCGACCCUAAAAGUUCAUAAUUUGGUCCAAUCCAAUUGGAUCCGAAAAAUUCAUAAUUUAGCACUAUUUUCCAGACGAGAACAGAAGUGUCUGGGUCGGGCCGAAAUUCGGGUUGAAUCAGACAUCUUUAAUCCAAACCAUUCCGACUCGACUUCUGUUCGGGCCGACCCGGUUCUUGUAGGGAUCUAAUUUAUAUAUAGUGAAUCAAACCAAUUCUGGAUCCCCUCUUUGAAGUUUUAUGUUCAGUUACGGUCUUGUAAGUACUUAUGUGAUACCAGUUCGUCCCCUCUUAAAUAUAAGCUUCAGAUUCAUCACUUCAGCACACUGGUCUUUUGAGUAAAUUACUCCCCAGGACAAUAAUAUAAGUGAGCCGGUAUAGGUAUAUAUAGGCUUCAAGAUGAAAAACGAUUUCUCUACGCGUUAUGUAAUUUGGCGAAAAAUCGAAAAUCUCCCGACAAACUGCGGAAACUUUCAGAAAAGUUUAAGCUCAUUAUUUUCCGUCUCGGGUGCAUAUAUACGUUCUACCGUAGACGACUGCUGCAAUAGUUCGAUUGGAUUCUUUUACGAGCCGAUGCAAAAGUUUCAGACGACAAUAGACUCAACAUCAAUAGUAGAAAAAAAUAAAUAAAUAAUAAUAAUAAUUUUCUCCUCCGUAUAUGGUCUUCUUUUGUGCGACAACGUGACAAAAAAAAAAAAAAAAAAAGGCGGAAAAAGAAAUGUAUUUGUCAAACGAGCUUGAUGGCCACGCGCUUAAUCAACAAGCCUAUUCUUACAUUGACGGCGACAUGGAAUCCGAAGAAUAGACUUGACCCUUCACAAGUAAUUUUGUUUUGUUUUUUUUUUUUUUUUCUACAGAAAAAAAACCGAAAUAAAUAGGCUCCGGAGGCGUAUAUAGGUAGCCACGCGUAGCUCGGGCCACGAGGGAAAUAUUGCCGCCGCUGCGUACCCUUUUAAGAGACUCGUCGAGGUUCGUCGAGCAUAUAAUAAUAAAUCGCCGCAAUAAAGGUGCGAAAAUAAAAUAUCUACUGUACUACUCUACCACUAUAUGCACUGCAAUAUGCCCGUGUAUAUACGGUUCCGUGGCGAUUAUUCCGACGCUAAUAUAGCGAAAUGCUCUUAAUAUAACGUCUUAACGGAAAAAUGUUAGGUGUACAUAUAAUAUACAUACAUAGCGAUUUCCUAUGUCUCGUAAUUUCCGUAAAAGCCGCCGAAAAGAAAGCGCCGCGUGCAAUCUGUUGCUGUCCCCGGUGCGCGGACGGCGGCGAUCCCCAAGGGAAUGGCCGCCGGCGUAUUACACUUACGAACGGCGGUAAACAGCACUUAUUAUAUACAAAGGGAUUGGGGGGGGGGAGAGAGAAAUACGUUUCGAAACGCCUAAAAUUACUUUCUCCUCUCCGAAACAGGAAACGUAUAGGAAACCUAUAUAUUACAUGUACACACCUAUCUCGCCGGCUAUUACUGCGUCGCACGCGCCGGUGAAACGAAUGGCGUAACGCUAUAAUAAUAAUAGUAAUAACGAUCAGCGCAGAGAACUAAAUUAAUAUCGGUGUUACAGACGAAAUAACAAUUUAACGAUGUAAAUAUGUCAAUAUAAUAAUGUAUCUACGAAAUUCUACACACGUGUGUUUAUUACGCCGCCGUCGAUUCCGGUCUAUCGCACGCGUGUAUUUGCAGGAUUCGACAAUUUCCUAUGUGUAAUUUACGGGCGGAUGAUGUUCGGUCACAAUUUCUAUGGGGGGUGGGCCUCGGUGUUUUUACCGAUAUUUCACCCCGCGCCCGUUGGACAAAUCUUAAUUUGUACAUUGUCCUCAUAUUAUAAGGACAAUUUUUUUUUUUUUUUUUUUUUUUUUUAAACGGAUUUUAAAUUAAUAUAAUACCUACGUCAAAACGAUAUUUUAGAUUUUUUCAGAGUUUUUUUUUCUUAUAAAUUAACUCAAAACGGUUUUUAAAAAAAAUACAUAACUCAUAUACAACCUGCUCAUCAAUAAAUAUAAUAAUGUAUUAUCUGAAAAAUCUAAAAUUAAACAUCGAUAAUAAAAGUACCUUUGUAUCUAUUCAAUGCCUUCAUCAUCUAUGAAAUAGUAUGUGAUAACUGUUAAUAUUUUACGGGUCAAUUUGUUGUUAUUUAAAAUUCUAAUAAAGAUACAUUUUGGAAUUUUUUUCCAAUGAUUUAUUAUUAAAAGUGCAAAAAAAUUAAAUAACAAAAAACGAAUACACAUAAAUAUAAUUAUAUUGCCGCUACAUACUUUUUAAUUCCGUACUACACAUUUAACAUUUUGUACUACACAAAGUGCGUCUUACUACACACAAAUUUAGUCCCUGCCUAGUGUUUAUCUAUUUCUAACCGUGAUACUAAAUGUGUAUGUUUAAUUUUUAAAAUCAACAAUAAAGCUAUCUUUAUUUAUGAUUGCUAUUGGUUUAAAAAAAAAAAAAAAAAACGGUGCGUUUUGUCGAAUAUUGAUAAAAAUAAAUUCGUACGAAUAAAUGUUUGGCAAAUCAAUUAUAACAAUUUUGUAGAGACUAAAACAUUCCAUCACGACUUAAAAGCCUAAAUUGCCUCUCUGAAUCGCCUUAAAAUAUUACGGUUGUCAAACCCUGUUGGUACACGUUGCAUAUUCAAGUCCCUAUUAUGCAUAUGUGAUUCUUUUUUUUCGGAAGUAACAAUAAAAAUAUUUCGAUCGAAUUGCUUAGAGUUUAAUAAAUUCGGUUUUCAUGCAAGCCAUUGGGAAGUACAAUAAAAUUUGCAUAUUAGGAUAAAUUAAAAUCGUUCAACUUUCCUCAGUGCACGCAUGCGUAAUAAAACUAAUUUUAUAUUAACAACAAUUCCUCAUUUUUUUUUCUACAGAUUCUAAUUUAAGAUAUUUUUAUAUACUCAUCAUGUAUCUUAUUGCUGCAGAAGUUUGAAAAAUUAAAUUUUUUCGAAAAAAAAAAUAAUAAUAAUUCUAAUUGAAUCUGCAGAAAAAACGGCAAAUUCAUUUAAAAAUAAAAUAAAUUGUAUUGCGUACGCCCGUCGAAAAAGUUACAAAGUUUUCGUUUUUUUUUUUUUAUCCUCAAAUGUUUAUCAUUUCAGCACUUCUCGUCGUUUUCCGAAAUUUGGAUUUAAAUUCAAGUCCAUAUCUGGCCGAAAUAUUUAUUGUUACCCGUUGAAAACAUCAUCACACUGCACAGUAUAAAGCAAACACGAUAAAUAAAUACGACUCAAUCGCGAUAGAUAAUAUUUUUAAAUUUGUUUUUUAAUAUUAAAAUAUGACGAUGACGCUAAUAUAAUAAUAUUAUUAUGUGUGAUGAUAAAAUGAUAUUUUAAAUACAUAUACGUAUUAUAGAAAUAUUGUUGCUUCCCUUUUCAUAAUAGGUAAUUAUUAUUUACGCUUUGUGCUAGUGGAACAACAUUAUUCUUAAUAUUAUGAAAGGUGGCAGGAUUUUUUUUUAACACGACAUAGAUUUAAUGGCUUCAUUCAUUUUUACGUUUGUAAAUACUUCCUUGUCUAUUUACUAUUUAUGAUAUUAUCGAUUUAAACACAAUGACAAACGACGUAUUGUAUGUAUCGAUUAUAAAUAUAUUUCAAAUGUACUAGCGUUUACUUAUUAAAUAUAGACUUGAAAUUUAAUUUUACAUUCCUUUUUUUUUUUUUUAUCUAGUACCCAUAAUACAUAAUUUAUUUUUGUUUUAAACUAAAACUACGUUAGCGGCAAAACUUAACGAAAUAAUAAUAAUUAGUGAAAUUACAGACUGCAUAAAAACAACAUAAAAUUGUGCUAAAGAGAAAUUAACGUUUUCCAAUUGUUAUUAUGUUUAAAGUAUUGUUUAUAAUCGAUACGUUUUAUGAAUUUCAAAAAAACCGUUAUAAAUAUAUUUCGUUUACAUACAUAAUAAACGUUGGAAGAGUUUCGAUACGAAUGUCGACAAACAGCAUUGUAAAACUGAAACUAUUGAAAAUAUAAAGUAAACCGAUACCGUCAUAUUAUUAUGAUGUUAUAAUACAUUAAACAUUGUCGCAAUGUCACAUCGCUGGAACCAUUUAAUCAUUUAACUAAGUCGGUGUAUAAGAACGCAAGCAAAAAGCGAACAAAUAAAAGUGAAAUGGGAAUCGUUGCAGCGUUCAAGAAGAGUAAAUAGGUAUAUAUAAGAAGUCACCGUAAGAUAAAUAUAAGGCGUGUUUGUGACCCGACUGUUCAACGGCGUUUGGAGGCGUCGAGAGAACAAUUAAAUUUCCCGGAAACCGCAAAAAGUCAUUAUAGGUAAGUAUAUGAACCGCAAUUUGUUUAAAAGAAAAGUGGUGUACGGUAAGAGCAUGCGAAAUUAGGCAAAAGCGAUUUUGCGCUUUAAGGUUUUGUUUUACUUUUCUUGCUGAUGUAAACACGUUUCUAGACGGUGCAAGUAAUAAUAGUGAUAUUUAGGAAAUUCGAUACAGACAUUUUCUAUAUUCGUCAAACACACGGACGGGGUUCCCAAACUGUGGUUCGUGAUUAUACGUAUUUUUGAUGGGUCGCGUAAAGUUUGUGAAAUGUGUAUGUGUAUUGUGUAUAUUAUAGAACAUUAGUCGGUUAUCAAACUCUUUGCGUCUCGAGUUAACAAACGUUGAAGUGGAUAUCAAUGCAGCGAUAAAAAUAAAAAAUACAUAUAUAAAACAACUACGCCCUUUUCAUUAAAUAUAAAAUAAGCAUUCUUAUUUUUUUUUUUUAUCAAAUUAAUUAUGCCUCUUUACCGUAAUAAAGUUCAUCAAGUAUAUAUACGGUAUUACAAUAAAUGUAUUUUUAAAUAUUGUUUUUUGAUUCUGAGUGGAACGUAUGGUUUUACAAUCAUAUUUAUUUUUUUUUUUUUUAAACAGCUCUUUUACCAGCAAUUUUGCUCCGAUUUACAAUGAUAGCACUUUUUCUUAAAAGAAAUUUGAUUGGGAGGUAAUUUAAGGAGGUAAUUUUUUAAUUUUUCCAAAUUUUCCAAUAAAUGGGAAAAACUUAGGAAAAACAAAUGGGUUUUUUAAAUUACCUAUAACAGUGGCUAUACUCGUCUCCAUUAUCCUAGGACAGCUUUUUUAUUUUUAUAUCAAUAUCUUUUCUCUAUUUAUGGCUUUAUGAGCACAUUAACAAUUCAAAGUUUAUUAAGACUAGAGUCCGGAUUUAUAUUCUGUUAUAAGGAUUGAAAUACGAUAUUUAUAUGCUAAAAAAAUUGUUGAAAUAUUCUGAAAAAUAUUCUUAAUAUUCUUAAAAUAUUAAAAAAAAAAAAAAAUGAUUGAUUGUUAAUAAUUCUUAGAUCGCAGAUAAUAGAUUCUUAAUCUUAAUAAUUCUUAAUAUUUAUCAUCGUAUCGUGGUUCUGUGAUGAGUAUUUCAGUAUAAAAAUAUAUUUGCUCAUGAGUUUACGAACAAUAUUUCAUAGUAAAUGACUGAAUCAGUGACUAAAAAUAAACUAAACUAAAAACUUGACAAUAUUUCUGUAAUAUAAUCCAAUAUAGUGGAAAUGUGUUAAAAUAUUAUUUAAUAUGUGUACCAUAAGCUAAAAUAUUCCGAAAUAUUCUCUCAAGUCAAAAUAUGCAAUCAUAUGCAAAAACAACUUUUUUUUAAUAGAUUUUACAGAUUAUGAAACGCAAACAUUUUUUACUUCUAUCAAACAGCGUAUGAUGUUUGCUAAAAUAUGUUUUUGCAUACAAAUCUAGUCGUUACUAUGCGAUAAGUUACCAAAAUUAAAAUAAUUUCCAAAAUGAGUCGUAUAAUGAAAUGUUUGGAAGACUCUCGUCUAACAGAUAUUGUUAUAGAUACGCAGCAUAAUGUCAAUCGGAGCCAAUUUUCCUUCGAUCGAUGUAGCGAAGCGAUACAAAUUCAGAAAAUAGAUUCGAAUUCAGCGUAAACAUAUAGUGUAAACUAGAUCGAACAGCCAAUUUUUUUUCAAUUUAAUUUAAGUCAUAUAUUUUCCGAUCAUUGUUUUGGAAAUCAUGGAAUGAAAUUCAAAAAAAAAAAAAAAAAAAAUAGAAAUACCUAUGAACGCUUACAUUUCAGCAGGUUCAGAAAUCAAAAUUCUUGUAUAGUUUCGCGACAUCCGAUCGUACCGAUCGAAGGAAAAUCGGUUUAACAAUAUUGCUACGCCGAGUAUUAUUAUACGUUAGUCAAUGAAAUAAAAUAUCGCUAUCCAGUUACUCAUAACACCCGUUAUUUAUAUUUCAGUUUAUAUUUUUCAACAUUCGGAUUUGAUUGAAAAGAAGAAACACACUACCUUCUGCGGUCUCGGGGUUUUCGGGUCUUCGGUACGUGACUGAAUAUUAAUAUUCCGCGUCAAAGACUCGACAGAAUUCGGUAUAUUAUUCGGUACGACGUGUGCACCACCUAUAUGUGUGUUCGAGUGUUAUAAUAUACGCGUAUACACGAUAUUAUAAUAAUAGUGAUAAUAAUAAUAUGAUCGAACGGAUUGUUUGACGACACGUGGUACCGGAACGUUUUGGAUGCCGAGCCGCAUCCCGAAAGUUUGAAACUAUCUCAUAUUAUGCGCGCAUAUUACGCGAUAUGUACGCGCCCUCGUCGCCAGUGAAAGUUUUUCCGGAAUGGUAAUCGUAAUACUUAUACACGUAUACAGUAUUGCAUUGUAUUUGUGUACACUAUACAUACUGAUGUUUCAAAAGUCUUCGUCUGAUUUCGAAAAUCCCGUAUUUACAAAUUAUUAUUAUUACUGUAUUAUAAUUAUUAUUGUUAUUUAUUUCUACGAAAAGAUAGACGAGUAUGAACCAGCAUUGCCCAUGCACAGAACAUUGAACGAACGGAAAAAUUGAAAAACAUUGUUAAAUACUGUAAUUUGAUGCUUUUAAAACAAACUACACAUUUUUAAAAAACAACGAAAACAUUUCAGUAAAAAUAUUGUCAAGACCAUGUCCAUUGUGUCACCCUCCAUUUUGAGUUCGGAGUCUUAACCUAGGACAUUCGUAUUUGUGCUUAGCUAUUGCAUUCUUAAGUGUUAAUUCCCUUAAAAAAUUAUUCACAUUUCGUCCAGGGGGUAGGUUUUAAAAUAUAAUUAUGUUGGCAGAAUAUUUGUUUAGUGUCAGCCUAAAAAAAUAUUAUAUACCCAGCAUAUACCUACAUUAUUUAUCUGCAGAGUUGUAUUUAUGUGAUAAGAAAUGAAUUCAAAUGGUACUGUAACUUUCUAUAUGAGGUAUUCAUUUUUUAGAAAAAAAAAAAAUAUUUAAUUCAAUUUAUCGUAAUUCUAAGUUGAAUUUACUCCCGAUUCAGAGUGAAAAUGGAUAAAAAAAAAAGGUGGAAAUGGAAAAUCUGAUCUUGGGUUAUUUAUAGUAGAGUACAUAAUACAUUUUUAUUUUAUAUUUUUCAAUAUUACAAACACAUAUUUUUGUGAAUUUUUUCAAUAUUAUAAAAUUGUAUUUCAUGUACGUACAGUCUUUUCCGUGUUCAAUGGUAAAAAAAAAAAGUAGAGUGUAAUGUAAUAGUUUUCUAGAUUCUAGAUUUUUACAUUCUAGCGGAAUGUAUUAGUAUUAUAAUGAUAUUUAUUCUUUUUUCUUUAUUUGUAAAAAACUUUCUUGCCAAAAAUCUUGCUCCAAUGUAUCAAGUGUAGUGAAAGAAAAUUUUACGAAUUUUACAUCAAGUUCAUUAGAUCAUUUUUUGAUUUUCCAUGCGGUUUUUCAUAAUAAUUAGGAAAACCGGAAAAAAACGUAAACGAGGAAAUGUUUUAUUUUAAAUGUUGUUUUGUUGUAAUUAAAUUUGAAAUAUUUAAGAGAUUCGAAAUUUGAACAGAAAACUUAAAUUUUCCUUUUUUAGACGUGGUGAAAUUUUCAAAAUAUUUGAGCUACUUAUAAACAUUUUAAUUUUGUGAUUUUUGUACGUAAUUAUUAUUCGACAUGUACUCUGUAGAUAAAAUUGUUAGACUUAACAAAAAUACUUAAACAUUUGACAGAAGAUUCAUUAUAUAUCCUACAUAGUAGUAAAAAAAAUGAGUGUAAUUAUUAUUUGUAUAUAUUUUUUAUUACUUGUAAGAGUUUCAAAAUCAAAUUUUGACUAAAAUCGUAAACAUGUAUAACCGAACUUUGCCAUAUAAUAUGCCUACAAACUCUAAUUCAAAAUUGUACAGCGGAAAACAUUAAUAUUUUCCCCUACUACCAAUUUAUUGACAUAAACUUGUAUAUCUGCCAAACUUAGAUAGGAAAAAUAGCUAUGAUCUGUUAAUCCUAUUUAUAUUAUUUUUUCACUUUUUCUAUAACAAAACGCCUAAUAUGCGCUAUUAUAUUAUUUUCGUGAUAAAAGUUUUGCCUGAAUGCGAAAAAAAAACGAAAAAAAACUACUUAUUGUUUAGUAGGUAUAAUCUGGGACUUGAACUAGUGAAUUUUCGUUUAUAAUACAGCCAAACGUUUUAUUUCCCAACCAUUGUUAUAAUAACGACCCCGUGUUGCAAAUGCUCACGCGCACAAUAAUAAUAUAAAAAUUGCGCAUCGCCGUCGUCGUUGUGAAUGUGUAUUUUUCAUUAAGUUCACGUUCGUCAUCAACCCGAAUGAUAAUGGACAAUAGGCAUUGUUACUUGUAACUACCCUCCGUGAUACCCUAGGCAAAUUUUACAUACUGUGCUUCAAAGGUGCAUAUAGAGAGCUAUACCCUCUCUCAAAUCAAGUCCUUAUCAAAUAAAUACUAAACAUACAUAAUCAAUAUUUUAAGAGAUUAAGCAGUACAUUUCUCCCAAAAUAUUCGGGCAAUUUUUGCUUUAGAAUAGCACAAAAAGGUUAAAAAUGUCUUUUGUAAAUAAAUAGAUAAUAAUACAAGGUAGUUUUUUUAAUUUUCCAAGCAGCUUUUAUAUAUCAGGAAACCCCAAGAAAAAAGUAAAUAAAAACAGGAAAAAUUACGAAAAUAAUGCUUUUAUUUUUUCAAUUUUGUUGUUUGUUGUUGUUCUAAGAUUUUUGUUAACCAUAACGGUAGUAUUCAAGAGUAAAAAUUGUUUGCUUGCUCCAUGAAUUUACCCGAAGAUGACCCUGAAAUACGGACAUACUUUGCACGAUGAGUGGGCCACUGUUUUAGGUGAGUAAUGGGAAAAUUGGAUAAAGAGGGGAAUUUAAUUUAAAUUUGUACUCAACGGUCAACCAUUGCUAACAAAAAAACGAUUCGGCGAGAAGUUUGGGUAAAAAUAUUUUAAAAGACCGUAAUAUUUACAAUUUUGGUCAAAAUUUGAUAUCACAAAGUACGACUUAUAAUGAACGUCCUGUUAACUUGUCAAGUAUUUCUGUUUAGUCUAACAAUUUUAUCCACAAAGUAACUACUAAAUAAGAAUUACGUAAAAAAUUGGCAAAUUGAAAUGUCUAUAAAUAGCAUAAAAAUUUGACCACGUCUAAAAAAGCCAAAUAUAAUUUUUCUGUUCAAAUUUUAAGUCAUUACGAAUAAUUUUAACAGAAUUAUAACAAAAAAACAUUGAAAUACAUUUAACAUUUUACAUUUCGUAAAUUUUCCCGUUUUUCCAGUUUUUUCAUUUAUUAUGAAAACCGCUUGGAAAAUUACAAAAUGACUUCUCUAAAGUAUACUUGAUAUAUAAGAGCAAAAUUUCUAGUUGAAAAGUUGUUCACACAAAAAUUUUUAAAACACAUCAUUCUAAAACGAAUACAUUCCUCGCUACACUCCAAAUUUAAUACAUAAAAUUAUCAAUUGUCUAAAAAGCACCAGAAUGUUUUAAAAAUUUAAACACAUCUAUAAAGAGGCUAAUAUAUUACUUAUAUAGAUAUAUCAGUAAAAUUUAAAAAUUGUCUAAAUAAUUUUUUACUGAAAUAAUAUAUAAAAACGAAAUCGAAAACAAUGAAUCCGUUAUAUCCGUGGACUAUAGCUAUGUGACAUUUUUCUAAGCUUUUCUCCGGUUAUCCCAGUUAUAAAAACAAAAUAGAAGAAAUAUUAAAAAAUAACUUUCUCAAUAUACAAGUAAAUCCAAAAUUGUACAAAAAAACUUUCUUUGAAUUUUUUUAUUCGAGCAAGAUUUCUUGUAUAAAAGUUGUUCAGACACAAAAAAAGGCACACAUCAUAGCGAAACCAAUGCAUUCCUCGCUACGCUCAAAUCUAAUACGAAUUUAAAUUUGGCACCUUAAAAUUUUUAAUUUUUUCAGAACUCUUUAGUGUUCAUAGUUGAAUUACUGGUUAUUAUGUAUCUACAAUAAAAAUAUCGACAAUCCGCACCCGAAAUUUGAUUUUAAUAAGGAUUUAUAACAGAGCUUUAAAAUAUUUUUAAAACUUUAUAAUUUAACACUAAACGAAUAAUUUUUACCAAAUAGGUAGAUACAUUAAAUGUUGACCUUCGGCGGACUAAAAAUGUUCCGUUGUAACAUUUUUUCAUGAUUUUCAUAUCAAAAAUAUCUAAACACCGAAUUCCAGAAGAGAUUUCAAAGGAAAUGAAGCCUAACUUAACCUAUCGGAGAGUAGGAAUGCUAGACAGUGGAAGAGUGCGUGAACUGUAUUAUAGUCGUCACUUGCAGAUGACACGAUGUUCCUUUUAUAUCUUUAUGUACGUAUUUGCCGACAAUUUAUAUUAAUACAAAAGUGAUAACUCGAUUGUCAUAAUCAGAGACCGGAUUUAUAUGUUCUUAAAAGCCACAAAAAAAACACUUGAAAACGUCAAAAAGCUUUGAAAAAAAUCAAAAAACUUAAAAAAUGUAUAAAAACGCGAAAAUAAUAAAACGGGUUCAAUAGCCCCUCCUCUAACGGAUUUGAUAUAUAAAAACAAUUUUCUAACACCACAAAAAUGAUUGAUAAGAAGUAAUUUUUUGUUUAAUAAUACGUACAAUUUUAUUUAAAAGAAAUUAUUUUGUAUGAAUUAAUUUUAUAGUGUUAGGAAAUUUAAUUUAAUAAGUUAAAGCCAUUAGUAUGGGGGGACUUUUCAUCAAACUACCAUCAAACUCAAAACUGUAUAAACGUUCAGAUCGAAUAGACUGAGUUUUAAAAAAUAUAUAAAUUAACUUUUUCGGUAGAUGCCGACCGUUCCAGCUGUUAAACGACAUUUAUCAAAUUCACCAUAUACAAAGAGAUUAAUAAAUGACAAUAAAGUACGACAGUUAGACGAUAGGUCUACCCAAAAAGUUUAUAAAGACUACGUCUGCCAUAGAGUAUACAAAGACUACGUCUACCAUAGAGUAAAUUAAGACAACUAAGAAAAAAUGUUUAUUAUGUUAGUGCAACGGUAUCGAGUUUAAAUCCCAGAUAUCAUUAAUAAGUUUUUGCAAUUUCUCUACUUAUUCAAUUGACUUUUUAUACAUUUUCUUUCAUAAAAACCUUGUCAGGACAAUUACGAAUACAACAAAAAAAAUCAGCAAAUUUUCUUUCAUAAAAACCUUGUCAGAACAAUUACGAAUACAACAAAAAAAAUCAGCAAACGUUCUCACGUUCUCAUCGCAUCAGGUUCUCGCGAUGACCAAAGGGAAUAGGGAUUAAUUUAUAUAUAUAUAUAUAUAGAUGAACAAUUUAGAGAGAAACAAUUUAUUUUCAAAAUAUAAAAUUACAAAAUAUAAAAAAUUAAAAAAACUUUAAAUAUUACUCAAUAAUAUAUACUAUUAUAUGAAAUUUUUAUCUUUGUCGGGAUCCGAUAGCGAUAAAGAAACUAUUAUGUAACUAAAAUAACAAUGCAGUUAUUUUAAAAUUGUUCUCUUUUAAUCGUAAAUAAAUAUAUUUUUUCUUGUAAUUAUAAAUAAAAUGUAAUAGCUCGUUAAAAUAUUUCUACUUAUUAUUCACUAUGGUAAAAAUUAUAAAUAAAAUGUGUUGUUAUUAAAAUAUAUGUGGCUCACAACUUCAACCUCUACACAAUACAUAUUUUCUCGGUGAAUUUUAAAUUAAUUUGAUUUCUGUUUUUUCAACUAUUCUGGUUUCCAGUGUUCAUUUCUAUUCCUUAUACCUAAAACAUGUAUACACCUUGGAUUUUAACACAGAUUCGAAUGGAGAAUAUCUUUCUGGAAUAUUUGUAAUAUAUCAUAACACUAAUAUCGGAUAUUCCGUUUAAGAAUUAUAACAAUUCAAAAUUUAGACCGAAUGAUGGCCUAAGAAAGCCAUAUACUCUAUAUGAUUUUUCACGCACAUAUUCACUAUUCGAGACAAUGUUCAAAACGGAAUAGAAUUUCAAUAUGAAAAUCCAAAAGUGUAUACUUAUUUAAGAUUAUUUAUACGGAGUAAGGAUAACCAUUUGAUAUUGGUGUUAAAGCAAAGCUUAAAUGAUUCCACUAUAAUUUUAAGAAAAAAAAAGUGAUAUUACUGAUGAGUGUGCCACUACUGUAGGUGGGAAGUUGAGAAGGUUAUUAAGUUAUUCCAUUAAUAUUUGUAGGCAACGAUAAAUCAUUGCUAACAUAAUUCGAUUCUGAACGAAAUUUGAUUAAACAUUUUUGAAAUUUCUUCAAGGAAGCUAAAAAACUUCACUUAAAAUUCAGAAUAAUAUUUCAGUUAUAAUAAAAAAACCGAAAAUAAUGAUUUUUUUUCCAUAAUCUUUCCCGGUAUUUCUGUUUGUUUUUCCCAUUUAUUAUGGACUCUGUUAAACUAUUUCGAAAAUUAAAAAAUAUUAAUAUAGAAGAAUAUAAGAAUAUAAAAAUAUUCUUUCAGAACAAAUAUUCUACUCUAGAAAAUUGGAACAAGAUUUCUGGUAAAAAAGUUGUUUAUGGACACAAAAAGUGAAAAAAUAAAAGCACACGUAAUAAUAGAACCAAAACAUUUCUCAUCGCUGCGCCCAGAAUAUAAAACAGAAGUCAAAUUCAUUUAAAAUCCUCCAAGAAAAUCGCUGGAUCAUGACAUAAAAAAAAUCACUAUCUGUAUUAUCCAAACUUUGUGUCAAAACAUUUUCGAUGAAACUUUCGAGGCAAACUCCCCAUCUCACACAUAAUAUAUUAUACAUAAAGGGAAGUGGUAUAUAUGAAUGCGUUUUUAAAACUUUGAAAUCGAUUUCACGCAAAUUAAUUAUUGUCAUCGCGCGGCAAUAACAGUCAUGUAUGUAGUUAUAUACCUUUGUGUUUUAAACAAAAAGCGUAGAAGUAAAAGUAGAAUGUUACAGAUCCUCCUCCUCCUAGAUUUCGCAUUCACUGAAACCCAAACAAAAUAAUGGACACGAUGGCUAUAUUAUAUAAUAAUAUCAACAAAAAAAAAAAAAAAAAAAAUUGAUACGAAACGUUUAAAAUAAUUAAUAUUUAUGAAUUUUGCGUUUUGAAUAUUAUAUUAAAAAUUAACACAUUUAUUUUGAAUUUGUUUAAUUAGCAUAUUAUUAUAACAGGUAUAAUGCAUGGUUAAAAAGUGUUUCCGAUGAUGACGUUUUUCAAUAAAAUAGUAUUAAUUGUUUCGACAUCAAAAUUUAGCUGCCAAUUUAUCGUACCUGUUCUCGUGUUUAUUUGUCUGUAUAAUAAAUUAACGAAAAUUCAGUAAUGCGGUUGACGAAUUUUACCGCCGACACUGCCGCGCUAAGUUGACAUCUUUCUGGCGCCUUGACAAUAAUAUAGUAUUUAAACUGAAAUCGAAAUAUUAUACGCAUUAAACAUUUUUCCCCUUAUCUUUUCAAAUGUUCGUGUUCGUGGAUUUCGAGCGAACAGGUAUUUAGGAUAUUAUUAGUUACGUAUUAUACAUUGCGAGAAACUCACAUCGUUUAAAUUUGAACUGAAAUUUAGUAUUGUUUUUUCUUUUAAGAUUUUUAUGUCAGAUAAAAUGAAAAUUUGGCAAAUAAAUACAAAUAAUAUUUAGCUGUCCCGUACUGAAUUGAACGGAAAAAAAAUGAAAAUUGGUUUCCCCGCGACUUCCCGUUAACAUUCCGGUCCCUAUCACAGCUAACCGUUAUUGUCCGAUAGUGUAUUCUUUUUAAAUAAUACUUUCUUGCCCGUGACAACCAAACUAAUAAUGACCAGUUUUUUUUCCAUCCGUGUCGCCAAGGUAACUCGUCAAUCAGUUAAAAACAAAUUUAAUUUUUGUUUCGAAAAUACCGUGAACCCUGUGGCAGCCACCUUUUUAAUAGUCGAAAUCCGACUUCGAAGUGCAUAUUGUAUGAACCCGUUCAUCCGCUUCUGUUUGUCAAUGUCCAAUCCUCUGCGCGCGAUUUCGGCUGUGCCCCGUGCCAUCACGCACAGAUAAACCAACACUUUUUGUUUUACUUCAAUACUAUUGAUAAAUUCGAAUAAAUCAAACUAUUUUUAUUUUUUCAGUACAAAAAAUUAUAAAACUUGUUCAUACGUGAAUAAUAUAAAUACAUCAUAUAUUAUUGAGAAAAAUGUCCGUCCGAAGUUCAAGUCCACAUAUAUAAUAUAAUAUAGAAUCAAACUAUAUAAACGAAAACGCAUAAACGUGAUGUUUUUGUUAAGAUCUAUAGCUAAACCGGCGCACGCCACGCGAGGGGUCCGUUGAAUCCGGCUUAAUUUAUUAUUCAGUCAAUUUCGUACUGCUGCAUGGAACCCGCGCUGAUUUCGGAUUUGAUAUUGUGCCUUUGAUUUGACCAUUGUUAGCUCUGCCAUAAUAGACGCACUAAUAUCAACCAAAAAAAUAAAAAAGAAAAACCUUUUUUUUAAUACGAUUCCUACAGUAACGAUAAGUAAUAUACUACUCCGAUUGUAUACAAACGUAUGCAUAAUAGGUAUAAAAGCUGACUAGACAUUACGUCCCCCUCACCCCAAUAUACAUUACCAUUGUUUGGCCUACGUCCAAUAACCACUAUACAAAAGACUGCAGUUCUCCUAUACUACCAUUUCGCGUAUAAAAACUCCAUCGGACGACGUAACAACCACUAGUGAAUCUUUAUACUAUUAUAGAUUAAUAAUUAACUAAAUCAAUCUAAAUUUAUUUCUUAUAUUAAGAUCGUAUAAACCAUCCAUGGUUCAGAGCUACAGUUAAAUAUAUUCAAAGACUAUAAUAAUAUCUUCUCUGAAUAUUUUAUGUUUAACGGAUCCCCAAGCACGUUACACUUAGCGUUGCUUAGGGUCAGACCAUCGUCCGCACGUUCCAUGGUCCAAAUAGUAAAUCCGAUUUCCUUUGACCAUUAAUUUUUCCUUUGAGUCUGUUUGUCUGAGGAUUAUUGUCACUUCGUUCCUGAACGGGUAUUUUUUACAAGGUAAGGUCGUUAAUCCAGGUUCAAAUCCCAAUCUGUGAGGUAAAUCCACACCAACCAACUAAUGUUCAUUGUGGAGGCUAUUUCAACACACUUUUUAAUGUGUGUGGGCGAUGGAAACGCCAAUUUCCCUGAGUCAUUGACUGAAGUCCGUGAGCUUAUCACACCCGUUAAAAAUGAAGGCUCCCUAUGGGAGGGACAAUAUAAUACACCUAAUGAAAAUAAUACAUAUUAUUUCUUACUCCCAAAUAAUUAGGGCUCAGGCUUCGUUUGAAAUACUUUGUUUCAGAUUUGAAAUAUGAUUUACACAACAACGCCACUGGGCGUCUUUUAUCUUAGGAUAAAAAUAAUAGCUGAAACAUAGACUUUAAAAAAUUAAACCUCUCUCAAAUGACCAAUGGCUAUUUCGGCGCAAAAAAAGCUGAUAUCCAACGAAGAUGGCCGACGCCCAUUUCGUAAACCCCGGUCAAUCGAUUGUAAACACGAGCCGCCGAGUGAUAAUAAUAUAAAUUGUUAUAAUAAAUAUUAUUGUUUGAAUAUUAUUAUUCGUAUGGCCUGGCCUGUCGAAAUCAAUGUCUGCAUAGGUACGAUGAAUGUUUCUCUGAACGACGGGACUACUAAUAUUAUUGUUAAAAUUAACAUAGCAACAAUAACGUUUGGAACGAAAUAAUUAUAAUAAUGUGCUGACCGUGCUGUAUUAUAAUAAUAUUUUCUCACGUAAAUAUAUCACGCGUCGUAGCAAUAAUGUGUUCGCGUGUACCUACAUGAGCGCAUUGUGAUGAUUUAGCAAGUUAAACAUAAAAUUUAAAAAAAUAACGACUUUACGACGUAGCGGGAUGACACAUUUCGCCCGUACCUUUUCUGCUUCGUCCGACGAAAUUUGUAUCGUUUUAAAAUAUUUAUAUAAUAUUUGGCAAUGCAAUAAAAACCAAUCCAUUACGAAUAUUUCGUACAGGAUAUAGUACUAGUAUAAUAACUACUAAUUCGGUUACUGGAGUUGUAGUUGGGAAAUCGGGAAGAUAUAUAUGGCAAUUUAGUUAAUGUAAAAAAUAAAUUGUAUGCAACGUUAAAUUGUUCAACCGAAAAACGAUUCUGAGCAAUUUUAUUGAGCCUUUUUAAUAGGCGUUCAAAAUUAAAUUCACAUGCGUGUGAACAGUGUACAAAAUUUCGUGAUUUUUACAAUUAAAAAUUAAAGCACGAAGAAGUAGAAAGAGUUAACUUAUAAGUAUCUAUUCAAUGUAUAUUUCACGAAUAUUUUUCGCUAAAUUAUGAAAAAACACAAAAUUUAAACUAACAGAAACCGUAAAGUAUUUUCGUUUUUCCGAUGUUUUUCCUGGUUUUCCCCCUUUUUUGAAGAAAAUUAAUAGGAAGAUAACCAAAUUAUCUCCUCAAUGCAGCAAGUAAAUAAUAAGAUGGCUACCAGAAGCCAUCCCUGUAGUUUGUGAUCGGAGCAAGAUUUUCGAUCGAAAAAAAUAAAAAUUAAAAAAUACAUCAUGUCAUAAAACUAAUAUGAUUAAAUUUCUCAACUCGUUUAUGCAGAAUCCGAAAUAUACGUUCGGGUUUUUUUUUACAUGCGUAGUAACUAAUAUAUAGGUACUAACAUACCAAUUUUUUAUUUGUCUAACUAAAGGUAAAGCAUUUCGAAAUCGAAAAUAGGUUUGGUCUAUUAAACAAUAGAUUAUGAACAGAGGUCAAUGAAAGUCCCUAAUAACCCCCUUCUCAUAAAUACACUACGCUGGUGUCGUAAAUGAAAUAAAUAAUAAUAAAAAAAAAAAAACGAUUAACGGCGUAAUAAUUCCGCAGGUAACACUUCGGUACUGUUGACCGUGUCGUUCACCGUGGAGCGGUACAUAGCCGUGUGUCAUCCGCUACGCGGCCGCAUCCUGUGCACCGAGUCCCGGGCCAAGCGCGUCAUCAUCUUCGUGGCGCUGUUUUGUAUCGCGUGCACGGCGUCCACUCCUCACGAGUGGUCCAUAGCCAUCAACCCGAGCACCGGCAAGUUCCAGAAGAGCAGCACAGAUUUGGGCAAGAACGACAUCUACAAGAAGGCGUACAAUUGGUUUUGCAUAGUGACGUUUAUAUGCGUGCCGCUCCUGGUGUUGGCCGUGCUCAACUGGUUCCUGAUCAACGCGGUCAACCAGAGCCGCAGAAACCGAACACAGCUCACCUGUCAAGUAAGAAGGCUAUCUGAGCAUAGAAAUGCGUACGACAUUGCCUUUUUCAUUGUUAAUAAAAUAAAUACGUGUUGAUAUUUUUUAUUUUAUUUGCAAACUACUACGUCCCAUUUUUAAUAUGUCCCAAUAUUGCCCUUAAAUAAAAUAAUAUAAAUCCGUUUAUAAAUGUUAAAUAAAAAAAUUAAAAGUAUAAUAAAUAAAUUAGACAUUUUAAAAUGGUAUCCCUAAAUACUUAUUUUCUACUUUUAAUAAAUAUUUUAGUACAUCUUUAGGAUAUUUAUUUGUUGAAUAUUCGUCGUAAGCCAUUAUGGUUGCAUUCAUUUUUCGUUUCAUUUCAUCUUUCUAAAAAAUUCAUUUUUUUAUGACUGUUGGUUUCAAUUGACCGUAAAGCACAGCGAUUGACGAAUAUUCACCCCGGCUUCACGCACUCGUGUAUAGUAGCAUACAAUUUUUUCAAAAGACGGGUUUUUUCAUCGGGUAAGAACACGGCACCCCCGGUACUAUCUACGUGGAGGCGCACAAAUUUUGGGAAUUACCCAUUUGCGCUAAAAAAAAAAAAAAAAAGGUACUUUUAUUUCCGAUGGCCCAUUUGUGCCAAAUUUACCUGCGUAAAUUGCACGAUUAUACGAUUACGCGAUUACGUAUAUUACACGAAUUAUUUUUAUUUAACUUCUUUAUAAGUUAUUUUAUGUUACUUUUUUUUUCUUUGAUAAUAAUAAAUAAAUAUAAAUUUUUAUUAAAACAACGUUUACACGAUUCAACAUAAUAUUCAAUUUGUUGUUAUUAUAUUUAGCCUUUAAAUAAAUACAUUUUGAACAAAUAUUAAAAAUCAAUUUUUACAAUAAUUGUCAAUAAAUUUACAAAUUGUUUUCAAAUAAAUAAUAAUAUUCAAGAAUUCACAUUCAAAUGUUUUUAAAAAGUAGUUUUGAAAAAAUUAUUAUUAAUAAAAACUACUAAUACUAAACUAAUAUUAACUAACCUAACCUGAUGUUUAUUGUAAUUAAAUGCCUCUAUUUUCACACAUUUACACUGUGUUUGAUUUUUGUUUUUAUAGUUUUCAAUUGCUUUUAUAGUUUUAUUGUACCGAUUUUCCCAUGUUUUUCCUAUUUAUUGGGAAAAAUUCUGGGAAAAUCAAAAAAAAAGACCUCUUUAAAGUACUACCCCAGUCAGAUUUCCUUUCAGAAGAAGUGCUACACUUGUAAAUCGGAGCAAUAUUUCUGGUAAUAAUGUUGUUCACAGAUAAAAAAACAUAAACAUCAUUGUAAAACCAUAAGCUUCUUCGCUCCGCUCAGAAUCUAAAAUAACUUUCGUGUAAUAUACGUAAUCGUGUAACAUACGCAGGUAAAUUUGGCGCAAAUGGGCUGUACCCAAAAGCGCAAAUGGGCUGUACCCAAAAGCGCAAAUGGGUGAUGUCCAAAUUUCCCUCCGCCUACCUGACCCUCAAAAUUUCCUAUCGUGAAUUUUUAAUCUAAAAUCUCAAUAAUUUCAAUAUUAAAUUGAAUUAAAAUAUUUACUUUUUCUGGAUGCGAAAAUAGAAGACCAAAUAUGUACGUAAGAUAUUUUCCAAUUUCGUUGUCUUUUGAAUAUUCCGUAGGUAGCUGAACCAUUUUGUUUGCCAAAUGUGGCCAAACUUCACAUUUUGCAUUAUGUAUAGAUUUUUCAAAACCCGCAAAACAAAACUUUGGUUCAAAUACUUCCAUGGACUUCAAACAUUGGUUAAGUAAUUUUAUGAUGCUUGACUUUUUUUAUCCUUAGCAAAAAAAUGCUAAAGGUUUAUAAUAAUUAUUAUGAAAUCCAAGUAAAAUCCAUGAUAUUUUUUAACAUUAUGGAAAUCGAUAUAAUAAUAAAUAGUACACAUACUAUCGUUUUAUCAAUCUAGGUGUGCUACGUGAGGCAAUUCGAGUAAACUAUUUGUGUAUAUAUAUUGUCGAAUUACUUCCAAAAAUACCUACAAGCAAUUCAAGUGAAAAAAUGUCACCUACCUAAAUUUGCCAGGCAAUUCGAGAGUCACCGUCUACACAGAUGGAGCUGACACGCUAGGAAUUUGGGAAUUUCCCUCAUAUAAACGCUUCUCCCCUUCGCGUAUAGGCCCGUACGGAGCCGACAAAAUUCAAAAACCGAGUAUAACGAAAUUUUCGGAUUCAUGAAGUUCGCAGUUUUUGCCGACCCGUAGUGCAGCUGCAAAGCUAAAAUACGAUUGUAGAAUCGAAAGUUUCUGUUAACUCCGAGUUAAGAAGGCCACGUUUCAUACAAUAGGUUAGAAAAAAAAAAUGCUGUUUCCUACAAAUUCACAUCACUAAUUAUUAAUAUUCGGGUGGGUUUUAUGCGAUGAUGUGGACUUUACGAAUAAAUGUCUCCUAGCGUAUUUAUAUACAUUUAAGUUUCAAUAUUGGAUAUAGGUAUAGAUUUAUUGGCGACACGCUUUUGUCCGAACGUAUUUUCGUAUUUUGUUCUUCGGAGGUUUUUUUUUUUUUUUUUAAUUAAAUGUCUAAUACCGCGAUACUUAGCUGUAGCUAUAUUAUAUAAUAAUGUGGAUUACACGCUACACACUAUUAAUCAUGCCUUAGACGCGAGCAGGAUAGGUCAGCCCAUAAAUCUUUAAUUUUCGUCCGUAAAAUGUAAUCCUAAUGAAAAUACCGCGUUAAGAAAAAUAUGUUGUUUUUUUUCUCAACACGGUUCACGCACAUUUUAUAUUUUCAUAUUAGGUCCACUCGUGUUUAUAACAACCACCGGUCCGCGGUGUUGGCGGUUUACCGCGAUUUCUAUGAAAUUAACAUUUCACUAGCGCCGUCUACCGACCUAUAUACAUAGCAUACUAUAUAGGUGCAUAAUACAAUAUUAUUACAUAAAAGGUACACCUUUAUUAUUUUAUGAUAAUUUAACGAAUUAUUUUUCAAGUGUUUUUUUUUUUGCCUUUUUAAACUAUCGCAUCAUUUCAUACUUCAAACAUCGUACUAUAAUACAAAAUGUCCAUUAAAUAAUACGAUUAAUACUAUGAAAUAUGUUUCGAAGAACUCAACAAGAUGGUACCUGAUGCAGGGUGUCCUACAGUGUUAUCCUUAUGCAAAUAACUCUGUCAUUAUUAAUUGUUUAUUAUUUUCAUCCCUUAAUAGGUACGAAAAAAAUUAAUAUCCAAUAGAAGAUAAGGAAUUACUGUGCUGAUUGUGAUUCCUUAUCGCGUAACGUGUUAUUCUACUGACCAUUAAUUGUUUUCACGCCAAUUUUCUAGAAAUUAAAACGGCUAUUACUAAGAAAGUAUUGAUCGGAUAUGAAAUGUAUAUUAUACAUUAAAAUGUUUAGAAUAAUACCUCUGGCUUUCUAAAUAAUUAAGUGAUGAAAAUAAAAUGUUCUCUGGGCGGUACUUUAGAGAAAUCAUUUAUUGAAAUUAUCAUUAAUCUUGUAUAAUGAGGAAAACUUGGUUCUUUAGGUUAAAAAAGAUUGAAAGAUUAAAAAUAAGGUUGUCAUUGGCAACCGUUUUUAUUUAUGUUUUGAUAUCAUUAUAUUAAUUUUUUUUAAACAAUCAUUGUCAUCGAAACGCGCAUUAUUGAAAAAGCAAUACUAUUGACCGAGCUAUAUUAAAAUAAAAUAAAUUUCGAUUUCAAUACAUUCUUUUUAUUUUAAUCUUUAUAUUAUAUUUCUUUAUUUUGUACUUAAGCAUCACUAUCAACUAAACUCCGUUCAGAAUAGUUUAUCAUUGCUUACAGAUAUACUUUAAAUUCCCUUCUGUAUCCUACCUUCCCAACUUCCCACUUACAACAGUGGUUGCACCCACGUGCGAAGUAUGUCCGUCUUUUUUUAAAUUUAUUUGUGUACAAACAAUAUAUAUAAUUACAAUAAAAUACGUCACAUAUUUGUAUAAAUAUUGAAAGAAAAUGUCAGAAGUGAGGUUGGGAUUGAGGGGGAUAUACCGUACAUCCCUCCAAUUCCUCUGUUUGAACACGUCAUUCACGUGUAUACAUAAAUGACAUUGUAAUACAAUGAUGAUUUAUAAUUCAAAAAUAAUUUACCUCAUGACGUAAAGACGUAAAAUUACCAAAACGUUGAUUGACGUAUAGGUGAAUUCAAAUCAGAGCCGUGUUAAUGGAGGGUGGAGAGUAAUGGAGACAUUUGUCCCGGGGUGUCGAAGCUUUUAAAAUUGUUAAGCGCUCUGCUCAUUAAUACUCGAACUUUAAAUAUAAUUUAAAAUAACCCGGUAUUAUUAUAUCACUUGUUGGUCGUUUUAUUUUCAAAAACACUUUGUUUAGUGAUAAUGAAUAUUGUAUGGUAAUUAAAAGUGCAACCUAGUAACGUUUAACGCGUGUUCCUGUAAAAUAAUUUAAGACUCAGGAAGGAUCUAAUUAUUGGGGGAAUAAAAUGUUGAAAUUUGAAUAUAAAUUUAACGAAAUUGAAACAAACAAAAACAAUGAAUUUGCGUGAAAUUUUCGCCAAAAUCAUUAGGCUUAAAAGGGCUGCUGAAAAUUGAAUACCCCGUAGGUCACCAAAUGGCUUAACAUGGCUCUGAUUACAAAUCGAGUAUUAUAAUCCAUAAUGCAACGCCGUGGUGCGUUUGCACGGGUAAAUUUAAUUCUAGGUUACUAUAUAUUAUAUUAUAUCUAAUUGUUCAGACCCCGUGACCGAAAUAUUUUAUAAUAAAUACGAAUGCAGUACACGGUGUACAUACAGUAGUUGUAAAGCAUCGAUCUUCAUGGGUACUUUUCGCAAAUUUGUAAUACCCGUUUGAGUCCGUUUCCGUAAAAACCGACGAAUCGCAACAAUACGAGACGUAAUAGUAUAAUCAUUUACCCGCCCCCCCCUUCAUUAUUUUAUAUAUUUUAAUAUCGAUGGGUGCCGAUAAUUAUGUACCUAACGUGGAUUGGUAGUCGUAAAUAAUAAAAAAAUAUAUAUAUAUAUAUAUAGUUAUAACCGGGUUAUUUAAACGUUCGUUAUCGCUAUAUGCACGUACAAUAAGAGGUACUUGUAGACGUGCAAAAAUGACCCGAAUGCCCCUGUUUUUAUAUUGAAAAAAAAAAAUUACUCGAAAAAUUAUAAAAUCCUUCGACCGAUAAUAAAUUAUUACGGAAUACGCGGUACAGGAACGCAAAAAUGAGUAAUUAUAUAAUUUAAUAAUUACAAUAUAAUUUCGACCGCAAUGUUAUACAACGAAGAGCCCUUCUUUCCACCCGUCCAUCCGGGGCGAUAUUAAAUCUAUUAAUAUAUUAAUGUUUAAUCGUUUUUUUUUUUUUUAUCGAAAUUAAAGAAUAUUUUUAAACUAAUUAUGUAUGCCGAUAAAUAUAUAAGUACGCGUUUUUAUUAUAGGGAAAUUAACAAACGCGAACUUCAGUAACUCUAAAAUCGAUAUCGUACGAAAUUAUGAAUAUAUAAAAAAAAAUCCAAAGUAUACGAAACAAAUUAUACUUUUAAUUUUGUAUUUAUAUUUACUUUAAGUAGGUAUGUCCAAACCGCUCGAUUUAAUGGAUUUAAAUAGAUGUAUAUAUAUAUAUAGAAAGAGAGAGAGAGAGAGAGAGAGAGAAAGAGAGAGAAUAAAUAAAAGACAAAACAAAUAAAAAAUCAAAUUAAGGAAGAUGUUAUAAAAAAAAGGGAAUAUUUAAUAAUACAAAAAAGAUUAUGGAUAAAUAUAUACCUAGUGAAAAUAGUGGAAGAGAAACAAGAGUUGAGUAGGAGAUUGGCAUCGGAUAGAAACAGAUAAUCAAGAACUCGUGUAUAGAUAACUCAAUAGCAAAGUUCCCCCGACGACGAAAAUUGUUUUAGCUCUCCAGAGAGAUAAUACGUAGGGUUUAGGUACACGUAGGCACUAUUUUCAAAUAUUAAUUUAUCAUCUCAACAUAGAAACGAAUAUAUGCAGACUGCACGAUGCAGUUUAUUCAUAUCCUUUCCGAAUAUUUCGUGGAUGUAAACGUUAAUCUGUUUCAACGUACAAACCGUAUAACCGAUAUAAAUAAGUAUUAUGUAUAAGACAAUUUGUUUAGAACAAUGUUCUAAUAACGAUUGAAAUAUUCAUGAAUAGAAUUCACUUAAAAUCCUCCGAAAAAAAAAAAAUCUGUACGGUAUCGAACAUGAACAAUAUAAUAAAAUAGUAAGCUAAAAAAUGUAUUGUACAAAAUGAUGGAAAUUCGGAAAUUUUAUCGAAUGUAAUAUUAUGAGUAUAUUUCGUGAUUAGUGCACAAAAAAUAUUUUAUUGUGGAUCCAAUCGGUUUUUUAGUAUAUUUUAAUUUAUAAGGUAAACAAAUAUUAAUAAUGAUACAAUAUUUACCUACUAUACUGAGUCAUUGGAAUUGAUUAAAUCGCACACACGACAUACGCACUGUAAAAUAGGUGUAGGUACCAUUAUAUAUAUUUUAUAUACGGUACGAUGAACAUUUAUUUUUUUUUCACCCGCUUCAAGUUUAGUGGACCUUUUUUGAAAACAGUGUCUAAACGAUGCGCCAGACUAAAAGGUUCGAAUAAGUAGGUGUACACAAAAAAUAAAAUAUAUAUAUAUAGUGUAUUUCAAUGUUUCAUGAGUAAAGUACCGUUACUCUCUUACAAACAAACAAAAAACAAAAAAAAAUUCCCAUGUCCACGUGGACAGUUAUCAAAAAAAACAUAUAUAACUGUUAUUUCCGCCGAUUAUUUUGUACGCGAAAUGGUUGGAACUUUUCCCGGUUUUUUUUUCUUAUACCUACUACAUGGACACUCUUCGAGUAAUUCGGUCAGUUUGGUACAGUUCCAGAUUGUUAUCAGCAUAAUAUAGUAGUUCUCUUAUUAUUAUUUUUUAUAACGCAUUAAAGUAUUGGAUAUAUAUGUCUAUGCAUAUUUUUCAAUAUCAACACACAGAGGCGCCGAAAGUUGAUUUUGCCUAUGAUAAAUGGCAUAGGUAAAUAAGUGGGUGGGUCGGUUUAUAGGUGGGCAUAAUGUGAAGAAAAAUAGGGACUUCAGUUUGACUGUAAACAUUUGACUAUAUUAAGGUAUAAAAAUCACUGUUCUAUAUUGUUUCGAAGAAAAUUAUUUUUGUUAGUGGGUGGGAUGUGUGCCAUAGGUGGGUGGGUUAAUUGACUCAAAAUAUAAUUGUCAUAGGUGUUUCAAAAUACACCGGCGCCCCUGUCAACACGUACAAUUCAACCAGUUUAACUUGCUAUGUAGUUUAACGAUUUAUGUUCGUUUAACAAUUAAAUAGGGAUUAUGUAUAUAGGAAUUCGAUCUAAACUAUUACAGACUGAGAAAUUUAAUUAACGAUUAUUUUUUUCUAAAAACAUACAAAAUAUUAAUUAAUGUAUUCUUUUUUCUUUUAAGCCGGUAAACCCACAAACUACAACGAACUUUAUUAUUAUUAUUAAUACUCGGUCAUAACAAUAAUUAAUAUUGUGGGUCGUCAUACAAAUUUACUGAAAUUCGUUCACAAAAUGUAUUGAACUUUUUAAGAUUUUAGGAGCAUUACACCGGAAAUUUGUUUAAGACAUUUACUAUUUAAACAUACUAUUCGUGUUAGAUAGAUCGAAUUGUCUGUUUAAAAAGCGUUUGUCAAACAUAUUUUGUAUUGAAAAAGUUUUUUCCAGGAAAAACGAAAAACAAAAAGGCACUCGUAUCACCAUGGAUAGGUAAACCUACGUAAAACAAUAAUAUAUCAAAUUACUUUGUCUUGCAAAAUUUGAAAUAAUAUUGUAUCAAUGUAUAAUUGGUGUAUGAAUAAGGUAUAUAAUAGAUUUCUAAAGUUCAAUUUUUAAAGAAUUAUUGGAAAAAAAAAUGGACGAAUAUACUUCGCACAUGGGUGCAGCCACUGUUGUAGGUGGAAAGUUGGGAGGUAGAAUACAGGAAUUUAUUGUAUAUCUGUAAUAAUCAAAUAAUAAAUUAUUUCUAACGAAAAAAUAAUUCUAAACCGAGUUCAGUUGAUAGUUUAGCUUUAUCGACAAUAUAUAAAUAUUAUAUAAUGGUAACAUGAUUACAAAAAUGUCCGUUUCCGUGACAACAAUGAAUUUUUAAAAAAGAUUAAAAUAAUAAAAACUUAAUAAUAACAAAAAAUAAAUACGGUUUCCAAUGACAAUCUUAUUUUUAAUCUUUCAAUCUUUUUAAACCUAAAGAACCGGGUUUUCCUCAUUAUCUCAAAUAUUAAUGAGAAUUUCAAAAAAUAACAUUUUUAAAGUUUCACCCAAAGAACACCUCCUUUCAGAAAUGAUGCUAUACUUGAUAAUCGGAGUAAGCUUUCUGAUAGAUAAAGCCUUCACAAAAAAAAAAAAUAAACAUCUUUGUAAAACCACAAUACAUUCUUCACUAAACUCAGAAUCUAACACUGUAACAUCUUAAAAUUGUCCUAAAUACAAAAUACAAAAAACUACCCAUCUUUUACUGUAUAUACUUCACUACUGUGUCGAUAUAUUACCGAUUGGUAAUAUAACAUACCUAUAGUUGUUUGUCCGUCAUAUGACUACGAGUCAAAGCGGUUAUUGAAAUAAUGUUUAAAAUGGCUUCGGCUGAAUGCAAAUACUGCGAAUUUUUAUGGUGAAAACUCUUUUCAUUCGAAUUUUAAUGAAACCAAACGUUUUAACUUAAGUUUUAUUUCGUUGUUACAUUACGGAAUCAUAACGAAAUACUAAUAACAUUUUUAAAUAAGAAAUAAGAAAAUGCGUUACAGACGGAUUUCGGCUUUUAUUAUUAAAGAUUAUUUAUAAUUCAUAGUACCCAUCACCCAUCACUACCCAUUGACCUGCAAUGGACAUAGGUAUAGAAUAUUUAUGACUUUCAAUUAUUUGUAAUAGGCUGACAUGGAAAAAAAAAAUUGCAAUUAGGAGUGAAUCGGGAGUUGAAAUAAAAAUGUACUAAUUGGGAUUUUCGCAAUUGGGGAGUGGUGGGUUAACACCCAAUUAUCCCUCGCCUCUUAUCUACGCGUCUACUAUUGGCACUAUAGUGUCAAUAAUUGACGUAUUAUACAGCAGGGAAAAUCUAAACUAUAAUUAGCGAUUUAAUUUGUUUUUAGGAAAAUUCAUAUAUUUUGGAGAGGUGAACAAAGUUAUUUCGAGUAAAAUACAUUAUUUUCGCAACACUAUACACCUACUAAAAAUCUAAAAUUAAAUCACAUUUAACACAUUAUAAUAAACACGCUUGUUGAUACACUGUAAUAGGCACGCGCGUGUAUAUUUUUAUAAAAUAUACCAUCAGAGUAUAUUUUAUCAUCCUUAUAAUACCUCUUAUUAUACAGAUAACUUUUCGGAUAAAAACUGCAGUAUAUUUACAUUUCCAGAAUAUAAAUUCCUCGUAAAUACAUAAAAAUACGGCGUUUCUCCCAUUAUCGUACGAACCUACUAUUAUAUUUAUUAAUAUUUAUUAUUUUAAUUAAAACGCGGAUUUUUAUGUAAAAACUUGUUUUUAUUAAACGUAUAUAAACUGCAACUAUACUUAUGCCAUGAGAGUGUUACAACAUUAUAGUAUAUCUACGAGAUAUAAUUUUGUGUACAGUACAUUUUUUUUGUUUUUUUGCAUACCUUACACCCAUAUAUUUUAGUCGAUUUAGACCUAAAAGUCAGACGAAACUGAAAGAAUCGCGUUCGUUCAAUUUUGAAAUCGGAUCACGGUUAUUUAGAUUCUUUAAUGGGAUAUGUUGGAAAUAAAAAUGUAAUUUUUUUACUGGGAAUUGUAAACAAAUUUUAAUUUGUUUUUUAAAUACAUUCAAAAUUAUACUUGAAGUGUUUUGCUUUUUGCUUAUGACAAAGAUAAUUCAAAUUAAAUUAAUUACGUAGCGGUGUGGAUUAUACCAAUCACGAAAAUUGACCCCCCCCAAAAAUUUAACUAUAGGUAAAAUUUCACUGUGGAUAAAUUCCAUAAUGACAGAUAUUAGGAAAAUAUCGAUGUUUAUCAAUCCACUGAAUAUGAAAAAUUCGAGGUGAAAAAUCGAACAUGAAAAUAUGAAUAUAAAACUUAUAAUUUUAUUUCUAACAUUAAUUUGAAUACAGUUAGGGCCGUGCCGAAGGGGGUGCGAGAAGUGUCCUGUAUGCACAGCAAAGGUUUAUUUACGAGAGCGAGAUCCUUGGGGUCCGGACCCCCUCAUUGACCUCAUUUAUACCUAUCCAAACAUCCGUGCUAAUAUAAGUUGUAACCACAUAAAAUGUAAUCAUAAUUGUUAUGGAUGGUUGCCACUUGCUAGUUGGAAAUCGAUAAGGUGCUGUGAUAAAAUUCCUUUAGAGAAACAACCUCUCUAGAACAACCUGCCUGAUACCCCUUAUUAACUACGUAUAUAUAUUAUUGUUUAUUAAUAAUUUUCGUUUGUCAGCACGGUUUUAAAUAGAUUCCGUCUUUAUAAUCGUAUUUGACAAUUUAUCUGUUAUCCGUAUUCAUUCAGACAUAGAUUAUUUUUUUUAGAAAAAGUGCUAUCAUUGUAAAUCGGAGAAAAAUUGCUAGUAAAAAAUUUGUUCACAGGAAAAAAGGCCGAAAUAUUUUCAACUAAUACCUAAAUUGUCCUCCAUCUUUUCCGGUUUUUUCUAUUUAUUAGGAAAACUCCUCAGAAAAUUAAAAAAUGACCUCCUUAAAGUACCUCCCCAAACAGAUUUUCUUUCAAAAAAAAAGUGCUACACUUGUAAAUCGGAGCAAGAUCUCUGGUAGAAAAAUUGUCCACAGAAAAAAAAUUAAAUAAACAUCUUUAUAAAACCGUAAUCUUCGUCGCUCCACUGGGAAUCUAAAAUCUUAACUAACUCGUUUUGCGUAUUGCGUGUUUAUACCUAUUAUUCACGGGAACGGUUAAACGUUAUCAUAAUAAACAACUUUAAACUCUCUCGCGAAACUCAAAACCACAGCAUCAGACCGCGGAAUGUGUAGCUACUGCUACUGCUGCUGUUGCAGAAAAGUUUAUCGAACACUCAACACCGUGUGUACUCUAUAAGCUUUUUAAAAUCGCAUAUACGACCACACACAACACGUUUGAUAUAUAUGUAUAAAUAUCAUAUAAACCUUACGGUAAAGACGCAAAGUAUAUCAUGUAUAGAACCCACUGUAGGUGUACUUAUAUAUAUAUAUAUACACACACUCGACGAACUAUUACGGAAGUUUUGUACGAUAAUAUUAUUUCGUUAUACUUACGCGAAAUGAAAUAAAUAAAACACGUCCGCAAAUACUUUGUGUUUGUGAUCGUGUUGUACGGUAGGUACCUAUAUUAAAUAAAAAUCGAGUUUGAACAAUAUGUUUAUUUUUUUUUUUGUUUUUUUUUUGUCCGAACGCUAAUAGACGAGUGCAAUAUGAACUCGUAUCAGUGGGUAGAGCCAUAAAUUUUUUUCCAACAUUAUCAGCCUUGAAAAGUUUCGGCUGUCGAUGUAUUUUUCCAAAGUUAUGCGAAAAAUUGCAUAAAAACCAUCGUCGUCCAAGAACAAUUCGAAUCUAUUUUAAAAUUGAAAAUUACUGCUUUCCCAUGAACGUUGUAUAGGUUAUAACAGUUUAAGCCUUUAAGCAGGUACAAACAAACAAGACCCGCGGAGAAAGACGUGAGUGGCUUCUGAACACACAAUAAGAUGUUGUACAGCAUUGUUCACAAAAUUUGACGCAAGCCGAUACCAAUCAUGCAUUGCAAUCUCAAUUUAACACGCAAUUAUAAUUGCUCUAAUAGUAGAUAUCGUGCUAGGUAUUACAACAACAUUAUAUUCGAUUGUUGACUUUGUAAGUCUUUGUGGACGUUCGGAACGGCAAGCAAUAUGCAGCAGUGUUCUAUAACUUCUAAACCUAAAAAAGAAACACAAGUAUCAGCAUAAAAUAUAUUAAUUUUGAAAUAAAUAAUAAUAGGUAUGAGGAAAGUCAUACCGCGGUCCAAACCAUGAAGAAUCUUACCGGCCCGAAUAUACUUCCCUGCCUAUCCAUCCGGGUCAGUCCGUUCCUGCCUUUAGAGUUUUCGAAAGAUCGCAACUAAAUAACGUACUUUAGAUUCUGGAGUAGAACAAGGAAGCUUAUGGUUUUACAAAGAUGUUUUUUUUUUCUAUGAACAACUUUUCUACCAGAUAUCUUGCUUCGAUUUUUAAGUGAAGCACCUUUUCUGAAAGGCAAUCUGACUGGGGAAGUACUGUAAACAGGUCAUUUUUCGAUUUUCCCAGGAGUUUUCCCAACAAAUUAAAAAAGCCGGAGAAAAACGGGCAAAUAGGUACAAAUAGGUGAAACAAAUAUUAUUAAAGAAAUUAUAUAAUGCCUGUGUAAUUAUUUUACCGUAAUAUGGCAUAUAACAUAUUGUUGACACAGCAACACUAUCAACUGAACUCCGCUCAGAUUCGUUUUUUCGUUAGCAAUGGUUUAUCGUUGCUUACAAAUAUACAUUAAAUUUCCUCCAUACUACCUUUUCAAUUUUUUUUUUUUUUUUUUAAAUAUAUUAUAAUAAUAAUCAUACAAAUUAUAAUAUUAAUUAGGUACCUAUAUAGAUAUAUAAAUUUGUUACAUAAUAUAAUGCGAUGUGAUUUAUUUUACUUUACUUUCGUAAUGCGUGAUUCGGCGUGGGUUGCAGCAUCACGGUUUGAUGGAAUACUACGAUAGACAGUCUAAUAUGAUCUGUGUCACUAUACGCGAAUAGAUUUUAGGCAGGUACCUAUACCAGACCCAUAACGCAUCAAGACCAAAUCUGAACACCGAGCAAAUGUUGUCGAAUUAUUAUUAUCGAUUUAAUUAUAAACACAAGCCAUAUUAUAAUUAGUUAUUUUUUUAAGUACCUAUGUGUAAUAUUUGUGAUUUGGGUUAUGACACGGGGCCAUAUUGCGGGACGACGCGCAGGAGGCGUUUAACGUAAUAAUUGGUAUAAUAAUGUUCCUCGAUAAGCCGUGCCGUAUUGAUUCUGACCCUCCCCCCCCCCCCGUCCUGCACGCGAAAUAAUAAUAACGACGACCUAGGUUAGGUAUGUUAUAGAAAAGGGAAAAUUAAUAACGGUAACCGUGCUAUAUAUAGGUGUACAUUGUAUCUACCUAAUAACAGCAAUGUUCUUCUCUAUCGUCUCUUCUCUAAAUUAUCAUUAAUUUGAAACGGGCCAUGUGCUUCUUGAUUCUACUGCACAUCCACCCCCAGACUCGGACUUCCAUAUCGUCCGCAUUACACUUCUUGUACAGUAUGCACAUACCUCUACAGUAUAAUUAUAUACGAAUCGCAAUGCUAUACUAUGCUCUGAACUCUGCAGUUUAUUAUCUUACUCGUCGUAUCUGUAUCGAAACAUCGCGUCGUCUGCCCACCCGGCGCGUACUGGCCCGCCGGAUUACCGUGAACUUCCCGGCAGGCCCUUCUCACGCCAGGCCCUUGAUUGCAACUUUGUGAUUUCUUUUGUAGGUAAGUGGGUCAAUAGGCUGCACAGGCUGGUACUUGGAGAAUAUGUAUGAUUUGUGCUUAUAAGGUAGUCCUAUUUAAUAAUUUUUCGGUACAAAAAUAGAAUCCAGUACGCGCCCUUAACCCUUAAUAUAAACUCGUUCGUCAUUCAUACGCGGCGCUGUCCCUAUACAUCGUACAUCGUACUCUAAUAUUGUUUGUGUUCUCUGCAGGGAAACGUGGUGUGGAACAGACAACAGCAAGAGAACAAAAUGACCAUGACGCUGAUCGCGGUGGUGAUCAUGUUCUGCGUGUGCCAAACGCCGACGGCCGUGAUGAUGCUCACCGCAUCCGUGUACGAGCCGCAAGAGAAGUCGCCCGCGUACUACGUGAACCGCGGCCUGCACACCAUAUUCAACUUUCUCAUGGUGGUGAACGCCGCGUCCAAUUUCAUGUUGUACUGCGCCAUGAGCCGCAAGUACCGGCGCACGCUCAUGAUCACGUUCAUGCCGUUCCUCGCGGCCCGGCACGCACGCAACGCAACGCUCCGGUCGUCCGUCAGCUACCCGCGGACCGGCACCAUGCACCGGCGCAACACGGAAGUCACGCAGAUGACUGACAUCGGGCCAAUCAUCACCAGUGGCGGCGGCGGCGGCGGCGGCAAACGCGAACCCCUCAUCCGGACCAACAAGGCCAACAACAACAAGCUGCUGAACGCCACCGACGUCCUCUAAACUACACAAUACAUACAUACUAGGGUGACCAUCACACGUCCCUUUUUUCUUUUUUCUUUUUUUUUGAUCAUCACAUCCCGACAAACUAAACGAACGGGACGCUUUUUGUCUCGUUGGAAAAACCCCGUUUUAAAUCCCGUUAUCCCGGUAAUGUCAUGCGAAUAUCAAAAAAAAAAAAAAAAAAAAUAUCCUUCUCCAGUCCGCCGGUAUAUUAUUAAUAUCGAAAUCAAAAUUAUAACGUUUUCCGCGACAUGUUAAAAUAAUAGUUUAAAAAAAAAAAUAAGUUAUUUUUUAUGCAUAAAUAUGGUCACCCUGUAUACAAUAUAGGUAUACAAUCGGCUAACUGACGUUCACCGCGUCCCUCCUUCGACCCACAUCAACGAGCGUCUAGAGACAGCCCACGAGCUCCUCAUCAAUUAUAAUUGUAAUAUUUCUCAUUAAACAUAAAAUAACCUAAUAGUAUGCAUGACAAAAUGUUAUCAACAUGAACAAACAAAAUAAUAAUAAUAAUAAGUAUAUAAAUGUAGGUAGCAUAAUGUAAAUGGCAUAAUUUAUGUCUUAUUUUCCAUACGCAUAAGGAGACCCAUCUUUUUUCGUUCAAGCCGUUUACUAUUUGUUUUCUUACGUUUAAUGUUAGUUUAUUUAAUCGUUGUUCUUCUGGUAUUUUUAAACGAAGUUUUUUAGUUGAAAAAUAUCGCAACUGUUUUUUUUUUUUUUUUAAUAUUUUUAUUGGCUUGCAUUUUCAUUUAAUAAAACGGGAACAUUAGAUUCUUGUUCAUAUAGCAUUUUUAAAUAUGAAUCUAAAGAUAAAUUAAUUUUAUGUAGCUGUUCAUCAUUUAAUUUGUCUGUUUGCGACACAAACAUACCAUGAAAUUGUUGAAUUUUGUUUGCAGUGUUUACUGCAUAUGAAGCAAUAAUUUUCUGCGCAGAUUAUUUGAUAAUAAAUAUUACAUUAUAAUUGAUAAGUAAUUUGCUUGUGGGUUGUCACUAGACGUUCGUCCCACAUCACUACACAGUUGUACACGGCAUACAAACGGUUUAUUAUUUUUAUUUUAACGAACAAAACGGUUGAUGUUAUAAUAUCACGUACCUAUAUCCAUUCUAUUAAUAAUAAUACUAAUAAUCGAAAUAUUUACGAUUUCGAAAUAAUCAAAAAAAAUAUUUAUAUAUAUGUAAUCACCGCUGAUUUUUCAACAAAAUCCACGUACUCGUAUUUAAAUGAUGUACAACAUCCCUGUAGUAUUAUAUACCUACGUCAUCAUUUCCGCCAAUCCGUAUAACGCCAACCGUUUUUUGUUAGACGAAAAAAAGACAAGUAUAUAGUUUCGUUUUGAUGCGCCAAAUAUAGAAAUAUCGUAUUUGAAAACUGCGCGAUUUUCUUUUCAUCCUUCAGUGUAUUAUUAUCUAUUACAUUAUAUUAUUACACGUAUACAGUAUGAUUGUUUCGGUCGUCGUCCUCAUUUCGCGACUCGAAAACAUUUUGAUUUUUGUACGCACAAACUAUAUGUUACAAAGCGAUCCAUUUAUUUUGAAACGGCGAAUUUCUCGGAGGAUUUUAAGCGAAUUCGAUUUUAGAUUUUAUAUUGGUUUUACAACGAUGUAUAUAUAUUUCUUUUUUUUUCUUUUUUAUGUGAACAUUUUUUCUACCGGAAAACUUACUCCGGUUAUCAAUUAUAGUAUCUUUUCUGAAAGAAAAUGUUCUCUGGAUGAUAUUUUAAAGAGGUAAUUUUUCGAAAUUCUCAUUAAUAUUCGAGAUAAUGAGAAAAACCUGAUUCUUUAGGUCAGUGGCGGCGUGAUACCAAAUUUUCGGGUCAAGUGUCCCAUCUAUAAAUUGAAGUGGGUGGGUGGCUCGACCCGUGGGUGGUUAGGAAAAAAAAAUAUGAAGUUAUAUUAUAUAAUUUAUACUUCAAGUCUUGACGUAUAGUUUAUUACAUUACUUAAUAUACUUAAUAUAAUUUACAAAGUGUACUUAGUCGUGUAAUCAUAUUUUAAGCAUCGAAGAGUUAUCGAUAGUUAAUAAUAAACCAAAUUAUAAAUAAAAUCAAUGGAUUUAAAGAUACUAAUUUCAAAUAAAUUUUUGUAUCAACAAGUAACUAUUAUGACGACUGGGGCGCACUAAAUUCCUUCCUAAAUAUAAAAUUCUAGUUUGCCUAAAGGUGUCGGUGAAGUUUCAAAUGUGUUAUUUUAAUAAAAAUAAGUGGGUGUGUGAGGGGGUAGGAGAGGGGAUUAUAGAUCAAACGAAAAUGUUGCUGUCUCAUUCAUUAAAAUAGUUCACGCUGCCCCUGUUUUUGGUUAAAAAAAAAUUGAACAAUUCAAAAUAAGGUUGCCGUUGACAACCGUUUUUAUUUAUUUUUUGUCAUUGUUAAGUUUUUAUUAUUUUAAAUUUUUUUUUAAUCAAUCAUUGUUGUCAUGGAAACAGUAUCGUUUUUUCGUUAGCAAUAGUUUAAGUAUAUACCCAUUAAGAUUAUAAGGAAUAGAGGUAAAAAUUUGAAAAUAGUAUUUGAAAAAAAGCUUAAACGAUUCCAUGGUGAUUGGAAAAAAACAGCAUUCAAAUUCACUUUACAUCCUCCGGGGAAAUCGCUUAUUCGUGAUAAAUGGAUCGCCUUGUAUAAUUCGCGCGUGUUCGUUUUACCGAUGCGGACCUGCAUUCUAAAGUCACAUAUUAUAAUAUUAUAGUUUUCGUUUUUUAUUAUAUUUAUUGAGUUUAAGUAUAAUCAAAGUUGGGCAGUAGGCAAUUAUAUAGUUAAAACAUUAGACUUAGGUUAUAAGUUACUUUUUUUGACAACUUUCAACUUAAUUAGUU